GGGGGGACGGAGCCCAAGGGGAGGAGACACCGGAGACAGCUAGGGGGACAGAGAGAGAGAGAGCGACAGGUACACACAGAGGACAGGACUCCGCUCUGCCUAUCAAUGUAUGUACAGCAUGGCCUGGAACACCCUGUGUGCAUGGCUUCUAGAUAGAACGUCGGGGUAUGUGUGAGAACGCAGGGAUAGUGAUAGAUACAGUGUGUCUGCGUGUGGGGUUUGUAAUCUGCCUGUAUGGACCAAGUGUGUGCAGGGGCUUAUUAUAGAGAGACCAGGCGGUGUAUAAUAGCACUGACAAGUGUAAUAAUGUAUAUUAUAGUCUCAUGCUUUCCAUGGAUUUAUAAAAUGGGGUAGUAUACUCCGGCUGGGGAUCUGCUGUCAAGCGAUCCUGGGAUUGGAAAUGUAAGCUCAUCCUAGAGCUUUAACAAAUCAUUCUUACGUAAAGAGUUCUUGGUUACUAAAUAUUAGGUACGAUUUGUAAAUACCAUGUCUUCUAAUUUCUUAUACAACAUAUAUUUUCAUUGAAAGUAAUUACUAGUACAUAUUUUCACUGACAGUGAGCACUAGUACAUAUUUUCACUGACAGUGAACAGCAUGGAAGAGAUUGUGUGAACAGCAUUAUUCUAUAUUCACGAUGCUUUUCUGACCUUCUAUCUCUGUGUACAUAUUGGAUAUGGUUGCAUAUGUGUAUGGUUGCACGCCCUGCCCAUUGGAGUCAUGCUGUCACGUGCCACAUUACACCUGUAACCAGAAAGAUGAGUGUGUAAUAUACAGUAUGCAUGCACACUGUGCAUAUACAAAACAGUGUUGUGGUGAUAUGUCUGCCUUCAAGGAAGUAGUAGUAUAGUAUACAAAGGAUCAUGAAUGGUAUAUCUCCAGAUAUUGUUGAAUUACAACUCCUAUUAUUAUGGCAGUUGUAUGUCUGCAUCAUCUACUAAGAACUGCUGCCAUAUUCUGUAUCUCAUGCUAAAAAACUGAUGUUAUUUUUCUCUGUUCUAGCCAAAGAUAAUAUUCUUCAUUAGUGUACUCAAAAUCCAAGUAGAAUCUUUCCACCCUGUCUCCCCAUGGAGUAGAGUUUGAGUUGGUGGCACCACUGGAACAGAGACAGCUGACAUGUUUCAGGUAAGCAUUCUAUGCUAUACUAAUUCUUUUAUGUAGUUCGUAGAUGAGAAAUGCACUCGAUUUAUAUGACAGAAUGUAUUUGCCAUGUCAGCAUUUAAAGCGGCCCUGUCACCGUCUGGGGAGUUUGCAGAAUUUGCAAAGACCCCCUCCGGUGACAUCAAUGUGAUGCUCCGGUGGUCGGGGGUGCAGGUAAAGGUAAGAUUUACUUUCUUGAACCUGUCAAUCGUGGCGUGGCCAUCAAGAGUACAGUAAUGAGGUUUAUGGAGGAUUCUGCAAGACCGCGGAAUCCUUCAUCAGCAGAGCCAAUUCCUUGUAGUUGUCACUGGUGACUGGUGGAGUGACGCUUCUAGAUGGUGGUAGUUCGCCCAGUGUCUAUAAGUGUCAGGCGUAGGAAACAUACAGAGACAAAGUAGCCCAUACUUUGCCUCAGUAUAUCUUUUGACUGGAUUGGUAUUUCAGUUAAAUUCCAACACAGUCAAAGUGAGUAUUUCAUAAAAAUUCAAUCUUUAUGAAAUUCUCUUUUCAUGGAAGGGGAGGUGACAGUGCUGCUUUAAGUAAUUUUUGUCAGUGAUUUUACUGUUCAGACGAGGCAGUGCUGUGGUACAAUUUUUUUGUUGUUCACUAUUUCUAGUGUGAUGGACAUUAUUGCACAUAGUCCGGUCGUUCGGUCCUCCCUAUGGCUUAACUCUAACAUUUUGCAAAGGCUGACAGAACUUUGCUAUUGUUGCUUAGUGCUGAUGUUCUAUAUUUUGAGGGACAGAUGGUUGCAGAACAGGUACAACUUUAGAGUCAUAUUGAUAUGAAGUGCCAAUUUAGUUAUUACCAUGUAAUCUCAUGUAGUAUAAAUGAGCUAAAGCACUGCUCAUGCAGGUAACGCAGGUUCUUUGGAUCUAUUUACCCUCUGGUCUCAUCUUAUGGUACCUGGAGAUAGUUAUCUGUAGCCCAUUCUAAGAACAAUGAGGUUGACUGACAUAAUUUUCUUUCUAAUUGCAGGCCGGUUUAUUAUUUCAGGUAAACUUUUCAAGUUAGACCCAUUUAUGUUUAACAUUUUUUGCAUUCUUCAUUUACCUUCACCACAUUAUUUGCAAACAGAGUGCAUGAGAUUAUGAUUCUAAAAUGACUGAAUUCACAGAUUUUAAUUUGUACCAAUCUUGUGAGGCCUUUCAACAUUGUAUGUGCUUUGGACUAUAUCUUCAAACAGAUAUGCAAUUAAGAUUAUUCACCAAAAUGAGAAUUGUCAGGAAUUCAAAGUAAUAUUUGAAGUUUUAGACCAAAAUAGCCAAACUGACUUGAAGAAUUUUUUCCAAUUCUCACUUUAGUAAAUAACCCUGAAUUUCUCCCAUUCCAGAUGCUGGAGGCUGUAGACUGUCUCCAUAGAGGCUUGCAGUGCAUUAUGGGAGCUGUAGUUAAUGGAAUGACUUGGGUUGUAUUUCCUGUAUAGGAGAUUCUCGGGAAUCUGGGACUUCAGAUGACACAUUAUUGCAGUCUAUAGAACACUAUAGCAUUAGAAACAAAUGCAUAUAUUCCUAAUGCUAACAUGUUCUAAUCCCGCGUUAGAUUCAGCCCCCCUGCCUUAGUUCUUUUUAAAAAAUAAAUAAAUAAAGGAAACUUUAUUUACUUACCCUUUUUUUCAGCGCUGUAUGACAGUCCUUGCAACCUUCUUGUCCAAUCAAAUGAUUCUCAUAGGCAAUCAUUGUGGACAAGAAGCGCGUGCAUGGUGAGUGCCACGCUCUGCCAAUCUAUGCUUCUCUAUGAGGAGCAUUUGAUGACGUCCUCAUGGAUGACAAACGUCACAUGACCAACUGAAACUCACUUGUUGCAAUGGAAGCCAGGAAGACUGCCACUAAAGGUGUGUUCAGCCCUGCAAUCGAUGUUUUGCCAUAUAUACUAAACAGAAAUAUUUUACAUUGCAGGGUUAAAACUAAAGGGCUACUGCACCAAAACCACUUCAUUGAGAUUGUCCUAAAAUUGUAGAAAUGCCAUUAAUUGUUUGUGUGCUGCGUGUACAAUUGCAUUGAUUUUUGUCUGUGUCUUCAAAGGAUUUCUGUGAAUUAUCGCUUUAACCUUAAAGGAUCACUAUAGUGUCAGGAAAACUAAGUGGUUUUCCUGACACUAUAGUGCCCUGAGGGUGCCCCCACCCUCAGGGUCCCCCUCCCGUGGCGCUGAAGGGGUUAAAACCCCUUCAACCACUUACCUUUUUCCAGCGCUGGUGACCUCUCCUCCCCCACCGACGUCAGUUCCCUCUGCCGACGACAGCGGUGCCGCGCGUGCAUUCAAAGUGUCCAUAGGAAAGCAUUUUUCAAUGCUUUCCUAUGGACGCUCUGUUGUGAUAGAAGCAUUAAAUGCCUCCAGAGUCGCAGAUGCGCCUAUAGUGGCUGUCCAGAAGACAGCCACUAGAGGCUGGCUUAACCCUGCAAUGUAAACAUAGCGGUUUCUCUGAAACUGCUAUGUUUGCAUCUGCAGGGUUAAAACCUGAGGGACCUGUCACCCAGACCACUUCAUUGAGCUGAAGUGGUCUGGGUGACUAUAGUGUCCCUUUCAACAUAAAAUGUAUUUUUAUAACUUUGUAAUGAGUGCACCAUACUACUGUUCACUUAGAAGACAUUUUCCACAGAUUUAUUUAUUUUCCUAACAGGGUUAUUUACUUAAAUGAUAAUUACAUGUGCAUUCAUAGGGAAUUUCAAAUUCAAGGCCAAAGUAGGUAAACUAGAAGCAUAGCUAGAGAAAGUUUCCAAUUUUUCUACUUUUACCUUGAAUUUGAAAAUCACUGUAAAUCCUCACUACUAAAUCACCUUGUGUAUGUGUUCUUUAAAUAUAUUGUUUUGAUACUCACGCAUGUUUGUGGUACAAUUUCACGUCUGAAAGAGAAUUUUACAACACCUUGUAAAUAAUAGAGCUGGAAAAAUAGUGUUCUAACUUUGUAUCACAAUAGUGCUGCUCUAGGGAAAAUCUUCAUUUUUUUUUCCGUGUGUGUCUAAACAACAAAUAAGCUUCUUUAACACCUUCAAUAUCCAGCUCCAGGUGGGAAAAAUACCUGCCAAACCCAUGUUUUUCUUCCCAUUUACCCACAACGACGCUGCAUUAGUACUUUGUUUACACUGGACUGUGAUGUGGCAGCCUGGUAUUAACAGUAGUUGUAUGUAGUGAUAUAAGUUUUUAGUGAAGUGAAAACUAAUUGCAACAUUUAGAGUAAAAUAGCGGACCUGUGGCUAGAGAAUUGGAGAAUUUUCAGUUCUGCUGUUACCUACAUUUUUUAAUUCUGUUUCAGUUCACUGUUUAGCAAAUAAGUCCCUUGUUGCAACUUUAUUUUCUACCCUAUAUUAAUGAAAAAGACUCUGUCACCUCAAACUUACCUUUCUCCUAUUAUUUCCUCUUCUGUUCCGCUUUCCUCUUCUGUUCUUUUUCUCAUUUCUGAUCUAUUUCUCUUUAAAACAAAAGACAAAUAUUUUGUCUUAUGUAUUUUUUUCUGACAGAGCCACUUUAAUUUCUCUCCAAACAUCCUCCGCCAAUCUAUCCACGGUUAAAGUGAAAGGCAGCUAAAGUAUAUUACUGAACUAAAAAUGACCUACUCCUGUUUCGUAACUGUACCAAUAAACACCAGUCGAAAUAGGAUAGUCAUGUCCCAGCUUCACAUUUCAGUCCCUGCAAAGCAUUAAGCUUCCAUCUCUGCCAGACAAAGAUUAGUUUAUUGGAUUGGUUUCACAAAAUGUAUGUGGAGCUACUAAGCCAGAUUAGUAAGCAGUUAGCCUGCUGAAACAAGUGUUUUAUAAUACUUGAGGUGAAAGAAGAAUAAUCUAAAGAGAAAAUCACUAGCUCUUUUAUAUAAAAGUGUAUUUUAAAUGUUAUGUGUCUGUCUGUCCCUGGCUUCACAGUGUGGAAUGUUAUAGCCCUUAAUUUAAAGUACUUUAGUUAUUAGAGUGCUUUCACUGACCAUCAAAUGGUAUAUAAUUGAAAACUGAAUGGCUAAGUUGGUGAUUUCCCAAAUCUGCUGCAGUAUUUUAGUUUAAUUUUUAAAUUUGGAUUUCAGUCAGGUGAAAUUCUAAGUUCAGUGUAUAAACCCUACAAAAGUGUGCAGUUGCAGCAAAUUCAUGGUAAAUUUUAAGUUUUAGACCAAAGUAACUAAAACAAAAAGAUAGCUGACCUGGAUCAUUUUUCUGGUUCAGCUCUUUUGGCCUAGAAAUUCAAAUUGAACAGGUCACACUUUAGUAAGUAGCCCUGUUGUGUAAAACUUUACAGAAUUAAAAUGCAGAACAGGUGUUGUAUGUGUUCACUUAUAUUUGUCAGUUACAAAGGCUUAUGGGAAUUGUAUGCCAAUAAUAAAGCAUGGUCUGCCUCUUACUAAACCUAAAAUGGCAAGUGACUUGCAUCUAAUUUAUGUAAAUUGAAAAAAGGACCAGUCAAGAUCUUAAUAUUAAAUAAUGUCUGUUAAAUGAAUUUGUGUGCAUUAUGUGUUCUACUUUAGACUUAAAUACUGAUGUAAAAUAAGCAGUUAAUCAAUUGGUUUCUUAUCCAAGUGUUAUGAUUGAUUUCUGAGUUAAGUUAUGAUUCAUGACCCUUUCGCUGAUGAAUGUCCAACAUUACAAUGUACAUGUUGUUAUCUUACAUUUUAAAGAGAUAAUAACCCAUACUUGGUGUGUUGAAGUUUACGUGCGCAUUGUAAAGAUUUGUUUAGGAAUACCUCUGGUUUCACUCAUGUACUCGGAAUUUAAGAUGUUGAAACAAUGUGUGCUACUUUAGAAAUAGGCUUCACAGCAAUACUAUGGGAGCCCCUAGGCUAGAUUGUAGACGUGAUUAAUGUGCGGUUAGCGACAUUUUACAGCUGAUGUUGACACAAAUUUUACAGAAUCCUCAGGCAGCCUUCAGGAUUGUGGGAGUUGUAAUCCAACAACUGUGGGCUGCAUGAUAUUCGUCAUGGUGCAUGGUAUAUUCAAAAGUUAAAUCAGAUUAUGAAACAAUCCUUAUUGGUUAUUAGUCUAGGCGGCCCUUGUUUGCUUUGUCCAAAGGUGGCAAAAAGGAUAGAUCCUUAACUUUUAUAGAAUUACAAGCCCAAAGUAUUGUAGUUAUGCAACUGCUGUGGUCUACAUUUUUACCUACUCUUGCUGUAGUCUACUUUUUGUGGUUGUAGUGAUGGUUUUUAUAUUUUUUCUUAAAUCAAUUUUGAUAAAACCAUGUAAUAAGAUCAGGGCUGGAUUUGGCUGCUUGGGGUGGUGUGUGUGUGCUGCUUGGAGUAUUUUUGUGUGUGUGGGGCAGUGGCUGCAGGUGUCUGCUCGUGGUGACACACGUGAGGGUAGGCUGGUUGUGGUGUUUCUUGGGAUGUUGCGUGUGCUAUAUGUAUGUUUGUGGUUGACCGGGAAUAUUGUGUGUGUGUGUGUGUGUGUGUGUGUGUGUGUGCGUGUUGAGGGGUAAAGAUCGCAAAAAAAAAGCUCAACGGGCUUUCCACCGGUUUGGCCGCCCUCUCUGUUGCCUCGAGGCCAUGAAUUUGAAGAGUCCUGGAUUUGUCAGCCUAGUCCUCACCUUAAAAGGACACUCCACUGCCCAGACAAAAUAAAAAUAUUUUUUUGGGUAGCUAUACCCAUGUAGAAAUAUGUAUACAUUUAAAUAAAUAUAUAUAUAUAUAUAUAUAUGUAUGUGUUUUUUUUAUUUUAUUUUAUUGCGGGUAUAUCAAAAAAACUGACUCCAAAAGCUGCAGAUCUCUUGCCUCUGCAAGGCCUCCUCUUCUAACCCUGCACAGACUUUCUGUAGCUGGUCAAUCACACAUCAGUAUAGCUCAAUGUCUUUGCAAGGCAGGUACUCUGGGCAAUUACUGUAUCUUGAGUUUAGCUCUACUAAGCUAAGCAAAUAAUGAAGUAUGAGGACCAGCAGCCUGGGUGGUGUAACCAGGUUAAUUUAUAAAAGUACCAAUUUCUACUGAAAUCUGAACUUUUUGUAAAAUUAUUUUAAAUGGACACUCUUCACAUAUAAAGCACUUUAGCAAGCUAAACUAACCGUACUUUCCUUUCCUUAAUGCAUCUCUACAGGGAAACUUCAGCGUCUUCUUGCAGAGCAUGUGCAGCACUGCCCCAGGAAGCACCUCUAGUGGCCAUCUGUGGAGUGGCCACUAGGAGUGUUUUCUGAAAAGGCAGUGUUUACAUUAAAAAGCAUCCAGGGACAGACUAUAGACACCAGAACAACAACAAUAAGCUGUAGUUGUUUUGGUGACUAUAGUGUUCCUUUAAGGAUUUGUUGUGUGAAUUCUAAAACAGAUCAUCACUUUUUUAUUUUUCCAACAACUUUCCGUAAAGUGACUUAGUUUGUUAAAACAUUUGUUUUUUAGUUUGUAAUUUUUUUCACAUUUCUUUACGCACACAGUCUUUAUUGUUCCCUGACAUUUUCCAUUAUUCAGCAAAUAUUAGUUUCACAGCAGUGCCAGCUCUGAUCCCACUAAUCUACCUUAUUCUUUACUAAGAUGUGAACAGUUCUUGUCAUCACCUUUUAACUAAGAAUCUUCAAAUUGUACUAAUACUUUAACACCUGCCUUAGUUGUUUUUUCUUUUCAUAAGUGUGUGUGUGUCCUGUUUUCAAGUUAUUGUGUUUACUUCAGCAGAAUGUGUGACAAAAUCCGAAUAUACUGUAAUUCAUUUGUAUUACUGCAUGGAGCAUACCAUAUUGGAUAUACAAGCCUGAUAAUUGUUUCUCAGAAAAAGAUUCUAAACAUUUAUAGAUAGUCACUCAUGCUAAAGCAUUAUGGUGAUUUUGCUUGAUGUUCUAGCUUUGUGGAGAGACACUCAUAUACCCUUAAUCACUACAGCUAACUUUAGUCAAUGCUUCCCUAUGAGAAGCAUUCUGUUGCAUGAUCGCUGUAUUUGACUGGUAUAUUUGCAUAAAUUGUUGCACAUGCGGCAGUUUUUUCUGUACGGAAAGGGGAGGCUGCCAUCAAGGGCAAUGCGGAGCACUAGUGAGAAGAUUUGCUGCUGUGAAAAAAAAGUGAUUUAUUAUUUUCAUUUUGACGGGCUGUCAUUUGGGGGAUUAAACGAGUAUUCGUUUGGGAAGAAAUCAAUGCUGCUGCGAGAUUCUUUACCUGCCGGGUGACUUUAUUUUGAAGAGUAAUUUUAGGUCUACAUGGAGGCUCUGCAUUGCCUGCUGGUGUAACUGAAUCUGAAUUUAGCAUUUAUUUUAUUUCAUUUUUUCUUCAUUGGAAUUGGAGACAGACAGCAUAGCCAAUCAGAACCGUUUAUGUGCCCUGCAGCUUUUGGUCUAGUUAAUAUUGGGUAGUUGUUACUCUGGGACUCUGAAAUGGUGCAGUCAAGCUAAAUCCCAUAUUUACUAUAGCCUCCUCCCAUUUUAGUCUUUCUGGACAUGCAACAUAAGCUGCUACUGGUUACCCAUGUGAUGUAGUACAUAUUCUUAAUAGUAAUAGGCAGAGGCAUACCUAGGUUUCAUGGCACCCCAAACUGUAAUUUAAAAAAAAAAAAUUUUUUCGAUCUAACUCUACUUCCGAACUUCUUUUUGUUAAAUUCCACAUACAUACUCGCAUUCAUAUAGACAAACACAUUAAUAUACACACAGAUACACACGUUGAUAUUAGUGAUGUCCCGAACGGUUUGCUCCGAACGGUUCGACGCGGACUCAUCAUUGAGUAAACUUUGAUCCUGUACCUCACAGUCAGCAGACACAUUCCAGCCAAUCAGCAGCAGACCCUCCCUCCUAGACCCUCUCACCUCCUGGACAGCAUCCAUUUUGAAGCUUCAUUCUUAGUGAGCUGUCCAGGAGGUGGGAGGGUCUGGGAGGGAGGGUCUGCUGCUGAUUGGCUGGAAUUUGUCUGCUGACUGUGAGGUACAGGGUCAAAGUUUACUCAAUGAUGAGUCCGUGGCAAACCGUUCGGUGUACCGUUCGGGACAUCACUAGUUGAUAUACAUACACACAGACUCAUACAUAAACUGACACCGAUAAACACACCCAAUAUAUACUUGCAGACUCAUACACAGGCACACUUGAUCCCAAUUCUUUUUUUACAGGGCGGUCCACCACGCCACCCUUUUCUUACCGUGAAAGGGAGUGCUCAAGUAGAACCUGGUGUCCAGUGUGGUGCUGCCCAGAUCUCUCAAUACUGAUGUCAGUGCUGGGGUGACGUUACAUUCCGACUUUGUGACAUACUUUUCAACUGCAACAUUCUGUGAAACAAAUGAGGGUGGGAGGUGUGAGAGGGGAACUUGGCCAGACACCCAUCACUUGCUCUGUCUGGAAAGUGGGCAAUCCAUCCAUAGACCUGACACGUCAGCCUGAUGUGAAUGUAUGCCAGUUUGCCUGCCAAUCAAGUAGGCUGACUGUUCAUGCAGGGAACAUGUUUUCUCUGCAGGGUCUUAAUGUCCUGAGCAAAUAGCAAACGUGUCUAAUAAUGCGCUAAUGCUAUGCGUGUUGGGACAGUUCCCUAGGGGUUCCAAAAUCUGGACACCAUUGAACAGAAUUGGGAUGGAUAGGGGACCUGUUUUCAGUUACUUUGUCAAUUCUUCAAUAUGGGAGGCAACCCAAAAUAUAAAAACCACUACCAGAGCUUCUCCAUUAUUGCUUACUUUUGUCUCCUGUUACCUGUUGUAAGCCACUGAUCAAACUACUUGGCAUUUUAAGCCAGUUUAUAUUCUGAAAGUGCCACUAGAAAAUUAAAACAAAAAUAGACAGUAUGGUCUCGAUUUACUAUUUUGGGAUAAGUGUUUCAAUUGAUUAAACAUUUUUUUAGAAAUUUAUUUAUGUUUUAAAAUAAAUAUUUUAACAUUUCAAUAUUAUUUUAAUAUUUUUUUUUAUAUAGGAUAUAUUUUUUGAUAUUUUGAUAUUAUGAAUAUUAUCAUGAAGUUUUUUUCCAAAAAUAUUUAAUAAUUUGAAAAGCUUUUCCAAAAUAUUCAAUUGUGACCUAUGUUUGUGCAGUUAUUUAAAUAGGCUAAAUUAGAAGUCACUUAACAUAGACAUAAAUAGGAAAUAAGUUUUAUUAUGGGAAAAAUGACAUUGAAAACUGAAAAUGUGCUUUAGCCAUACAGUUCUCUUUUUCUCCAUGUUUGUAAAACGUGAAAUGCAGGAUUGCAAUCCUAAUCAGUUAUCAGAAACAUGUCAUUAAUGUAGAAUUCUCUAUUAUCAGUCCAGUCUGUUGCAAACAGGAAAUAGAGCAACUUCGAUUAUCCACGUGUACCACACUGUGGACUAUGAUAUUUACCAAGAAGAUCGGGUCACGUAAUCUCGCAGAUGUCUCGUUGAAAUUUAGAAUUGGUUGAGCAAUAGUAAUAAAAGCAGGAGAGUGGGACUACGGCUGGCUCUCUAGUUUCCCUCAUAGCUGUUCAGUGCUAUAUCUAAAUGAUUUAGAAAAAUGCAAUCUUUUUAAUUUGUUCUUUAAGCUUGAUUUCCCCCCUCCCCCUCCCCCCCAAAGAUUCACACAUAGAAAAUUGUUUUUUUUCUGAUAUGCAGCAGUGUAUAAAACCUGUUUUUAUUUUAUUCUGUUGCUCAAAAUUAAGUGAAUCCGAAUUUCUGAGAGGAAAGGUAACAUACCCUGUCAGGUUUAAAUGUAAGAAACAUAGUCUGCCCAAUUUUCUAAAAUACUUUCAUUAGUCUCUUAUAUCUAAGAUAGCCUUAUGUCUAUCCCACGCAUGCUUAAACGCCUUCACUGUGUUAAAGGACCACUAUAUGCACCCAGACCUCUUCAGCUAGGGUUAACCCUUUUUUUAUUUUUUUAUUUAUAAACAUAGCACUUUUUGUUCUUUCACUCCCCUGUGUACCCAUUUAUGCUUCUUUUUCUCCCUGCCUCUAACAACCUCCCUAUAGAUAUAAUUUUCUUGAUCCCUCCUUAUAAAACUUAUUUUACUGCUUCUCUUGACCCCUGUGUAUCAUAUACACACGUGCUAUAAAGGAACACUAUAGUCAGCAAUACAACUUUAGUUUAAUUAAGCAAUUUUAGUGUAUAGAUCAUGGCUAUGAAGUUUCACAGCUCAAUUCUCUGCCAUGUAGGAGUUAAAUCACUAUUGUUUCUGUUUAUGAAGCCCUAGCCACACCUCCCCUCGCUGUGACAUGGCCUGCAUGAAAAAAAAAUGGUUUCAGUCUGAUAUAACUUAAUUUAAAAGUUUUUAUCUCAUGCUCUGUAAAUUUAACUUUAAUCACACAUUGGAGGCUCAUGCAAGGUCUUGCAAGCUAUUAACAGAGCAGCAGAUUAGAAAUUCUAAAUGUAAACAGAAUGUUCAAUAUAAGAAGUGUAACCAUUGGAUGACUCUUACAGGAAGUGUUUAGGUAGAACGUGUGGGUCACAUGCAGGGAGGUGUGGCUAAGACUACAUAAAAAAGUAACUCCUAAAUGACAGAGAAUUGAGCUUUGAGACUACAGAGGCAUGAUUUAUAUACACCACAAAUGCUUCAUUAAACUAAAGUUGUUUUGGUGCCUAUAGUGUACCUCUAAUCUAAAUUCCUCACUAUUUUACCCUGCUUUCAUUUUUUUUCUUCCAUGUUCUGUGCAACAAGGUUAAAUGGCUACUAUUUAGUCAAAAAUUGAGUUCCAGAAGUGGCAUCUGUCAUAUUGAUUUGUCAUAACUGAGCUAGGUCAAUAUUCAUUUACUUUAUUUUACUAUGUUUUAUGUGUUUUUUACUAUGUAUUUAUUUUUACUAUGUCUUAUGUGUGAAGAGGAAAUGUGGAGCAAAUGAUGUUGCAGCAGGAAUACUCUAUUGACUUGCAUAGUGACUUCUAUGCUUAGGGAGUGCUCCUCAAAUUGGUCUUCAAAAAGCAAUCCAGUGACAUUUAUUCGCUAGACUAUAAUUGAUAAGAUAACAGCAACAUUAAAGGACCACUAUAGUGCCAGGAAAACAUACUCGUUUUCCUGGCACUAUAGUGCCCUGAGGGUGCCCCCACCCUCAGGGUCCCCCUCGCGCCCGGCUCUGGAAGGGGGAAAGGGGUAAAAACUUACCUUUCUCCAGCGCUGGGCGGGGAGCUCUCCUCCUCCGAUCCUCCCACUCGGCUGAAUGUUUUCCUAUGGACGCUGGCAUCUUCUCACUGUGAUUUUCACAGUGAGAAGCACGCAAACGCCUCUAGCGGCUGUCAAUGAGACAGCCACUAGAGGAUUUGAGGGCUGGAUUAACCCAUUUAUAAACAUAGCAGUUUCUCUGAAAUGUUUAUUUAAAAAAAAAAAAAAAAAAAAAAUGGGUUAACCCUAGCUGGACCUGGCACCCAGACCACUUCAUUAAGCUGAAGUGGUCUGGGUGCCUAGAGUGGUCCUUUAAAGCAAGAAUAGCUAGGUUAGAAAAAUAGCUGAAAUCAAAUAUUUUCUAAAUUGGUUAUAUAGUGUUGAAUGUUUAGUGAACAUACCAAAUGUUAGUUUUCCUAACAUCAUAUCUGUAUUCAUAAAGAAUGAACUUGCUUGACUUGGUACAAACUUCUUCUUUUUAGUGUAAACACAAACAAUGCACUUUUUAGUCUCUCCAUCGUGUUGCUUUACAAAGAUCGGAUAAUAUUGUCCUGACUGUUCUAUGAAGUCUUGAGAUACACUUUAUAGUCAACCGGAAGGGUUUACAGUUCUUUUAGGAUGUCUUUUUAGUUUCCAGAUUUUUGUAUAAAAAUGUAUGUGUAUACACCAUCAGGGCUAUUCAUUGAAUUCAAAGUGGAUUUCACAUUCAAAGUUUAGUAGCUGUAACAGUCACCUGGGGACUUAUGGAACAGUUUACAAGUAGAUGGCACAGGAGGAGGCAAAGUCCAAAACACAAUACAGAUUAAGGGUAAAUCCAAAGGCAGGGUCAGAUGAGAAGCAGAAGUCAGGGCUGGCAGCGGAGUAACAAAGUCGGUAAAUCAGGCACAGGUCAGAGUCCAGGAAAUCAGUCCGUAGCGAAGCAGAGAUCCGGCAGGAAACACCAAACCGGCAAAAUGACCAGAUACUAGGUUUCAGGCAGGGCUGGCUUUUACAGCCUGCUGAUUAGGUGCAGCUGACCCUAAUUGGAAAAGGGCUGCAGGUGGAUCAGUGCUGCUUAAUCCAGGGCAAGGUGGUCCGGAAGCAGAAAAAUGCAAACAGAAACUGAAGGUAAAUGGACUAUUGCUGAACUUAAAUUAAAGUAACAUGAAGUCCCAAAUUAACUUUUGCUUAAUGAAGUUGUUUUGUUGUAUAGUUCAUGCUCCUUAAGUCUCACUGCCUUAUUCGCUGCAAGUUAGGAGUCAGAUCAAUUUGUUGAUGCAGACCUAGUCACACCUCCCCAGCUAUGACUCACACUGACUCUCAGCCUACACACUUAAUUUUUUUUUUUUUUUAUUGCACAGUAUGUUCAAUUUAGAAUUUAUCUCCUGCUCUGUUAAUAACCUGCAAUAACAUCCUGUUUGUGAUUAAAGUUGUAUUAUUAUUAAAGUGAAGUGGUCUGGGUGCAGUGGCCCUGUAGUUUUAGUCCUGCAAUGUAAAAGAUUGCAGUUUUGUAGAAACCCUGAUGUUUACAUUGCAGGGUUAAAUAGAAUGCUUUACUACUAGAAGCAUUGGAUUUGUGAGCGGCAGAAUUAAAGGGUUACUCCAAUUAUCACAAACCCUUCUGCCUUCUACUAUUUGCAUCCUUACCUUGGCCCCAACAGGCUCUGAUGUUCCCUGGUGGUUCAGUGACCUCCUGCAGUGCUGCAGAAGCCUCAGCCGUUGCCAUUAUUUGGCAUCAACUGACCUCUCUCAACCACUCAGCCAACGACUGACAUUCUGUGCAAUGAAAGUUAGAUGUAAUACACACAUUGUACGUAGUUUAUUAAUAAUUUACAGAUUUUUUUCUUUUAUCUCACUCCCUGACAUGUUAUGUAACAUCAUGAUGUCUCACAUCUAACUAAUUAUGUAAAUUAGCACGGCUGGUAUUUUUUUUCCGAAAAAUGUGGUAACUCUAGAAAAUGUAAACUUACCUGAACCUAAGCAUCCAGUAAAGUUCCCAGCGCUCCUCUCCAUGACUCUUUCCGACUUUAUCCCUAUACUCGCACAUUCCAAUGAAAUGUGCCUCAUGGCAACAUAGAAGUAAUGUUUAGGUGAACUGAUUUUACUGCUUAGACUGUGCCUUUAAUAUACGGAGUUGGAACUGAGGUAACAACAUGAAACUAGGAAAAAAACAAGAGUUGGCUUGGAUUUCUUUAAAAGUCUGUUAAAAACGUAAACUUUAUUGAAUAUACUCCUUCACCAUGUAAUUCUCCAUUUUGAAACAUAUCUGUCAUUUAACCAUCUUUUUAUCUCUUUUAAGCUAAAUGUCUAUAUCAAGCCUCAUAUUUCGAUUUUAUAAGCAAAAUCUGCAGGGGUUUGCAAAAAUGUAAAUUCUUUUCUAUUACCCCGUAUAGUACGGAAAUUAAUUGGCACUUAAACGAGAGGUACUUUGCUUUCAACUGUGACCACAUGUGAUUUUUCUAAUUAAAGUACAAAUGUCAUCACCAAGCCCCAUUCUCUAAGUCUGUUGGUAUAAUUAAUUUUUUUAAUAUAAUCUUUAUUUUCUCAGGAAACAAGAAAUGUUUUCUAAAAUAUCAUGGCCUUUGCAUUAGGAAAUCUGUAACAUUUCUCAGAUUUCCAAGUGUGUUGAUUUUGGCAUACAAUAGCCUGGUUAUAAGAAGCCGCAAAAUAGGCGAGAUAUUAAAAAGAAAGAAAAGGCAUAUAAUCAACAAGCAUUGUAAUGUCAUUUUCAGCUUGCGUUCUGUGCUUUGAAAGAAAAGGUAACCCCAAAUAUUUGUAUAGCUGACAUGGGAAUUAUAUAUUAAAAGGUUACUCCAACCAUCGUAACCACUACAACCCACUGUAGUGGUUUUGAUGGUAGGAGUACCCCAGCACCAUUCCCCACUAAUGGGGCAAAAGGUUUUACAACGGUUUGUCCCUCUUACCUGGGUCUCCGCUGGGGUCUCUACUGCAGCAAGAUUGAAACAUCCUGCAUAUAUAGAACUGAGGAAGCCGCAUGCCGAACCUGCCAAUCCUUCAUUGGCUGAGAGCAUCAGCUGAUUGCUCUCAGCCAAUGAAUGACUCUCUAAGGAAUGAACUAUACACAUUAUUGAUAUUAGCCAAUUUUAAUUGUGACUGGAGUGACACUUUAAGUGCCAACAUAACCAUAUGAUAUAUAUGUAUUUUCUAUUCAUUUUGUUUACUAAGGAAAUUAUGACUCUUUGCUCAUGUGACAUAAGUGGAUUUGAGGGUGUUUGACACAGUGAUUCUUUUUAGAGUAACAAGGGGAUACAUCACCUUUUAGGGGUGAAGGGAUAUUUAGUAUCUAUUUUUAUUAUUUUAAAUGACUCCCUAAAUGUAUUCAGAAUGUUUAGACACAAAAUUAAUUUUUUAUUUUUUUUUCAAACAUAAAAUGCUUUGUAGUUUCUGGUUCUCCCUUUCCGCCUGCAAGGAGGUGAGGAGUGGCACUCCCUUCUACCAUUGGUAUCAUUAAGAAGAUUAUUGAUUGAUAAUCUUGUUAUUUCUCGGUCAAUGCAAAAGCUGUAGAUUUUCAGCAAACACUAGAAGUAUUUCCUUUUUUUUUCUUUCUUUAUUAAUUCUGCAUUCCUUUCUUCCUGCUAACAAUAUUAUGGGCAGCCAGACUACUUAAUCUCAAUUAAAUGGUCUCUGUGUAAUGUGCCUGCCAACUUACCCUGCAAUGUAAGAAUUAUCAAUGUUUACAUUGCAGAGUUUAAAUGCUUCCAGUGGCUGUCACUGACCAUCACUGGAGACUCUUCUGAUUAAAUAAUGAAUGAGUAAAACUCAGCAGUUCUAUGAGACGGUCUCAUAGAGACCAUGUCUUUGGCACUGUGCAGCAUAUCGCUGUGCAUGCACAUUAGCCUCCCAGUGGGGGGGACUCCUAACUGCUAACCAUGUACUGUAGCAUUAAACAUACCCAGCAUACAACCCUGCAGGACUUGCCAUAAGCAGAGCCUGGGCCCCAUACAAUAUUGAAUCAGCUACACCCAGGACUCCCAGCACACAACCCUGCAGGACUUGCCAUAAGCAGAGCCUGGGCCCCAUACAAUAUUGAAUCAGCUACACCCAGGACUCCCAGCACACAACCCUGCAGGACUUGCCAUAAGCAGAGCCUGGGCCCCAUACAAUAUUGAAUCAGCUACACCCAGGACUCCCAGCACACAACCCUGCAGGACUUGCCAUAAGCAGAGGUAGCAUUUACUGGAUGAUCAUCUUGAAUACCUGGACUUCUUAUUUCUCCUACUUUUGUUAUAAACUGUAUUUCUUUCUUUAUCCACCCCCCACAGUAUUACUGCUUAAUUGAUGACUAUUGCACCCUCCAUCCUUUAACUCUUGUUUAGUUACAUGUUUGUUUUGCUAGUGUUAGUUGUUGCACUCUAUGCCUCAUUAAUUUAUGAUGUUCCCUAUUUAUGACUUUUACCUAUCUUAUCUCUGCCAUUCCCUCAUAUCCUUAAAUUUAAAUUCCCUUUCAUCUGUUUUUUCCUUGAUUUUUGUUUUUAACACCCCAAUGAUUCUCCACCCACAAUCUGCUUUAUCUAACCCCAGAUUCUCUCCUUUAUAGCCUGGGCCCCAUACAAUAUUGAAUCAGCUACACCCAGGACUCCCAGCACACAACCCUGCAGGACUUGCCAUAAGCAGAGGUAGCAUUUCUGGAUGAUCGCUUCCCACCCACCCCACACCCCACCCUCCCCAUGGUUAUCACUACAUUCAUAGAUAGUUCAAAUUACCUACCAUUCCUCUGAACCAAUUAUGUUAGCCUCUGUCCACCAAGCCCUCCACACCCAAAAAAAGCUAUACUCACUCAAUACCUCUUUAACCCUUAACCCUCCUAACCACAGCUCUUAAAAAUACAGCACCUACUCUCCUACUAAUGUUCUCACUUCUAUUUUUUACUUUCUCUCUCACUUCCCUCAUCAUUAAAAUCUCUCUAUCAUUUUACUUACCUGUUCCUGCUAACACCAUCUUCAUUGCUCCCUCUCUGCUCCCCUCAUCUCAGUAUUCAUCACACGCACUUUAUUCAUAUCUAUCCAGCCUUUCUCCACAAACCCUCCUAAAUACCCUAAAUACAAGCUCUCAUCCCCAACAUUUAAAUCUUACUCCCACCUUCUCUUCCUUUCCAUCCUACUACUCCUAGCAGCAGGUGAUGUCUCUCCAAACCCUGGUCCCUCCUCUUCUCAGCCACCUGGUACAAACACCAGAAACCACAACAACCUAAUACCCAUUCCAUGUAAUUCUCACUAUAAUUCCUCUUUUAAAGCUGCCCUCUGGAAUGCACGCUCUGUGUGCAGCACCUUUAAAUCUACUUCCAUCCAUGACCUAUUUAUCUCACACUCCCUAAACCUACUUGCACUAACAGAAACAUGGCUCUCUCCCUCUGAUACUGCUACACCUGCCUCACUGUCUUUUGGUGGUCUUCACUUUACCCACAACCCAAGACAAGCAGAGAUUAAAGGUGGCGGUGUAGGUUUUCUUCUCUCACCCCACUGCACCUUUAAAACCCUGUCUACCCCCCCUUCCCUCUCUUUCCCAUCAUUUGAAAUUCAUUCAAUUCGCCUUUUCAAACCCUUCUCUGCUAACAUUGCCGUAAUCUAUCGUCCCCCUGGUUCCCCUCUCCUCUUCCUUGACCACUUUGCUGCCUGGCUACCCUACUUCCUCUCUUCCAACAUCCCAUCCCUAAUUCUUGGAGACUUCAAUAUUCCCGUUAACCCACCUUUGACCCCAGCAGCCUCUAAACUACUUUCAAUCACUUCCUCCCUUGGACUUUUGCAGUGGGCUAAUUCUCCCACUCAUGUAGCUGGCAAUACCCUCGACCUUAUUUUCUCUUAUUCAUGUACAAUAUCUAAUAUCUGCAACACCCCAUUUCCUCUCUCUGAUCACCACCUCUUAUCAUUUGCUCUCAAUUACCCCCUCACCCAACAAUCUCAGCCUAACCCCCCUCAGCUCAGGAGGAACCUUAACUCUAUUGACCUCAAGCAGCUGUCAGCUGACAUUGAUUCACAACUGCUAUCCAUCCCUUCCCUCUCCUGUCCCUCACUGGCCAUCUCCACAUAUAACUCUACCCUCACAUCUGCCUUGAACGCUGCAGCCCCGCUCAAAACAUGCACCUCGAGGAGAACAUGACCCCAACCUUGGCAUAAUAAAUCAACACGCUAUCUGCAGAGUUGCUCCCGUUGUGCUGAACGCUCCUGGAGGAAGUCCCGCACCCAGGCAGACUUUCUCCAUUAUAGAUUCAUGUUGCUUUCAUACAGCGCAGCCCUCGCCAAACAGUCAUACUUUUCCUCUCUCAUUAGUUCAUGCUCCCGCAAUCCCAGACGCCUCUUUGACACCUUUAAUUCCCUUCUCCGCCCUGCUGUGGCCACCCCCCAAACUAACCUUACAGCUGAUAGCUUUGCAUGCUACUUUACCGACAAGAUUGAACAGCUAAGGAAACAAUUCUCCCCUCCUUGCCGUUCUCUUUCUCAACCACAUGUAAAUCUUGCUUUCCCUACCCUCCAGACUUUCUACCCGGCUACUGAACAAGAGGUGGCUGCGCUUCUCCAUUCCUCUCGCCCCACCACUUGCCCGCUCGAUCCUGUCCCAUCUCACCUCAUCAGAUCUCUCUCCCCUUGUCUUGUGCCUACCCUAACACACAUCUUUAACUGCUCUCUCUCUUCUGGCACUGUUCCUGCUGACCUUAAACAUGCCACUGUAAUACCUAUCCUGAAAAAACAUCUCUUGACCCAUCCUCCCCUUCUAACUAUCGUCCCAUAUCCCUGCUCCCUUUCUCAUCAAAGCUUUUGGAAAGGCUUGUCUUUACCCGUGUGUCCCGCUUCCUUAAUUCCAACUCUCUCCUUGACCCUCUUCAGUCUGGCUUCCGCCCUCUCCACUCUACUGAGAUUGCUCUUAUCAAAGUGACUAAUGACCUAAUCUCCGCUAAAUCCAAAGGUCAUUACUCCAUAUUAAUUCUCCUUGACCUCUCUGCUGCCUUUGACACCGUUGAUCAUGCUCUCCUCCUUCAAACUCUUCAAUCGCUCGGUCUCUGUGACUCUGUCCUCUCUUGGUUUUCCUCCUAUCUCUCCCAACGCUCAUUCAGUGUCUCCUUUUCCAAGGAUACCUCCUCCCCUCGUCCUGUCUCGGUUGGAGUUCCCCAAGGGUCUGUCCUUGGUCCCCUUCUAUUUUCUCUUUAUACCGCCUCUCUUGGUAAACUGAUUGCCUCUUUUGGAUUCCACUACCACCUGUACGCUGAUGACACUCAGAUAUACCUCUCCUCCCCGGACCUCUCCCCUGCUGUCCUGCAACGUGUCACUGCUUGCCUUUCUUCCAUCUCUGACUGGAUGUCUUCACGCUUUCUGAAACUUAACCUCUCUAAAACUGAACUCCUUGUCUUUCCUCCUCCUAAUACUGAUCCUCCUCUCUCGCUCUCCCUUCAAGUCAGUGAUAUCCACAUAAGUCCAUCCCUGCAAGCGCGCUGUCUUGGCGUCAUACUUGACUCUGGUCUCACCUUCGAGUCUCACAUCCAGUUUGUUGCCAAGUCCUGUAGGUUCCAACUCAAAAACAUAGCCCGCAUUCGCCCCUUUCUUACGCAAGAUGCUACCAAGGAGCUUGUCCAUGCUCUAGUAAUUUCCCGCAUGGAUUACUGUAACCCUCUCCUGAUUGGUCUCCCCAAAAGCCGUAUUGCCCCGCUACAGUCUGUAAUGAAUGCUGCAGCUAGACUGAUUUUCCUCUCUAGUCGGUCCUCUCACACCUCACCCCUCUGCCAGGUCCUUACAUUGGCUCCCUGUAUGCUAUAGGAGUCAAUUCAAAGUGCUAACCCAUACAUUUAAAGCACUGAACAGUUCUAGCCCCGCUUAUAUCUCUUCACUGAUCCAUAAAUAUGCCCCUCCACGUACCCUCCGCUCUGCCCGUGACCACCUCCUGACCGCUGCUCGCACCCGUACGGCCAACUCGCGCUUGCAGGACCUCUCGCGGGCGGCUCCUCUCCUAUGGAAUAGCUUGCCUACUGCCAUCAGACUCUCCCCCAGUCUUCAAUCAUUUAAGAAGGGCCUUAAAACCCAUCUCUUCAGGAAAGCUUAUGGCCUCCCAGAGUAAUCUCUACCUUACAUACCUGUCUCCUGCUCUCUCCUAUGGGACAGUGCUUUGCUCUCUCCUCCAGCUCUGCUUCACUCCUACUUGAUAUUUAUUGUCCUAAUGUUUCAAAUACCCCACCUCCAGUAGUCUGUAAGCUCGUUUGAGCAGGGUCCUCUUCAACCUAUUGUUCCUGUAAGUUUUCUUGUAAUUGUCCUAUUUAUUGUUACACCCCCCCUCUCAAAAUAUUGUAAAGCGCUACGGAAUCCGUUGGCGCUAUAUAAAUGGCAAUAAUAAUAAUAUUUGCAUUCCUAAAGCUAUAGUUUUUCUUUAAGUAGGCAUGGGCAAUAUGUUGUAGCAUAGUUGCUAUAAUGUGUAUAAAAGAUGAUGAGAAAUAAUUUGAUUUAAUGGGUAUGCAUAGAGUCCAUUUUUAUUCAUAAUAGGAAUUAUGUACAAGUUUUUUUUGUUAUGCGGAAAGAUUUAAUAAACUCAACUGAAGAAGAAAAAAUAUUUACAAGAUAAAACUAUAUUAAAGGAUAUUUAUUAGUCCUAAUUGUUCUAUCUAGGUUUUUAAGGUUUUGGGUUGGGUAUAAUAAUUUUCCAAUUUCCUUAAAGGAUCACUUUAGGGUCAGGAACACAAACUUGUAUUCCUGACCCUGUAGUGUUAAAACCACCAUCUAGCCCCCCCUGGAUCCCUCAUGCCUCCAUAAAUAUAGCACAAUCUUACUGUAUUCAAGCCUGAAGCUGUAACUUUGUAUGCUGUUUGACUCAGAAAAACAAGCAGUCUGCUGGCAUAAGAAGUGGUAGCCUCAUCCAAUCACAGUGCUUCCCCAUAGGAUUGGCUCAGACUGACAAGGAGGCAGAUCAGGGGCAGAGCCAGCAUGAUUCAAACCCAGCCCUGGCCAAUCAGCAUCUCCUCAUAGAGCUGAAUUGAAUAAAUGAAUCUCUAUGAGGAAAGUUCAGUGUCUGCAUGCAGAGGGAGGAGAUACUGAAUGUUUGGAUGCAUUUUAGGCAGCCAUGACCCAGGAAGGAUCUCUAACAGUCAUAUGAGGAGUGGCCAGUGAAGUUAUCACUAGGCUGUAAUGUAAACACUGCAUUUUCUCUGAAAAGACCGUGUUUACAGCAAAAAGCCUGAAGAGAAUGAUUCCACUCACCAAAACAAAUUCACUAAGCUGUAGUUGUUCUGGUGACUAUAGUGUCCCUUUAAUGCACUUCGCUUUGAAACACUGCACAUGCCAAGAAUGUAAUUUACUGGCUGAGAGUGGUCCGCUAAUGCUCUCUGCUAAUGAAUGAGUGGCAGAAUCUGCACCCAGCUGCAACAGUUCUGCAGAUCCUGCAUCAAUGAAGAUCCUGCUCCUUUCAGGACCAGGUAAGGGGCAAACCGUUGUAAAACAGUUUGCCCUAUUAGUAUGUUAUGGCGCCAUGGUUCUCCUGCCGUCAUAAUCACUACCAAGGGCCUUUAUGCACGUGAUGUUCAAAGAUUUUGCAAUUGUUUUAUUCACUGGCUUAAUUUUCAGAAUAACAUAAUUUCUACUUUAAAAUGUUACUGUAACCCUUCUUAAACAUUCAUUUGAUUGGACCUUUCACCAGCUCAGAACACAUGCGUGCACUCUGGAUCGGCCAGGGGAAGGAGGGAGUGGUUGGUGGUCAGGGAAAUUAAAUAAAUAAUGCUAAUUGAAAAAGAAAUGCGGGAAUGGCUAAAUAAAUAAAUAGUGCCUGCAAGGGUAGAAGCUAAGUACAUCUGUCCCCAUCGUCCCCACACAUAUGAGUGUUUCAAGCUGAAACGCUGCACAUACAGACUCUUACCAGCAUGACUACGUUAUAUUAGCAAAGUGGUCAUGGUGGUUGUAGUAAACCUGUUCUUUCCCUCUCCACAAAUGGGCAUAUUUUAAUUGCUCUCCUUUUUUCCCUGAAUACCUACUGCCAUUGACCAGCUGCCUUUGCCUUUGACCAGCUGAUUAACUAAUUCAUCUACCCUCAACCAAAGCCAUUUUGUUUAGGCUUGGACAUUUUUUUUUUUUUUUUUUUUAAACACUCAACCAUAACCUGUGUAAAACAAUCAGUCCCUUUCCUUUUAUUGCAUCCGAUUCUGACAUUCUGAUCCAAAAUAAAAUUGCCAAUGACAUUAUGAACUGCCGAACCCUUUUCUCUAUUUUCCCAUUAUUACAACUUCAAUAUCCACAUGCAUGUCUGAUAUUAAGCUUUUCACAGUUUUAAAGUAAUCUCUCCCUUUUUUUUCUUUCUUUUUUCUAUACCUUUCCUACCUUUUUUAACUAUUCUCUCUACUAAUUCCCACCCAGGCACUUUAAAAUCCUACAGUUAUAAAUUGUGAGAGAUACUUAAAAUCUCUAUAGGGGAAAUCAAAGUAGAUUUAUUUUUAGUGUAACAUUUAGAAGACUGCUAGUGAACCUGGUUGCAAAAAAAUAAUGUCGGUUUAGAAAAUAUUUCCGUGCGGCUUAAUUGGAUUUAUUUGUUCAAUUUCUGACUGUAAUGUCAUUGUUAUAAUGUCAGUGACUAUAAUGUCAUAAUCCCAUUGUGAGUUGUCAGUAAUACAAUGUUUGUAUUGGGCAGACGUUAAGAUAGAUGCCAAGUUGCUUGGCACAGACUUUAUUCUAAUGUGACAGAUUGUCUUGUGUAGGAGCAGUGUCCGGACUCUUGGUGAUGAAUUUGUACCCUCAAUCAUGGAAUGAUCGAUACAGGUGCAACACUUCGUUUGCUCACAAGAUAUCUGUUCCCCGCUCUGUUGGGUUCAAACAAAACCUCAGCUAAUUUAGUGAUUUAACCUCUUUAGAACAACCUGUAUAAUAUAAUAAACAUUGGCAACUUCACUGAAACCCAGCAAAAAAUAUGUUUAUUAAAACACCGGUUCUUAAAUUCUGCCUAUGACAGUUUGAAGUUCAGUAGUUUGCAACAUAUUGAGCCGUUUUUAGUGAAGCUUUUAAAACCUCUGUUGUAUUUUCUGAACAACAGGAACUAAUAUUCUCGAUAGAUUUGGUGAUCAUGCUUCCACCCUUUGCCAUCAUUAUUUUGAAUUAAUCAAACAAAUACAAUUAAAUGUAGGAAUCGAUACUGUUGUGUUUACCUGUAACUGAACACGUCAACAUUGGCCACUUGUCAUUCACAGGGUUAUUUACAAAGAUCCCAAUUUCAUGGAAUUCAAAGUGAUCUUCACAUUUAAGACAUAGUAGCCAAACUGGAAGAUCAGAAUGCUUCCAGUUUGGCUUCUUUUUCCUAAAUUUGACAAUCAAUUUGAAUUUCUGACAGUUUUUUAGUCAAUAACCCUGCAGUUUUAAGGCCUGCCCUUUGAACUCACCAGUCUGCAUAGAGAGAGAAGCAGAAACAAACAAGGGGGGUUGUUUAUCAAAGUAUUUAGAAAAGAGACACUAAAAUAUCAUUAUUUUUAUGCAAUUAAAGUGCUUAUUGAAGUUCUUCCAAUGCAACAACAGUCAACAUUUAUAGAAAAAGAUAAAAUAGUACAUAUUUCAUCAGAACAAAAAAAUUGUUUAGCCAUAGGAGAGAAGAAAGAAAAGGAAAGGUGGUGAUGGCAUGAUGCCAGUCAGUCAGAAGGCGACUUCCCAUUUAGAGCAGUACCCCCAUCCAUGCAGCUAAAGCAUGAUGAUAUCCACAUUUGGACCCAGAGAAGAAAACCUCUCCAUCUAGGGAGACCAUAUUUUUUUUAAAAACGUGGUAAGAAGUUUCAAGAAUAGCAGCAAUUUAUAUUUUCAUUCUAUUCAGGUACCAUAUCUAGCAUCUAUCUGGGUCUGUGUAGACAGGGCCAUCUUCCAGCACUUAACACUGGUAUGGUGUAAUAAUAUGGUGUCAUGUGUUGUUGUUCACCUGAUGUUGUAUGUGCCUAAUUUUUUUUAAAUUUGUUUUUCGUCAUUCUCUUUUUAUUGUUGUUUCACGUAGCAUGUACAGGACACCAAACAAAUGCGAUAUACAUUGAGGAAACAGAGAAAUAUGAAAAAAGGCAUCAUUCCCCUUACAGCGGUUGUGUGGCAAUUUGUCCCUUUUCCUCCCUCCCCUUGCAUCGGUCUUCCCGUCUGACCCUCGCCCUCCCACCCCCCUCCCCUAUCCGUCCUACGCUUACAAGCUCUAUGCUAUCAUUGCUUGCAGACUCAGUACCUACUAUAUUCGCCUGUCGAGUAGAGUUGUUUAUUGUAUAGGGGCAUGAGACUGCCACUCGCCCAUGUUAUAUGGACCCAUUCUAGGGCUACAAACUUUCCUCUCGCCUUACAUCCCGGGGUUUAGUUCGCCUUACUGUGAAGACUAUAGGGCUCACUCAACACCCUAUCGGAAACCGGUAUAACCCCGUGGGACCCCUCACUUGGUAUGGGUCUCGUCUAGGAGGCUGGUGUUGGUUUAGAUACCCACAUCUCCACCUCCAGUGGUGGUACCCUCGGGGCGGAGGGCUCCCGCCCGUGUUCCCGGCAGAAGUCAUCCAGUGUCGACAAGUGCCUAUAUUGUUCUUCCCGUAGCAUGUGGGAGGCUGUCGACCAUAUAGUCCUGUCGCCCUACUACCCUUUUUGUAUUUAUUGGUCAGGAGUGGUCUCAAGUUCUCUCUGUAUGUGCCUAAUUUUAAGACCUGCUAAGGAACAUAUAAUUGUUAUGUCCUGAUAUGUAAAACCAUAGAAUUCAAAGAGGGUGUACUUUUUUCCCCAUGACUGUAAAUCGAGAUCUAUAAAAUAAGGACCAUCUGUGAUCUUACAGAGCCUCAGUUGAAUGCUUAACGGCAAGGCUAGGAUAGAGCACCUGAAGAUUAGCACUAGGGUGCCAAUAACAUCAGACAGAGGGCCAGUCUGACCCAUCGCUUAUUUUAAGCACACCCAUCUUUCUAUGGUCAGGUAAAUAAGUGACCACAUCACAAACUGGGGGCCUCCCAGUUCCGCAAACAGAUGCGAAACUGGGUGGCCCCCGAUAUCUUUAGGUAAUUUAGUAAAGAUUUCUAAAACUUGCCUCUUGUACCCUCCCAUAUAAAUAAGAGUAAAUGUACCCCUGAAGAUAUGCCAAAUUGUCCUUUGUAAGAUGUAGGAGGAUGGAGUGAAAAAAAUACAAUAUUCUAGGAGUAGCAUAAUAUUUACUGCGUAUAGCCAAAAAUGGAAUUCUUAUAGUGAGACCACUGUUUGGGAAGGUGCUUCAGAUGUGUAAUCCUAAAUCCGUAAUUAUUCUCCUACCUAGGGGUAAUAGGGAAGUGGUAGCGUUUGACAGCCACAUAAAGAACUAGCCUACAUGAGGUGCACCUGGGUCUGUGAUGGUGUCAGAUUAAGCACCUUACAUUUAGUAUGGUUUAUAAAGCUUAGGCGGGCCCCAAACUCUGUCAGUACAGUAUAGAGAUCGGGCAAGGGAAUUGCUGGAUUGGACAGUGAAAGAAGAUUAUCAUCAGCAAAUAAGUAUUCCACUCCACACAUUUUGCUAUUAUUUUUAUAUAUUAAUUUAUCAAUGAUGACUUAUUAAAGUGAUCUAAAAAAUGUUUCAUAGUAAAUUCCACAUGAUUCACAUUUCAAAAUGCUGCCAAAUUUAUAGUGGCAGGAAAAAUAUUCAUAUGGAAUACUUUAAGGAACAUAGAAAGUGUGCUAUAGAAACAAAGCAUAUCAUCGUUUUUGUUAUUCCAUUUGACACAAAUAGAUUGUGAAUAUGAUAAAGUAAAACAAUUUAAUGUGGUGGAAGGAAGAGGGGCAAGAGCGUUAAAGGGACACUAUAGGCAUCCAGAAACGUAUCUCAAUUUAGUGGUCUGGGUGCCAUGUCUCUGUCUGUUUAACCCCUCAUCUGAAAACGUUGCCUUUAUGUUGAAAUUGCAGUGUUCACAUUGCAUGGUUAACAUGCCUCUAGUGGCUGUCUUCCUUGACUUCCCACUCUCGUUACUAUUUAUGAAACUGCUAAUUUUUGUGAAUUAAAUUCUGAGUGUCAAAACCGGCUGAUUUAAAAAAAAUUCUCCAUCUGAACUCUAGUCACAGCUGGGUUAUUUUACGCUAUUUUAAUUUCACUACUGUUUUGAGAUUAGUAAUUAAAGUCUAGCUGCUUUUUCUAUUGAUUUUUCCCUUUAAUUUAUAUAUAUAUCUAUAUAUAGUAUUAAACCAUGAUUCCCUAUUGUGGACUACAUACGUUGAAUGUACAUGUUUAUUAUAUUUGCUUGCCAUGGAGGUCAGGUAAAAGCACAUCCUGUUACAUUGUGGCGCCUGCUCUCCAAACUAAAGUGUACUCACCUGGGAGACUUCCAAUAAUCUGCAGCUGUUACUUUCCAGCAGGCCAUAAGGGAGGUAAAGCCUCAGGCUGGGAAUAGUAAACCCUCUAAUUAAGAGACUCUGGGCACAGUCAUCACAGAUGAAUUUGUUGAGGGUCCUUAAAGGUGUUUACAGACUGGCUAGAUUGUGACAUAGAAUAGAUUUAAGUCAAAGGCAAACUAUCAGUUUAGUGAGUUGGAUGCAUUAUUACACUCCAAAUUUGAAUCUCUGAAUCUGCCGAAUGUUUGUUUAUUUUGUGAUUCUGUUUUUGUUUUUUCUUUUCUCUUUUUCUUAAAGAUUCGAAGCAGCCAGAGAAGACAAAAUGGAAACACACAGAACAGGAUCAGCGACCCCUGACACCUCCGCUUUAUCAAAGCGCCCUGCAGUGAGGUGGCAGGUGACCUGGUUUAGAAAGAUACACCUGUUCACAUGUCUGAGUGUGCUGUGUGCCACCUGCACCCCCACAGGUGAACUUCGUACUGGGAAAUAAAGUUUUACAUUAUAUAAUGCAUGCAAAGUAUGCUACUAACUGCCCAAGAAAUAUAUACAAUAACCACAUCAGUAUUGUCAUAGACCAGACUGCCCCCACAUGCAGGCCAUGUGCACUUGAUACAAUGUAAGGUUAGAUGUUUCUGUGAAGUGUAUUAUAUUGCCUAUUUAAAGGUUUAAGUAGUUUAUAAUCUGAUUUAUAAAAAAGUUUGUUCUUCUCUUAAAACCUAGAAGUGCACUGCCACAUUUUCAUAUGAGAUGGGUGCUGUUGUAACUAAGCUGGUCUUUAUUACAACAAUGAUCUAAUAUAUGACCUUGCUUAGCACUAUAAACCUUUCUGCAACAUCACAAAAAAAGCAGUUUCCUUCCAUUUUCCCAUGAUGGGACAGCUUCGAACUAGAGAGCUUAAGGGAAUGUCAGCAUACUAAGAACGGAAGCAGUACGUGCAAACUAUAUGUGUCGUUAGCAGCCAAUAAGCAUCCCCGAGAAGUUUGCUAUAUUUCACUGUGCAUUAAAAAGGAAACCAUUUUCUAAGCUUCUUAGAGGUGUCGGAUGCCCACUGUGCCCAAAGGAAGAAAAGGCUAACCAGAAAUAGGCUAUUUUUUAUUUUAAAAAAAAAAUACAAAUAGCAAUAUUAACAGACAACGAUGAUAUAUAGUAAAUUUAUAAUGACACAGACACUUUGAAGAUGUAGAUGUUACAUUAAACAAAGCCAUCUUGAUAUUCCUCCUACUUCUCAGUCCUUUGCAAACAGUGCAUUGCAGAAGCUGGAACCAUUUCAGAAUGUAUUGUGUGCCUGUAAGACAAAAACUACAAAGGCACAUUUGUUUUAGCAACACAACUAAUAUGCUAAAUCACUGAGAUUUCAACAGGGUUUUGCUUUUCUUGUAGUCUGGUGCUUAUUUUCAGCCACUUACAUUGUUGCCGUCUCUUUUGUUAAAGCUGAGGGUUGCUAGUAAUAUUGCUAAUCAAUUUUAAAUAACAUAUGUUGGAUUCUCUCCCUAUCACAUAGAGGUCCGUUUUUGGAAACAGAAUCCAAUAUUUUGUCAUAGCUAUGGUGUAUUAGAGUUACAGUCUGUUGACUUUAGAGCUAUGUCAGAUUGUGUGACUUUUUCCACCUAACAUUGUGAAGAUGAGGGCACAUAAAAUGCAAAUAUAUGUUGUAACAGAAUUGGGAGAGGGGAUUUGAUUUAAUAUCUGUUUUAAUUCUGUGAAAAUAUGCAAUUUACUGUUUCAGUGUUGGUUCUGAAAAUGGUAAAUAUACUUGUUAUAAGAUGCUCAUAGAUGCUGAAAUUAAUCCGUCCAAUCAGUAAGAAAUUAUGAAAAUGUUUGCAGCUGGGUGGUAUUCAAACAACACUGAUAACAGAGCCACAGUGUAAUUACAGGAGGAGAUAGUGCUGUUCUAUGCUUUGGAUAAUCCAAAAUUAUGAAUGGAUGACUCUGCGCCAUGAGCAAUAUGCCCUUGGGGCGUAAAGGCAUGCAUUCAUAGUAUUUAGUAUUUAUUUUUAUGUUAAAUCACAAAUAUAAAUAAAUUUAUAUAGAAAGAAUUUCAGAUUUAAGGUGAACAUUGUGUCCCUAACAAUUUCAAUGGAAUUCUGUUUUAUUUGUCCCUGGCGCCGACAUUCCUUUAGGGGUUACACCGUUUGCAAAUGGUUUAACCACAAUGUCUUCUUUUCAGUGCCGCUGCCCUUAUGUUUCUGUGCAAACAGGAUGCCUCAAAAUGACACUCUAAGCAAAUUAGUAGCUCCCCAUUCAUAAAAACGACUUGAGAAAAAGACUUUGGGGGUUCAACAUUUUGUGAGCGAUUUAACCCCUAAAGAUACCUCCUAGCACCAUAACUUUAUUCUGAUGAAUAAUACCCCGGGUCAUGAAAAACAUACCAUAACCGGCUAAUAAUGCGAGUGCCUAUUUGUGUUGUUACAAUUCUGCUGUUCUUGAACACAUGCUAUACAUUCUAUACGUGAGUUUUAUGUAAGCUUAUGUAAAAAAUGUUUUUUCACGGAAUAUAUACUAUUUGGUUUUAGCCAUCUUUACUAAAGCAUCUCUUCCAAAUGGUACUUCACCUAUUCCGAUUUAUUUGCCCAUUUUAUGGGAAUUCAUGUUCCUCACUGUUUUUUGUAUAGUUUUGAUGUGACAUUACUAUCGGUGGAUUAAUGCAUUGGUAAGUCUUAUUAGAACCCAUAAUACACCAAUGAUUUAGUCCCCAAAGAAUAAAACCGAAUGGCAAGUCAUCCACAUGCACUAUCCACAUCUUUAUUUAUUUAUUUAUUUAUUUUUACAUAGGCUCAACUUCUAAGGAAUGUGGUCAUCUCGAUGCACAUUCAAAUCCAGUGAUUUAGGAUAAAAUGUAAUGCUUUAUAAAUUUUCUCAGGGUGGUAGAAAAAUAAGUAGAGGAAUUUUGUGUUAAAUGUCACACAGCUUGACCUAAAUCUCUUUAUUUGGAGUUUUUGGAGAACUGAAAAUUUUGCAUGGAGCAGUAAGCUUUUGCCCUCCAGAGAGAUUGUGCAUCUUUCAUGCCUUUCGUUGUCUAGCCUGUGCAUUCUGUGAGUGAACGGGUUAAUUACCUCCUGCCAGUGAGCAGUGAGGGCUUUCAGAGCUCCAGACUUGCACACAUUCCCUGUCAUCUCGCAUCACCAUCUCUGGCAUAUGAAGUGUAAUCAGGUCACAGCCGCCCUGGGGUGGGGGGAAAAGCAUUAGAGCCUCAUGACAGCCCAGUCCGUAGACUUUGAUUUGCUAUGACAGAAGGUUGGUGCCCAGUAAAGAGCCUCCGCUGUCAAAAUCACAUCCUGCUGGGUUAUCAUAAACAUUGGUUGACUAACGUUGUGGAGUACAGCCCACGGAAUGCCAAUUCAGGGCCCUACACAGUGCUGCCUCCUCUGAUUUUACAACUCUGUGCCUUUGAGUCAUAACAGGAACUUAGCCCCUAGUUUGAACUACUCCACAAAGGAAUGUUAUCAUUUAACCAAGGAUUGCAUCUGUGGGUUGUAUAGUGCUGCUUUCAGUCCAUACACUAAUAAAAUCAUAUUUUCAAUCACUAAUUUUCACCCUCUAUUCAGGCCUGAUAUGUAUGGCCAUUUUGGAGAUUACCUACAGAAUUACUGCUGAUGACACCCUUUUCAUAUAUUUUUUAUAUCUCAUGAUAUAGGAAUGAUAUACAUUUCACUGUGCUGAUGUGAUAAAUAAUUAAGAAGUAUGGUUUCUCCUACGAACACCUUUCUCAGAUUGUCAAUUCACAGCAGUUUUAGCAAGUGUCAUCUCUCUUUAUAGUAUACUAUUACAUGAACAAUAAUUCAUAUGUUUCUCCACUUGGUCAGGAGACAAACGUGAGAUGGAGACUGGAGCGUUAACCCAGUGUCAUAAUCAGGGCAGAAAAAUAGGACAUUGUCAAGAUAAAAGGCUUUACGUGUCUAUAAUAAACUAAUUUAUUCUAAUACAACUUUUUUUUUAUUUUGCUUGUGGUAAGUAUUCUUAAACAAAGCAUUUGUAUGUUCAAUCCAUAUUGUUUGUCAACUGCUAGAGUGUGGCUGAGUAUCAUAGGAAAUGUAAUUUACAAACAUCGACUAAACCUCAGCUAGCAUCACUGAAUUAUUGUAUUUAUCCCCCACCACCCAUAGGAAAUGGUACUAUUUUCAGGUUCAUCUUGGGUAUUCGGGUAAUACGUUGCAAUAUCCAGCUGGUCAACCAAUGCCCAUGUUUACUAAGCCAAUUUCAAGGUUUGAAUAAAUAUCCCAUGUUGCAGAUGUCUUGUGACAUUGGCAUGAAUGCCAAAUGCUUUUGAUGGUUUCUUAAGACGUUGUAUUACAUUUUUUUACUUUUUAUUUUCUGCUUCUUUUUUUUAGAUGCCAGUCGAAGCAGUUCUGUAUGCCAGACAGGUAGAAUACAGUUUGGGCUUGGCUUGAGGACUAGUAAUGAAGCUUCUCAACUGCAUUUUCUUGAAGAUCACCAAAGUUUGCACUCUUGCCAUACACUGUGCUGCCAGAGCCACUCUUGCAAUGUCUUUUGGUUGCAGGGGGGCACCUGUAUCCUGUCUGACUGUUUGACACAUGGAUGUGUUACAACCCAUGUGGAUUCAGGAAAUUCUGUGCUUGUUUUCUUGCACAAGGACACAAUCUCAAGAGGCAAGUCACCUCCUCAUGGGCAAACAUUUAAAGUUUCACAGAAGGAUAGAAAGAUACGGACUCCAGUAGAAACAGUGGUGUCCAACAAUGGGCCAAAGUAUGAUAGAACUCUUGACAGAGUAAGAAGGCAUUUGGCAAAAGGAGAGCGAAGGAAACGUGGUUUAACAGACCCACAAAAUCCAGUGUCAACCAGCAUGAGUGAAGAGGGUCCUUCUUCAAAAAGAGCGAGCCAGGAAAAGAUAAAGGGUUCAACGGAGGUGAGCAUUGUUUCUUAAUUGUAUUGUUUUUUUUUUUUUUUUUUAAGGGAAACUAAGCACCAAAACCACUUGUGUUUAAUUAAGUGGUUUUGUUGCUGGGAGCCUGUCCCUUUUGAGUGACAAUGUUUAAAGGGCAGCUAAAGGCGCCCAGACCAGUUGAUCUCAGUAGAAGUAAACUUUGCAGGUUUAAAUCCACCUCUAGUGGCUGUCUUCCCAACAUCAAGUAAAGGUUCUUCCUCCUCCUGAACUAAAUGAAACUCAGUCAUGGAAUAAAAUUUUGCUGAUAGCUGAUUUAGUCCACUAUGUGUGGCCGUGCAUGCUUAAUUCUAAUGCAUUGUUUCUUGAUUUUGGUUAUUGUUUACUGUGUCAGUUUCUAAUGCUGUGCAGACCAGUUAAUUCUUGUUGCUUAACAAACCACAGAGUUAAUUUUCACGUUCCUAAAGUUUUGGCUAGGUCUCUGAUUAAUUUACCCUGAGUUUGCAAACUCAUGGUAUCCUAAGGAACUGUCAUCUGUACUUCUUCUUACUAAUCUGAUGACAGCAGGGCCUGUGUGCAGCUGUCACACCUAAAAUCGACAAAUAGAUCUUUUUUUUUUUUUAGCUCCAUUGUGCAUAAACUAAUGAGGAAACACUUGGCUAAAAAGUGGGAAAUGCCUUUUACUCUCCUAAAAUGAAGGUGCUAAGUAUAAAAGCAGUAAUAAUUCUUGCAUUAUUCAUGGCUCAUUCUUUUAAAUGCUCUCAACAGAACUUUAUCCUCUUAGUCAUUCUUUAGCUUCAAAGCCAGUGCGUUUAAAUAACUUUUAUCUUUGGAAAUAUUGCACUCUUAGGAGUUAAACCUAAAGAUUGGUUUCAAGCGUUUUAAUGAACUUUUACUGCAAAGCUGUCAGACUUGUUCCACAAAUACCUUUCACGGUUGAGAUUUAAUUUUGUUUAUUUAACCAAUGUUAAUCUAUUUUGGAUGUGAUACACUGGUUUGUAGAACAUAUAUAUGGGGGAAAAAAAUAGUUGUUCACUGUAGCUAAAUUGUUACUGUAUUAAAACCCCCAAAAAAGACAUAUUUUUUUCACCCUCUUCCUUUUUUAACUGCAAACUAUCCACUUAAUAUUCCUUCCUUUUUGUCUAUCCCCUCCAUUCCUUCAUGCAUCACAGCUUCACAUUCAUGUUUUUGCUGCUACAUUAUUCCUUGUCUCCUUUUUUUGACACCUUUUGUAAUAAAACAUUCCUUCCUUCCCUAAAUAAACUCAUGUCACCUUCUUUUAAUUUCCCUGUCUGUCUCCAAAUCCACCUGUCUUUCCUUCCAUACCAGAUCUUUCUUUAGGACACUAUAGUCACCAGAACAACUACAGCUUAAAGGACCACUAUAGUACCAGGAAAACAUACUCAUUUUCCUGGCACUAUAGUGCCGUGAGGGUGCCCCCUCCCGCCAGGCUGGAUGGAGAGGAGGGGAUUAAACUUACCUCUUUCUCCAGCGCCGGGCGGGGAGCUCUCCUUCUCCUCUCCUCCCUCUUCUCCUCCUCUUCGGCUGAAUGCGCAUGCGCGGCAGGAGCCGCGUGCGCAUUCAGCCAGUCCAUAGGAAAGCAUUCACAAUGCUUUCCUAUGGACGCUGGCGUCUUCUCACUGUGAUUUUCACAGUGAGAAACGCGGAAGCCCUCUAGCGGCUGUCAAUGAGACCGCCACUAGAGGCUGGAUUAACCCUAACAUAAACAUAGCAGUUUCUCUGAAACUGCUAUGUUUAUAGAAAAAAGGCUUAACCCUAGAUGGACCAGGCACCCAGACCACCUCAUUAAGCUGAAGUGAUCUGGGUGCCUAUAGUGGUCCUUUAAUGUUGUUGUUUCGGUGUGUGUAUAGUACGAUAUGUCCCUGCGGGAAUUUUAAUGUAAAUACAGUCUUUUCAGUCACUCAGACGGCCACUAGAAGAGCUUCCUGAGUUGUGCAGCACUGACGUUCAGUGUCGCCACGCUGUGCAUGGUGGCGCUGAACGUUUCUCAUAGAGAUGCAUCUCUGAGUAGAUGCUGUUUGGUGCAUCGCUGUGUUUUGUCGUGCAUGCACAAUAGCCUCCCAAUGUUUUUCUAUGGCAAAGCAUUGGAUAGGGUAAGAUUUUGAAAUGUGAUGAUCUAGGCAGGAGUCAGCCAUGAGGAGACCUGCACGGUGCUGGAAAAAGGGAAGUAAUCUCAGCUUUUUCACGGGGGAGCAUUUGUAUUUCUGAGACAAUGGUGUUCCUUUAACUCUCCUCCUAUCCCACCCUCACGGUUGCACCCAAUUCAAUUUCAGUGUUCACACUCUCUCUAGCGAAAGGUUACUUGAUCAUGAUGCCAUGGGGAUGUGUUUUGCUGAACAUGUUUAAUUGGGCCUCCAGGAUUGAUGGCUAUUGCGUAGGCUCACACAGAGUGCGACUUAUAGAUACAUGUGAAUAAUAACCGUAUAUAUUGUCUCACUAAACAGGGUGCAUUGGAAUGUCUUUGCAGUAUUACCAUGCAUCAUAAUAGAAAUUAUUUUUCUCUAUGUUCAAUAAGAUGGCACAUAAUUGUACUGAAAAUUAAAUUUUUAUAGCAACUUUUAGUAUUUCAAUAGCGUUACCCAAAGUGUAAAUAGUGUGCUGUUUUUAUGUAAUGUGCUCUCCUGCCAGUUUGUGUCAAUACAUAACAAUGAUUUUAUUUGAAGAGGUCAUUGUGAGGAUGUGUUUGUGACAUUUUAUUGAUUUUCUCUCAGCAGCAGAUAUGUAUGGCUAGCUUUUGAUUAACCAUUUUUUCUGACUCUAACAUUUAGCCUUUUUAUUAAAUUGUAGUUUAUCAAAGAACUGUCACUUAACAAGAAGUGACCAUUCCUUCUUCCUUAAAGGACUACCAUAGUGCCAGGAAAACAUACUCGUUUUCCUGGCACUAUAGUGCCCUAAGGGUGCCCCCACCUUCAGGGCCCCCCUCCCGCCGGGCUCUAGGGAGAGGAAGGGGUUAAACUUACCUCUUCCUCCAGCGCCGGGUGGGGAACUCUCCUCCUCUCCUCCUCCAAAGCGACGUCAUCGGCUGAAUGCGCAUGCGCGGCAGGAGCUGCGCGCGCAUUCAGCCAGUCCAUAGGAAAGCAUUGAAAAUCACAGUGAGAAGCGCGGAAGCGCCUCUAGCAGCUGUCAAUGAGACAGCCACUAAAGGCUGGAUUAACCCAUUUAUAAACAUAGCAGUUUCUCUGAAACUGCUAUGUUUAUAGAAGAAAGGGUUAAUCCUAGCUGGACCCGGCACCCAGACCACUUCAUUAAGCUGAAGUGGUCUGGGUGCCUAUAGUGGUCCUUUAAACCCAGUAAGAGCUAUUUCAGGAUUUACUGGAGUUUAUAAAGUAGCAGAGUUAAAAGCAAACAAAUAAAAACACACCUUGAUCAGCCACAACAUUAAAACCACCUGCCUAAUAUCAUAUAGGGACCCUGGCGCUGUCAAUACAGUUCUAAUGGGUUGAGGCAUGGACUCAACAAGACCUCUGAACGUGUGGGUUAACUAAUCGUUUAAGUUCUUGCUAAUGUAAUGGCCAAAUGUUAUGACUGUAAAAACCUUGUCUGACUGGUUACACAGCCAAGCUCCCCUUUAAUUGUUUUCGAUGAAGCAUGACAUUAAAAAUGUAUAUCUCUGGCCCUUUACUUUCCGAUCCUAUGGCUCUGUAGUUUGUUCUGAUAAACCCUGGGGUGGAAUUCUAUUUGCUUUCUGUUUGAAAUGGAAGAAUUUGUUUCUUUGCCGACAGGAUUCUCAAAGGCUGUGAAAUGUGUGUUGUGUAUUUUUCUUUUUCUCUGUUCCCUAAAGGGAUGCUCGUGACACCCUUUUUAAAUGCAUUGUUGCAAUUUGGAAAUUAUGCUUUAAACAAGUUUUUUUUAACAUUGAAUUUUCAUCUUUCUAAUUAAAAGCCUGGUGUCCCAAGUGUUUUAAGUUAGUUUCUAACACAGUCACAACCACGUAAGCCUUUGCUGUUACAGCAUAAAUUUGAUAAAAACUAUUUUGCAACCUACUUGCCAAGUAGCUUAUUGUGGAUGCCAUAUUUGUAGUGUACAUUUUUUGAAAGGUUAAUUUUUUUAAAGCUUCUUUUAUAUCAGCAGCUGGGACAGAUGCUUAAAAGGUUGAACUUAAUUGACUGGGCCUAUGAGAGUAUUACAAAGUAUGCUAACCGCUCCUAAAACCAUUAAAUAUAUUAUUUAUCUUUAUGAUGAAUUAUGUAGUUUUUGCUUUUGGAACUUUUCUAUUAAUAGUUUAACCUAGUAUGAGUUUAUUGAGUAAUACUGUGCUUUAUACACCUGAAUGUGUAGUCUUAAUAAAAAUAGAAUAUAAUUUUUUUUGCUCCUUUCAAGGUGGUUUGUUUUCUGUGCUGGUCACAGAAGAAUUUUGCAGUCCAGUAGCAAAAUAUAUUCGUUUCAGUCCCCUUCACACUAGGUAGCUGUGUGUAGGCUCAUCUGCUUAUAACACAUUGGGAUUGUAGAGCUCCACUGGUUUAAAGCACUGGAUUAUCACCUGUCAUUUUAUAAACAGGAUGUGAGGCUGAGCCAACAGACUCAGUGCAAUAAACUGAAACCAGUCACUGUCACAUGACUGUGUCAGCAUGCUAGCAUUUUAACCCUGACCCUGCCGCAAACCAUACAUGACUGUUUUAACGAAUGCUUAAUGAUGUAGAUAGAGAGACACAUAAAUUCAUAAAUACUGAUUCCUGAAAAGCAAGAUCUGAGCAGUGCAAGAAACAGAGUUGAUUUCAUGUAGACUGAAACAAGGAUAGGGCACGUAGUUGUGACAAGUUUGUCAACAUAUCUUUACAUUUCAAGUUUCCAUGCAGUAAUACCUGUCUGAUUUCCAUCUUGUAUAUUAUUAGUUUUCAAUAUUGGUAGUAUUUGAAGAAUAAUGAAGAUCCAAUUCCAUAAAAUGAAUUAGCACCACAUAAUAAAAAUAAAAUCAUCAAGACGAAUAAACUAAUAAAAAUGUGGAAUUAUUAUUAUUAUUAUUAUUAUUUCUAUAGCGCCAUCACAUUCCGUAGCGCUGUACAAUGGGUGGACUAACAGACAUGUAAUUGUAAUCGGACAAUUGGAUGUACAGGAACAGAGGGGUCAAUGAAUUUACAUGCUAGAGGGAGUGGGGUAUAGUGACACAAAGGGUAAAAGUAGGGGUAUGAAGUAGAUUGCUAGAAAAGUAUUCAGUGAGGGCUUAGUAGGUUAUUUUUGACCGUUGCAGGAGAGCAGUCAUGGGGAAUGGGGGAUAAAAACCUGCUAACCGUUUAAUUGGUAUGCUUUCUUGAAGAAGUGAGUUUUCAAAGAUUUUUUUUUGAAAGAGUAGAGACUGGGUGAAAGUCUUAUGGAGACGGGAAGGGAGUUCCACAGAAUAGGUGCAGCCCUGGAGAAAUCUUGGAGGCGAGCAUUAGAGGUGGGCAUACGGACAGAGGAUAGACGUAGGUCUUUGGCAGAGCGUAGGGGCCUCUAUGGGACAUACUUGUGUAUCAGGGAGGAUAGGUAGGUUGGAGCAGCAUUAUGUAGGGACUUCUAAGCAAGCACCAGUGUGGCAAACCUAGCCACUUGGACAUUAUUUAAUACAUCUGUACUGUCCCUUUAAGGGUUGCCGGUAUGGGGUUCCUAUUGUGUGUUCCAGCAUGUAUUGUAAUGUAAUGUUAAUGAUGUAUUGCCUGCCUGGGCUAUCUGCCGAACGCAGAUAGCUGAUUCCCCUUCGUUUCACGAAUGGCACCUUUGCGGGCCGUUCGGGAACCGAACGAGAUACCCUUUAAUAGCCCACACACUUAGAGGCAUGUGGCGCCUAUUAACCGAUUGCAACAAUGUUGCAAUCGGUAAUUAGAGGCUCUCCUGGGUGGCCGCCGUUCGACUACCGACCAUGCGGCGGUCGGCCAUCUUGGAUCCUUUGUUCCCUCAGCGGUGUUUGGUCGUCGAGCGCGUGGUACUAAAAACGGCUACUCGACGGCGCGAACACCGCUGAACCUCCAGACCGUUCGGGAGGUCCAGUACAUUCGGUAUUUUAUUCCCUUAUCUGUAAUCGGUGUUUUCAGGCUAUGUGUUAGUGAAUGUGUUUUUCGUGCGGCGUUCGGUUGUUUUAGCUGGGAUCUGAGCGGUAAUCUCACGAAUGAUGCGCUCAGACCCCAGCUAUCUACCGAACGUCCAUUCGUUUAAAUAACCCAGAUAUUCGUGAAGUUAUUGAAUUUAAUAUGAAUUGUGAGUUCUGCUGCACGGAGGGAUAAUCCACUUAACGGUAUAUUCCAGUGGGAGGAUCCCUCUCGUGCAGCAGUGCCUGAUGGGAGAAAUGUCCUGUAUUGUAAGUCCCCCAUGUAGUCCCCUCUGGGAAUGCCCCUGGGAGGGGACUCAGGAAACCCCUUUCAUGGGGACUUGUAUAAAUUGUGGAGCUGAAUUAAAAGACCUCGGUUGACUCCCAGCCUAUGUGUCGUCUAGUUCUUGGGAAGGAAGGGUUACUGCAGUGCUGUUUGGAUUAUUGUAUGCUGAUUCCCUGGAUUAUCCAUUGUUGUUCCUGUUACCCAGCGGAGAUAUCGUGGAUUAUACUGCCUCUCCACUGCAACCAGAAUUUGAAAUUGAGCCCAAUAUCUAACUGGAAGCCAAUGCAGGGACUGACAGAGCGGGGAGGUGUGGGAGGUGCGAGCGGACAGGAAAAUGAGCCUCACAGCGGUACAAUCUGGGAACACUUGUGACUUGACUAUAUGGAAUUAUAUAUACUGAUAAUGCAAAUUGCAACAUGCUUAUGUACUCAAAUUUAUAUGCAGUCUGUUAAUGGAAUCCUCUAACUUUAAUAAUACAUUUAUGUAAUUUAGAUGACUGGGUCCUCAAUAUUUUAUUUUUCCAGACUUAUCAUAUAGAAAGAAGUAUGACCUAAAAACUAAUGUCUAAAAUAAUCUAUUUUUUUUUCUUUCUUUUUUUUGCCUUUAACAUCAACAGGAUAAAGAUGUAUUUUAAAAGUUGAAAUUAAUGGACUUGGAGUCUGUCUAGUAGAAGGUAUAGUUUAGACCCUCUCUAAAUGAAGACUCCAACACUAAAUUAAAUAUAUGUAUUUCUAUAGUAUGAAUAUUUCUUUUUUGGUGUAGAUUUACAGUUUUUGCAAGGAUUUAUCCAAUUGCUGUUUAAACAUCUGUAUGGACUCGGAUAACACAACCGCUCCAGGAUGAAAAUUCCACAUCCUUAUUGUUCUUACUGUAAAAAAACCACUUUCCUUUGCCUUUAGACCAGAGCUCGAUGAAAACCCAGAAGCCAGGUCACCAUGGAGACUAAAAAUUCCGCCCUGGUGUCUGGGAUGUCAGCCCUUUAAUUAAGGCGGCCACCCGAGGGAGCAUUAAAGAGAUCCUAUAGUGCCAGGAAAACAAACCGGUUUUCCUGACACCAUAGGGUUAGUAGCUCGUCCCCACCCCCCUCGCUGGGCUGAAGGGGUUAAAACCCCUUUAGCCACUUACCUUAAUCCAGCGCUGGGCUUCCUCGGCGCUGGUGACCUCUUCUCCCCGCUGACCUCUUCUCCUCUCGAGUGGAGCGGCAUGCGUCGCCAGAGGUGCACGCGCAUUCCAAUCUGCCCAGUUUUUACGCAGAGAGGAGCUGCGUGAAGAUUACUGCUCCCUCACAUGCAGAGAGCAGCCCCACUGGACCCAAGGGAAAAAUGCACCCUGCUCUCCCAAAGGUAGUGAGACUGGGUGGAUUUCAGUUAAAAUAAAAAUGACAGUUUGUGUGUGUGCGCGCAUGCGUGCCCCUGUCAGAGAGUGUGUGCGUGUUUUUACUCCCCUUUUAUCCCACGCCAUGCCAAUUUCGCUGUGGCUGGUCCUGCCUUCAUUGCUGAGAUUAUCUAUCUUUAUGAUCUCAGCUAGGCCAAUACUUUCCUACAGGAAAGCGUUGGGAGGAUAUUUUGCAUGCGCAAUGAAACUGUGCCAAUCCGCAUCUCUUCAUAGACAUUUUGAAUCCGUGAUCUCUAUGGGGAACAUUCAAUGCUUCUAUGCAGAACGUGGAGAUGCUGAAUGUAGGUGCUGCACACAGUGUUUACAUUGAAAGGUCUGCAGGUACAGGUUAUAGACACCAGAAUAACUACAUUAAACUGUAGUGGUUCUGGUGUCAAUAGUGUCCCUUAAGAAUUGCAAUUUUCUUGUUUUAAAACUAAACAUAAAAUAAAUUUUUAAUAAACUGUCACCUUGCUUUUUUAGCUGGCUCCUAGAUUCCAAACAAAUUUGUCAAGCCCUGCCUUAAAUUAACCCCUUCCCGACCGUGGACGGAAAUUUUCCGUCAACCUUGUCCUUCAGUUAAGGACCGUUGACGGAAAAUUUCCGUCAUUUUCUUAAGUUAACCCCAGAUCGCCGCGAUCGCGGCAAUCGCGGGGUUAACGGUGCUCCGGUCUGCCUCUGCAUUAGAGGCAGACCGGGAGCACCCGAUCGGGCUGCCCCAGCACCGGUGCUCGCUCUGACAGCAUGUCAGAGCGAGCACAUGUGCUCCACAUACUCACCUUCCGCCUCCCUGCACUUCCGGGUUCUGUGUGAAGUGCAGGGAGACGGAUCAGUGCUGAUCUGCUUCCCUGUGUAAAAAAAAAAAAAUUAAAGUUAAAUCCCACCCCCCCUGCCCCUGUUUUAAUAAAAUUAACCCCUUCCCUGCCAAUUGAUCACUGACUACAGUGAUCAAUUGGCAGGGUAUACAUUUUAAUGUCAUCUGAUUUUUUUUUUUUAACCCCUGAGGGUUAAUUAUUUUUUUUUUAACCCUCAGGGGUUAAAUUUAUUUUAUUAAUUAAUUUAAAUAUUAAAAAAUUAUAUAUUUAGCUAGCUGGGAUGGGUGGAAGUUAGUGGGGAAUUGGGGAAUUUUUUGUUAGGCUAACUAGGGGUUAACGUUAAAAAAAGUUUUAAAAUAAGCUUUAAAAAGGUAAAAAAAAAUUUUUUUUUAAAUGUUUUAGUAACGUUUAAGUAAAAAAAAAAAAAAAUACCACCCCCUUUACCCAGUGUAAAUAAAAAUUAACCCCUUCCCUGCCAGCUGAUCACUGCCUACAGUGAUCAAAAUACAGAUCACAGUAUUAUACUGUGAUCUAAUUUUUUUAACCCCUGAGGAUUAAUUUUUAUUUAUUUUUUUUAACCCUCAGGGGUUCCAUUUAAUUAAUUAAUUUAAAUAUUUUAUAAUUAAAUAUUUUGCUAGCUGGGGUGGGUGGGAGUUAUGGGAAAAUGGGGAAUUUACGGUUAGUGCUGCUUACUGCUAGUUAGGGGUUAACGGUAAAAGAAAAGUUUAGAAAAAAAAUUAAAAGUGUAAAAAAAGUUAAGAUAGUGUAAAACAUUUAAUAAGUAAAAAAAAAAGUUUAAAAAUGGGUUUUACAAAGUAAAAAAGUUUUACAAAGUAAAAAAAUACAUUUAAAAAUGCUCAUUACCACUACACUUGGUACAAGCUAGCGGAAAUAUUAUCCCACGCUAAGGUUCAAAAUAUGCCUUUUGAAUUACCCUGGGAUGUCUUCUUUAAGAAAUGAUAUGCCUUUAUGGUGUAAUUGGAUGAUAUAGCCUUGUAAAAUACUCUAAAAUGGGACAUGGACACAGCGUAAAAAUUCAAAGUUUGGAAAAAACUGGAAUGGCUGUGUCUCAAAUGUGCCCCUUCAAUGUCCACAUAUACCUGGCAAAGGUACAUACGGGGGUAUUGCUGUACUCAGCGACAUAGCUGAACAACAUAUGAAGUAGUAUACAGUCGUAGUACACAUAAGGUUUGCAAAAUAUACUGCGCAAACUCACUUUGUGUGUCAAAAAGGCAGAAAAAAUGCUUAUUACCACUACACUUGGUACAAGCUAGCGGAAAAAUUAUCCCACGCUAAGGUUCAAAAUAGGCCUUUUGAAUUACCCCGGGAUGUCUUCUUUAAGAAAUGGUAUGCCUUUAUGGUGUAAUUGGAUUAUAUAGCCUUUUAAAAUACUCUAAAAUGGGACAUGGACACAGCGUAAAAAUUCAAAGUUUAAAAAAAAUGGAAUGGCUGUGUCUCAAAUGUGCCCCUUCAAUGUCCACAUAAACCUGGCAAAGGUACAUACGGGGGUAUUGAUGUACUCAGCCGACAUAGCUGAGCAACAUAUGAAGUAGUAUACAGUCGUAGUACACAUAAGGUUUGCAAAAUAUACUGCGCAAACUCACUUUGUGUGUCAAAAAGGCAGAAAAAAUGCUUAUUACCACUACACUUGGUACAAGCUAGCGGAAAAAUUAUCCCACGCUAAGGUUCAAAAUAUGCCUUUUGAAUUACCCCGGGAUGUCUUCUUUAAGAAAUGGUAUGGCUUUAUGGGGUAUUUGGAUUAUAUAGCCUGGUAAAAUACUCUAAAAUGGGACAUGGGAACAGUGUAAAAAUUUAAAGUUUGAAAUGAACUGGAAUGGCUGUGUCCCAAAUGUGCCCCUCCGAUGUCCACAUAUACCUGGCAAAGGUACAUACGGGGGUAUUGAUGUACUCAGCCGACAUAGCUGAGCAACAUAUGAAGUAUUAUACAGUCGUAGCACACAUAAGAUUUGCAAAAUGUACUGCGCAAAUUUACUUUGUGUGUCAAAAAGGCAAAAAAACGCUUAUUACCAUUACACUUGGUACAAGCUAGCGGAAAAAUUAUCCCACGCUAAGGUUCAAAAUAUGCCUUUUGAAAUACCCUGGGAUGUGUUCUUUAAGAAAUGGUAUGCCUUUAUGGUGUAGUUGUAAUAUGUAGCCUGCUCAAGUGCUCCAAAGUGGGCACGGACGCAUCAAAACCCUCCAUGAAAAUUCACACUUAAAAACCUUAACUUGUUACGUCUCUUUUAUAGCAGUGUAACUUCACAAAAUAGUGUCUAGGUCAUACAUUGGGCAUAUUGUUUUACUCAGAAGACUUAGCUGAGCAUAAUUUGGGGGGUUUGAACUUAGUGGCACAUAUGAAAUGUACAAAAUGCCCAGCAAAAAUGUAAUCCGUAUGUAAAAAAUGCCCAAAAUUAUUUUUUACCACAUACUUUGGCAUAUAUUGGUGAAAAAAUGGGGGCAUGUUAAGGCACAAUAUGCACCAUAUGAGAUACCCUGGAGUGUCUACUUUUAUAAAUGGUAGGCCUUUGUGGGUUUUUUUUGAACAGUCAAACUGCUAUAAUACCCCAAAUUGAAGCAUAGGCCCAUUAAAUCCGCCUCUCAAAAUUCUACUGUAAAUGUUGAAACGGACAGGUCUCCUAUAUGGCACUGUAGCUUCACGAAAUAGUGCCAAAGACAUACAAUGGGGGUAUCGUUGUACUCAGCAGAAGUAACUGAACACAAAAUAAAACUUUGUACAGGAAUAGCACACACCAACUUUACAAAAUAUACAUGGGAAGUUCUUUGUUAUAAGUUUGUGUGCCAAAAACUCCAAAAAACUAAAUUUUACUCCAAUAUUUAGCAGAGAUUGGCGGUGAAAUGGCUACUUAGAAAGUGUCAAAAAAACCUUAGGACAAUAGCCUGUGAUGUCUACUUUAUAUAAAUAUAUACUUUUGUGUGGCAAUUUUGUUUUCUUUUAUGGCUAUUAAGCUUACAAGACAAACAUACAAAAUUCUAAAAUCGCUCUACAUUAAAAGUUUAUUUUACUCCUUGUGCUUUAUGACCUGUAACUACCAAAAAAAACUUUAAAUCCCAGACACAUUAUAUAUUUUGUAAAUCAGAACAACUAAAUAAAUUUAUUUUUAAUUACUUUCUUUAACCUGCACUAAUUAGGCACACAUUAUUAUUGUAAAAACUGUACAAAAAACACAAAAUUUUUCUUUUUUUUGCAUUUUUCUGUAUUUUUUAAAUAAUAAAUAAGCAUUUAUAUAUAUAUAUGUUACAUCAAAUUAAAGCCCUUUAUGUCCUUUAAAAAACAGUAUAUAAUAUGUGUCGGUGCAAUAAACGAGAGAGAUGCAAAUUGCAGUUGAACGCAUACAGCAAGAAAAUGCAAAAAUUGCUUGUGUCAUUAAGCGUAAGACAAGCUUCUGAAGCUGUGUCCUUAAGGGGUUAAACCUUUUUUCUUCCUGCCUAAAUGCGUGACCUUGUGUCCUGUAUAUAGUCCUCUUUAUGAAUAGAUUUCCAGAUAAUGGUUUGUACUGGCCCUGAAUAUAUUUGUAUAAUGUUAUGAUUUAAAAUGCUCCAUUCCUUUUAUCAAUUUUGUAGCUUGUCUCUGAACUUUUUCUAGUGCCAUAAUAUCCUUCUUUAGAACAGGUGCCCAAAAUUGUACAGUAUAUUCAAGGUGUGGUCUUACCAGUGAUUUAUAAAGAGGAAAAUUAUAUUUUCACCACGAGAAUAAAUGCCCCUAUUUAUGCUUGACAAUUCCUUACUGGUUUUAGCAACUGCAGAUUGACAUUGCAUAUUGCAGCCGAAUUUGAUGUCUAUAACAAUUCCCAAAUCCUUCUCUUGUGUUAAGUCCCUAAUUCACUACUGUUUAGGGUGUAAGUUGCUUAUGCAUUCUUGACCCCGAAGUGCAUUUUUCUACAUUAAAUUUAAUCUGCCAUUUCAGUGCCCAGUCCCCCAAUCUAUCUAAAUCCAUCCAUAAAGGGAAUCAACACAGUAAAGGAGGAGACUAUAUUUAAAAGAAGAAAAACUACCACAACAAGAGGACAUAGUCUUAAAUUAGAGGGACAAAGGUUUAAAAAAUAAUAUCAGGAAGUAUUACUUUACUGAGAGGGUAGUGGAUGCAUGGAAUAGCCUUCCAGCUGAAGUGGUAGAGGUUAACACAGUAAAGGAGUUUAAGCAUGCGUGGGAUAGGCAUAAGGCUAUCCUAACUAUAAGAUAAGACUAAUGAAAGUAUUUAGAAAAUUGGGCAGACUAGAUGGGCAGAAUGGUUCUUAUCUGCCGUCACAUUCUAUGUUUCUAUGCUUCUAUCUGCAGAAAAGCAAUAUCUUGCUCACAUUUUAUUACUUUACAGAGUUUUGUGUCGUCUGCAAACACUAAAACAUGGCUUUCAAUGCCUAUUUCAAGAGAGACACCAUUUACCAAUUUUGUCCAACCUGAAAAUUUACCAUUAAUGACAACUCGUUGUACUCUAUCUUUAAGCCAAUGUUCUGCCUUAGAACAAGAAUAUUCAUCUAGACCAAUUUAUUUUAGUUUGAAGACUAACCUAUUGUGAGGAACUGUAUCAAAUACUUUGGCAAAAUCCAAGUAGAUCACAUCCACUGUAACACCCUGAUCUAUACUUCUACUUACUUCUUUGUAGAAUACAAUUAAGGUUAGUUUGACAUGACCUGUGCUUCAUAAAACCAUGCUGAUUAUUGCUAAUAAAAAAGUUCUUCCCAAUGAAUUCCUGAAUAUUAUCCCUUAAUAUCCCUUCAAAUACUUUCCCAGUAAAGAAGAAUUAAAUCUAGUGUUUCUCUGUGAAAAGCACCCACCUCAACGUUUAACACUUGCUGACCCUGCUUCUGAUGGAAUCCCACUGGAUUGUGCACACAAAGACUGCAGCCAGUAAUUGGUGGCUGCCUGGCUUGUACUCCAGCAAAAUAAAUUGGCCAGAAAUGCAAUUUUUUUUAUGUUCAGCUGCUCCUGAUUGUGUUGGUGGGAGACAUUGUUAACCAGAGUUUCUUAAUCUUUUCUGAAAAGGGACCUGAAUUAUACACAUUUCAUAUUUUCAUUAGCUUAGUGACCUAUACUUUAACUGAAUAAUUGAAUUUCCAACAACUGGGACCAACCUAAAUUACAUGGUGACCACAUAGGGAAAGAACCAUCUAUGUAAACUGUGUGCCUGAACUGCAGAGAAAGGAACAUUUUGAACACACAUACAAUAUCCUUUGUAAGACAAAGCAUGGCACAGAAAUGCUGUGACGUCAAUCAUGACUGUCCACAGAAAUUUGUUUUGUUCCGUUGUUGCUGUUUUUUACCUACAGGAUAAACAUUUUUUUUUCUAUUUAUGUGUCAAAUUUUGCAGCAAUUAAUACUAAUUCAUUAAAAGUGUAGAUCGCUAGUGUCUAACAAUAAAGAAGCAAAGUUGAUAAAAUGUAUUUACCUAGGUUUGUGAAAGAACUACUUGUUUGUUCCUAUUCCCUUAACUACUUUCUGUUAAACUGUCUGUCUUAUAGGGUGACAAAAUCACUCUGAUUCCCACUCCACAGCCAUCCUCCAUAGACUCUUUUGCCGAAAAGCCACCUGCUAACAUCCAAUCAAAUGACACCAACACUCCAUCACUCGGGGAUCUGUCAGCUGGGGGAAGUGGGAAGCCAAGCAGCAAUGAAACACAUCCAGUCUUGAUACCCAGCAACACAACUACACAGCCAAGCCCAGUACCCACAAGUACCAGCACUAAAGUACCCGGUAAGAGUCCUGUAUAUCUUCAUUACACGUUAUUUGGUCUUCCUGGUUUGUGCUAAUAAGCAUGUUAAUGAAUAUUAAAGGGAUACUCUAAGCACCAAAACCACUUUAGCCUAAUAAAGGAGUUUGUAGGUAUAGAUCAUGUUCGUGCUAAAUUCCAUGUAAUUUAGUAGCUAAAUCACUUUGUUUUUGCAACCCUAGCCACAUCUCUCACUGAUACAAAUAAAUAAAAGGCUGCAGAGAGCAUGUGAUGUCAGCAGCCAAUUGAAGUCUUUGAUAUGCAGAGUAGUUUCCAGCAUUCCACUGUCCUUUGAACACUCUGAUGAUGCUUUACCCUCUAGUUAUUUGGUUUAAAUAUUUUCUCAAAAUGGGAGGAGGUCCAUCCUCUGUUGUUUUAUAAAGUAGCAUGUGUCCCUUGUAAAGGUGUAUACACAUUGAUGCAAUAUUUUAAAGUGUAUUGUUACUUCUUAGUGGGCGUGAGAAACCAUUGUGAAGGUGAAAUGCUUCAAUGAAAUAAAGAAAUGUUACAGCAAGCUUGCCAAACAGGCCUGUUAUUUUUAUUUUAUUUUUAGAGAUUUACAGCUGUGUAUGUGCAAACAUGUACAUGUAUUCCUGACCCUAUAGGGUUAAAACUACCAUCUAGCCACCCUGGUCCCCCUCAUGUCUCCCUUAAUAUAGUAAAAUCUUACUUGUAUUCAAGUCUGCAGCUUCUGGCUUUGUCCCGGUUUCCUUUAGACCUGCCUGCUGACAUUAUCAAAAGUGGUAUCCUGAUCCAAUCACAGUGCUUCCCCAUAGGAUUGGCUGAGACUGACAAAGAGGCAGAUCAGGGGCAGAGCCAGCACAAUUCAAACACAGCCCUGGCCAAUCAGCAUCUCCUCAUAGAGAUGAAUUGAAUCAAUGAAUCUCUAUGAGGAAAGUUCAGUGUCUGCAUGCAGAGGGAGGAGAUACUGAAUGUUUGGCUGCAUUUUAGGCAGCCAUGACCCAGGAAGGAUCUCUAACAGCCGUCUGAGAAGUGGCCAGUGAAGUUAUCACUAAGCUGUAAUGUAAACACUGCAUUUUCUCUAAUGAUUCUACUCACUAGAACAAAUUCAAUAGGCUGUAGUUGUUCUGAUGACUAUAGAGUCCCUUUAAAUAUGACUUUUAUGUUGAAAUCACUUUGUAUUCUUAUUUUAGUAAAUGGCACUGAUAGUGUUUGCUGUUUUAAAAAUGUGUAUUGUAUUAUUUCCAUCACUAAGCAGGAAAGCAUCUAAACCUGAUUUGUUCCCAUAUUUUUUGACAAGGUUUUUUACCCCAGCUUACAUAUUGGUUCGAUUAUGGAUUCUUCUUCUUGUGAAAGCGCAGUGUAAAUCAUUGUUCCAAUAUGUCAUACUCCCAAAUGUCCUUGAAAUGGUUUUAGCCAUGUAAGCAUUAUAUUCAAAGCUUGUAGAGGUACAGGAAUAGAAAAGAUUUAUCUAGAGGGUCUUCCUUUUUGAUAGAGGUUUAAUGGGAAUGGGGACACCAUUAUCUUUUGAUUUAAAACCCCCAUUGCUUCAUUCCUCCCAGGGACAGUAAACUGUUCAUUUUCCACAUCCCUAGCCUGAGGAGUGCCUGCUAACAGAUUAUACUUCAGGACCCACUUGUAUUGUCUAAUUUGGAUCCCUGGUGUAUUUUAUUGUCCUCUUUUUGACAGCAAUCCCUUUAUUGUCGUUCAUCUCCUGUUCAAUCUUCACCUCGCAUGUUUUUUGCUUUGUUCUGUUGCCAAAAAAAAUAAAUAAAUGCAAAAAUAAAUUAAAAUUUAGUUUUUCCCUAAUCUCAUUUUUGCAGACUUUUCUUUUACUUUUUCCUUCCUUUCUGUUUGUCACUCUGGUGAAUUUAAGGCUAGUACUUAAUUUUCUGCAAGUAUAGACAUUUUGUCAUUUAACGGAAAGAAAUACUUUAAAAUAGGCUAUAUUUAAAAAUGUGUGUGUGUAUAUGUAUGUGUGUGUGUAUAUAUAUAUAUAUAUAUACAUAUAUAUACACAUACAUAAUAUAAUUUUUAAAAAAAAUUUUUAAAGAUCUUUUUAUGUAUUUUUGUGACAGAAAUGAAGAGAUACCAAGACCCAAUAUAUCAAUAAAAGUGUUAGUAAGAUGGAUUCUCGAUUUACUGUUGCAACAUUUUUAAAGGCACAAACUACUCGUUCUGAUAACUUGCUCAUUUUCAUAUUAAAUCUUAUUUAUGUUUGGUUACUUUAAUUUUUUUUCUAUAAGUACAAAACGGAAUGUUUUUAUUAUUUUUGACAUCCGAAAAAGAUGCCCCAAAUUCGUACAACUAAACGACACAACACAUGCAAGAAUCUAAUUCUGCAUUGUUCCUAUGUGUUUCCUGUGUACUCAAUAUUCUGCUUGUCCUAUAUUGUCUAUUUAGCCCAGGCAGCUUAGAAAGGAUAUGGGUGACCAAAGAAAGUGACAAGUAUUUAAAGGGAUUUAAAGUGUGCCUAUCAUGCUUUACACAAGUUGACCUUAACUUAAAGAGCAUCACAUUUAAUUUAUAUAUUGUACUAUCAAAUAUAUAGAUUUAAAUUUGAUGUCCUUUUUAAAGUGUUGGUUUAUCUCCCACUUGUCAAUCAAUCCUUGGCAUCAGACACGUAAGCUAAGCAGAGGACUUGAGGGACAGUUAGAGCACGGGAAUCCUCUCAAAGGUAGUUGCAGAAGUAGUGUAGAACACAAGGACUUAAAUAUGUCGGCAGUGAAGCCAGUAUGUUGAGCCAUCCGAGAGAAUUUUCCUGCAUAGGGAAGUGUCGCGGGUGCCACUUGAAACUGUAAGUUUGAUCACUUGAGAUGGGUGGCCAGCGAUCAUGCAUCAGCUUAUGAUCUCUAAGUUUUACUGCUAAAGAGAAUGCUUCCACAAUAGCCAAUCACCAAAGAGGCAGUAAGACAUACUCCUGAGGAUACUAUGCCUGUGUUAGGUGGUAGCCUGACAGACAGUUAGAGCCUCUAUCAUUCUGUUGCCCUAGUCCUGUGUAACUCUCUCUCCCUAACAACCCGAGUGGGGGUUUGGGGAACAGUGUGAUAUAGGGCUAGGGGAUUGUGCAGUAUUAUAUUUAAAUAAUUAAAAUGACUAUCUCCUUACCGACUUUUUGCUGCUAGGUGGCUGAUAUCUAGGCUGUCUAAGGUGGGAGAUGACUAGCUGUCCAAAGGGGGGGGGGGUAGGGGAGGUGCACAAUGUGUUAGAGGGGCUCAGGGGGCUUCCAUGCCACACUGAUGACCCCUGUAGAGUCUAGAUCAUGUCCCUGAAGUCUCACUGCUCAAUUCUCUGCCAUUUAGGAGUUAAAUCACUUUCAUUUUUGUUUAUGCAGAUCUUGGCUGUGACUGACACAGCCUGCAAAACUUACUUUAAAAUGUUGUAUCAUCUGCCUCUAAAUUGAACUUUAAUCACAUAUAGGAGGAUCCUGCAGGGUCUAGCAAGCUAAUAACUAAUCAAGAGACAAUGAAUUCUAAAGUAAACAGAAUUAAACAUUAGAUGUCUCUUUACAGAAAGUGUUUAAGAAGGCAGUGCAAGUCACAUGAAGGGAGGUGUGAUCAGGGCUGCAUAAACAAAGUGAUUUAACUCCUAAAUUACCAAAACUUGAGCAGUAAGACUGUGGGGGCAUGGUCUAUACACCAGCACUGCUUGACUAAGCAAAAGUUGUUUUGGUGCCUAUAGUGUCCCUUUAAAUAAUGAAUAGGUUUGGUUAGUCCUUAAAGAAAAAUUUAGAUUUUCAAUUAUUCACUAAAUAGUGACUUUUUAUUUUUGAAGUUAGCUGCCAAGUCGUUACAACAUCUGACUUAAUGAGGGAACAUCAUUAUUUGAUGCCUCUUGCUGUUCUUUGGAGAAACUGAAUGUUUUAUCAUCUUACGUCUAAUUGUGUUUAAAAUUGCGGGUCAGCCCUACUUUGCAUUUCUAUCCACUUCAUUACAUUUGACAGCUUUUUGAUCUAGAUGCGUUCAUACAGUUGUUUAUGUGCUGUUUAGAAUGCCACUUGACAUAGUAUUUGAGAUAUGUAACCAAAAAACAAACAAGAGUCCUGCGCAUUCAGUAUAGGUGUGCACACCCAGGUGCUACCACAAUUUAUUUGAGGACAAAGUUAAAGCAGCAAAUGUUUCGAGUAACAGCUUUAACUUUGUCCUCAAAUAAAUUGUGGUAGCAUCUGGGUGUGCACACCUAUACUGGAUGCGCAGGACUCUUGUUUGUUUUUUGGUUGUAUUUACGCUGUUGGGACUUCAGUGUGGAGUACCUGCAGCACAGGUCCAAUUUUUCUUUAAUACUUUGAAUUUUGUAGGCAUUUUUUUGCCUCUACCUCACCCUAUAUGUAUUUGAGAUAUGUGAUCGCAUUGCUUUCAUAGUAUAAGGGUUUGCAAAAUAUCAAAGUUCUUUUAUGUUUCCUCCACAGUAGUGAACAAGCUUGUGGUAUCUGCAGGGGACAGCGUUGAAGUAACCUUGCCAAAAAAUGCUGUCCAGCUGAAUGCUUUUGUCUUACCAGUUCCUCCAGAGGGUAAGAAAACCAGCUUUCCAUGAUUUAAUUAUUCUGUUCGAGGGUUAGCUUAACUUUUUUGUUUAUCUACAUUACAACCUUAAGUCCAUACAGAGCCAUAGGCACGACUGUGAAGAGAACCCACAGUUGUUAAUUAUACAAUCCGGUGAGUACACUUAUAUAUUGAUGCACGCACAAAUGCACCAAACCGUGGUUCCUUUGAUUCUUAAAAUAACUUACAGCAUCAGUUGGAAUCAGGGCUCCCAGCACAAUGGCCCACCCCGUGCAAUAUAAAUAGGAAUCCCUAAGUCUAAGAAUUCCCAUGGGUGGGUUUGGCUUUCUAAUUUACGAAGCGUCCCACAUUAUGUUAGUGUUAGAAGGUCUCAUGCAGGAAUGCAACUAAAGUCCAAAAAUUUUUUUUGAGAUUAUUUUUCUUUUACAAUUUGUAUUGUAUUUAUAAUUCUUUAAUAAAGGAGGGAAGUCAUAUUCAGCCCUUCCUAAUUUGAUGUGAAUUGGUGAUCUGAUGAUUUCCUUAGACAAAUAAGAAAGUCAGUCAAUUUUAUUUUCGUUUUAUUGCUGAAUACCUUACUGUUAAUCAAAUGUACACAAUUAUUUUAAUCUUUCCUGUAUUUCUUGUGUAUUAUCAGCUGACAAUCUUUUGAGCUCUUUUUUGUCUUUCGAUUGGUCUAAAAAUUGACAAGUGAACUGGUAGUACUUUUUCAUAGUGUAAAUUAAAUGCUGCUUUAUUUGUGCAGUAUCAACUUUAUUACAAGUUGACUUUUCAAUCACAACCGGACUUUUUUCAAGAAGAACGAUGCUAUUGAAAAAAGGUAGGAUUGUGACUGAAACAUUGACUAAUAAUAUUGUUUGUUUUUUUUAAAUUCUUUAUUUUUGUAAGUGCAAAAGUAGGUACAUUUGUCAAGGUGGCCACAUAAGAUUACAGUAGUAGGCAAAUAAAGACAAUUCUGGUGACAUAUUUGUUAUGCGUUGCACAUUGUUUUUGUUUGAGUGAGAAGUUCACGAUUCGACCAAAAAGAUUUGACAAAGGAAAUUUACCAAUAAGAGAACAAAACAGGCAUAUUAAAGUGACGCCAGGACAGGCGUAGCUUAAUAGGCAGAAACAUGUCAUAGCUUUGCGCAACAUCAUAUUAUGGUGUGCAUGGAUAUAUAGAGCAUGUGGGCUCGUUAUGUCCCAACGGUGUUGACCAGCUUGAAAUCUAAUGUUUAUUAACAAUUAGUCAGCAUGUUAAAAGUGUAGCUCAUGUUUAUAUUGUAACAUUAUAGGUUGUGAGCGUAUGGGCGAUGUAAAAAGGAUUGUGCUUGUGUUAUACUGUUUGGAAAUAAAUAUAUUUAAAUGAGUAGGGGUGAGUGGGGCCUCUCUCGAAGCUCCUGCCAGACAUAUCAAAAGGGCACUGUUCGUGCGCGAUUGGGCUAAUAGCUUUAUAAAACAGGCUGGGGCGUUAGUAGGUGCAGGCUGAGGUUUUAUUUAGUGCCGGCUGGGGCGUUAUUGUGGAUGCCACUGUAUGACCACGUUCGAAAGUUUUUAUGGGAAAACAUGGUAGUGAUAUGUUAUGUAGUGUUGUCUAGAAGGUUAUGCCGUGCUUAAGGUGGUAGGUCAGGAAGUUAAGCAUAAACUUUAAUCGGCCUCUGCCUAAUUUGGUUGUUUCGGUACGUGUUGUAGAUAUGGGUGUCUAUAUAGGUGUGGUAAACCUUUAGUAUGAGUCAGCAUCAAUAAACAACAAAACAAGACAAAAAAAAAAAAAACCCCAACAAACACCCCACUUAGAAAAAUAAAAAUGCGAGCAGACCGUCUCGAUUACUCUCGCUGUGGAUGGGUGUUUUUGUCUGUUGGGCAGUGGGCCAGGUUGUUGCCCUGUAAAGGAAAAGAGAGGGAAAGCGUCCCGAUAGUGUUUGUUCUGUUUCAGGUUGUGGGAGCCGCACGUGGUCCUGUUGGGGGCUGUCGUGGCACAAAGAUUGGCGCGUCAACUGCGCCCCUCCCUGGUCUGCUUGUAGUUCCAGCCGGUGAGUUAGCGGUGUCCGGUGCCGUCAGUGGCAGCUGCAUGUCUUCCAGUGUCCUUGUGGCCUCUUGUAUGUUCCGCACCACUAGAGGGCCGCUUGCGCCCUCAAUGUGUAGUGCGCGCCCUGGACCCCAGCGGUACCUGAGUUGUUUCUGCCUCAAGAAGGACGUAAGCUGUCUGAGGGAUCUUCUCAAGCUCAGCGUUCCGCUUGAGAGAUCUGCAUAAAACGACAGAGUCAUGUCCUCAAAAGUGUAGGUGGUUAGGCCCUUGGUGGCUUCUAGAACAGCCCUCUUGUCCCUCGCGCUUUGAAAACGGAGGAUUAUGUCCCCUGUGGCAGCUGGUGGUGCUGUAGGUGGCCGUGGUAUGCGGAAGAUGUCGUCCAAUAUUAUGGAUUUGGCCACUUUCGGGGUUAAGAGCGCAGUCAGUAGCCGCCUAGCAUAAUGUGGGAGCUCGGCCUCGGGUACAGAAUCUGCGACCCCUCGUAGUUUUAGAUUGUUUUGCUGUCGCUUGUCCUCUUGUGUGGCCAGUUGCUGGUCAUGUAGUGCAGCCAGUUGUUUGAGGUCGUGUACCGUUGCUUUCAGCUCCUCUAUCUGGCUGGUGUGGCUGCUUGAGGUGCAUUCCACAGUCCCGAGCCGCGCUGAGAGGCCUUUCAGAUCCUCCCUUAUCGUGGUCACUUCUGCAGAGAUUUUGCUGUGAUGAGAGGCCAUGAGUUCCCUGAUGGCCUCCAUGGUCACCGGCGUGGGAGCUAUUGUAGGCACUCGAGGUCUGUCUGGCAGUAGUGGAGCGUUACUCGGCAUGCAGCUCCCUGCUUCUUCCCUGCUCCUGUUGGGUGGGGUUGAUGGAAGUUUGGGACAACAGCUUUGUGAGUAUGUCAAGUCAGUGGGGUCCUGGAGGUUGUAGGUGAGUCGAUGAGAGUUCGGGGGGGGAAGGGUGAGUCUAAUUCUUCUGGGCGGGAGUGGGUCCAGGAUUAUUGCUUCCUCCAGUCUCUCUUCCGGGGGUUCCCGCCUGCACGGUCAUCUAAGCGUUUUUUGUAUUCCUAACAUUCCUAUAUUGAGGGCAGGUUCAAGAAAUGGCUACAGCCCAGGAGUGUAAUUCUUAUUAAUCAAAAUCAACCUGGGACUUGUAUGUCCUACUUCUGCACUAAUAAGGCAGGGAGCCACAGUGAAUUUAUGUGUCUCUAUCUAUGGCUGUAUGUGUCUUGUAUUUACCAGCAGCUGGAACGGCUGUUCUAUCACUGUUCCAGCUGUGGGAAAAAAAAAUCAUAUAAAAAAAAAAAACAACCAACAAAGCAAACAAACAAACCUAAAAUCAUGAAUAUAAAAGAAUCAAAACUGUGAGGUGUGUAUUAGGUGACAAAAUGUCAUCCUGGUGUUUUGGAGAUAUUCAUACAUAACUCAGCUGCUUGAUAUUUGGUGACAUAGCCAUAAGCCCUCAAUGGAAUUUUUUCCCCUAGUAGUUGCUUCACCGUUUCUUUUAAAUCCAUAUCGGUCUAUAAUAAAAUGUAAGUAUAUAUCAUUGAUGGAUAGAGGAAAGAAAAUGAAAAUGUUGAGUGAUUGAAUGCAAUCUUCAUACUGGUGAAAUAAAGAAAUCCCACAAUUCAUCUUUUGUGUUUAGGAAAAGUGUACACUUAUGACUGGAGACUGAUCACUCAUCCAACAGAUUACAGUGGAGAGAUGGAGGGAAAAUAUUCCCAACUACUGAAACUGUCGAAGGUAAGAGUGUUUAUUUUCCAAGUGCUUCUCUACUUAUCAUUGUGCAGUGUAUAGCAGCCAUCCAGUUUAUAAUAACACAUUUAUUGAUUUAUUUGUUGUCUUUUUGCAAGAAUUGUUAUCAGACAUCUGAGUUCUAAAUAAGAACAUUAAUAUAAGUUGCUCUGAAAUUCAAACAUUAUAUGCACGCAGUUUUCCAAUCAAAAGCGAACUGUAAAUCAUUUGGACAACUUUAUUUUCUGUUCAAGCUCACAGCGGGUCUGUAUGAGUUCAAGGUGAUUGUGGAAGGAGAAAAUUCAUAUGGAGAAGGUUUUGUAAAUGUCACUGUCAAACCAGGUACCAAAGGCUUCCAUUAAAUGCACCGUUUACUAAUUAAUGUAAUUUCUUUGCCCUAUUUAUACAUCUGUUAUUUUAUCUCUUUUAGAACCUCGAGUGAAUCAACCUCCAGUUGCCAUUGUGUCACCUCGCUAUCAGGAAAUUUCACUUCCCACCACAUCGACGGUGAUUGAUGGAAGCCGUGAGUAUACAUUAAAGAAGCACAGCCUGUUUCAGAAAGACAUUUGUAGAUUUAGAAUAACAGUCUAAUAUUAUGUAAAAUAUCAAAUAUACAAACAAUAACAUACCAACUAGUAUGAUGUUAAAAGAACCAAAUUACAUUUUUUAAGCUCCUAUCUUUUGGGAACCACACACCCCUUCUGGACCCUGUUCGGUUUGGGUGGUGAGAAAAAAAAAAUCUGACUGUUCACAAACUAGUAUUGCGCUUUAGUAUUUUGACAAUAUAAUAUCUGAAGAAGGAAAAAAAAAGACUUGCUGAACUGUGAUGUAAAUCACUUUGCUAAAAUUAUAGUGUCUGUCAUUCUUGAUAGAAACAAGCAUUGUAAUGCUUUAAUUCCCAUUUGUAUACUUAUUGUGUCGUUCCCCUAACUCAAAAGUAAAAUCUUUGAUUUUUUUUUUUUUCCCACUGAUGACAACCUGUGCCACUUCCAUGUGGCCUGGGAGAAAAUCCUACAACGCGUGAUAACAGACCAGGAAUGGCAAGAAAUGCAUGGCACAGCUCAAAAAAUGACCAUAUGAAUACUGAUCAAAGCAAAUUACUUUAAGUCCCUAACCUGCUGGUUCCAAGAUCCAGUUAAACUUCAUUGUAUAUGCACUAGCUGCUCUCCUCUCUGCCCAUGGAGCUGUGGUGAAAUUGUAUUUAUUUAUCCAUGUAUGGUGGGGUUGCAGGUCCUGACAUUUUGGUAUGAGUUUUUUCAGGAUCGGGUUGUGGGAACCAUGGAUAUUUAUUUUUGUCCUCAAUAAAACACCCAUUCCUUUUUUCCUGUAAUACAAGCCUCCAACCCUACUUUUGAUGUCCCCUAAUUCAUUAAGCCCUAUUACUACAUUCCUAUCCCAUACUCCCCUUUUCCAGUCAGUUAUCUAUGGAAUGACAGGAUAAGUGGAAGAGAAAUUGGUCAAAUAUUCAUUAUAUUCUACAGCUUUUACUGUUCAUCCACUCUAACUCACCAUUCUAUCUAAACAUAAUUAUGCCAGAUGAAUCCUACCUCCUAAUAACAGAGUGGACUAUGGAACCUGACUUGCAUGUUUGAUGGUUUUUAUGUUACUUGUACCUGCAUAUAAUAGAAAGGUAAGGCCUUUCUUUUAAGUCUAGUCGGAUAUGUGCCCGUAACUGGCCAAAUAGCCAUCGAUAAUGGUCUGUCUGUGUCUGAUGUUUUCCACACCUUAUUCAUGUCUGCAUCGUGGAUUUAAGUCUCCAUCAUGGAGUAAGUGGCCAUGUUAUGUGUUUAACACAGCACCAAUGCCUUUGUGGAAUAUAGCGCCUAAAGUUCCCAGCAAGGGUUAGAACCUGUCCAGGUUGGGAGUAAUAAGGAAUAUCUCAAUGGAAAGUUAGACCACUUUUUUAAACUAGGGAUUGUUCAUCUCCUCUGCCAAGACUGCAAACACUAGGCCCCAAAUAUGAAAGCGAAUAAAAACGAGCACAAAAUGGGGGUGUAAUGAACUAGGUGGAUAUUGGAAGUGCCCAAGCUACUCCUCAGGAAGGUGUACCCCAAUGAGGGAUCUAUUGUGUGUUGAUUUUUGCUUGAAAUAUGCAUGUAGUCCGCAAGUAUGAAUGGGCUUACAAACUUUGGCACUGUCUGGCAUGGGGUCAGGCCCCACCUGACAAUCACUUAUGAUUAUCUCAGCUAGUCUUACAAUCCUGCAUUAUCAUGGAUGUUACCAUGGUGUCUGGUUUUUAUAGAUGGCUCUGAAACAUGUUUAGUGCGAAAGAGGAGCAGUCACUUCCCAGGUUAUUUAAUAUUUAUUAUGUUUACUGUGUUCGAAUGCUGGCACUCCGACCGAGUACCUCCGCCAAUCGAUGCUCCUAGUGCUUGCCGAGGACUCCAAGCAAUCCAACCAACACCAUCCGCACUGCAGACCCCACUUCCAGCGAUGCAGCUGCGCCAGGGUCUCGCCGUCUUUCUCCCACCCUGGACCCAAGGCUAGGAUCCAGCUUCCAGUGGGUAGACCUCUCCUAUAUCCAGAGAGAAGGAACAAACUCUUACAAGAGCGUAUACUCAGGGGAGUAUUGUGAUAUAGCAAUCCCCAAGAGUGUAGUUAUCCCAUCCCAAAAGCAUGAGCCAGGGCUUCAAGUAGUAAUGUUUAAUGGAACCAAGCACUCACAAUUUAUACAAUUCCCCAGGCCAGAGGCACACCCCCUGGACCUGAUGGUAUGCAGGCAUACAAAGGACACAAACCAAUCAAAACAAUACAACAAUGUCUGACACUCCCAUUCAUUACAGCAAAAUCCUCCCCUCUGCCUGUGAUAUAAUUACUGAACACAAUGGGCUAAAGUAAUUAUCACAGGCAGGAAAAUAUACAGUUUUAUACAAUUCUUAUAACUUCAAAUUUACACAUCACAUUCAAAUAAAACUUAAAUUUUCAGAAUCAGCAUACUCCAAAUAUAUGUCAAAAUCAUACAAAUCCCUUCAGUGGUUAAAAAGUUUGCUGGAAAUCCUUUUUAACCGACUGCAAGCAUGUCUUGGGUGUGGUAAACCAAUUAUCUCCAGGCACAGAAAAUCUCUCUAUUCACAAGAACAGCAAAAAUACAUAGAAAUACAUAAUUCCUAUCAUACUGAACAGAACCCCCACAUUCAACCUAUCCCCACAUAGCUUGGAUCUGAGCACUCAAUAUAUCCGAACAGCGCUCAGAUCCCACGAACAGAACAAAAUCGCCUUGGGGUUUAAGGUCCAAUAAACCCAAACAGAGCUUUUGAAGGGCAAUACAGUCCAGGGGCCAUAGUGGCAGGGCAAGAGGCUAGCCAUUAGUCCUCUCCAGGCACAAGUGGCGAAGGGCACUUCGUCACAUUUACCUAUUCCUAAUUUUUUUUUUUUUUUAGCAAAUGUGUGUUUGUGAAGUGUGAAAAAAUAAAAAUAAAUCUAAAACUCCACAUGUAUUUAUCCCUCCAUCUAAGUUCCCUGUCAGUCAUUGUUUGUACUUUGCAUCUGGCAGUCAGCAUAGAAAAGCCAUAUAGAGAAGAGGAGAAAUGAAACAAUAUUUCCAUUUCAUUUCCUCAUUUGCAGUUUUUGCCCUGACUUGCCUUGUCUUAACUGGAUAACAAUGUCAUUUGGUAAAUCUUUAAUAUAAAUUUUAAAAGAAAAUGCAUUUUCUCAUAGCAAAAAGGUUAAAGGUGACUUUUAAGGUUCCAUUUAAUGGUGUAAAUUCCAGAGAAGUGACCGUUCCCCUUUAAUGAUAGUUUUUAUUUCCAGAGAGCACCGAUGAUGAGAAGAUUGUGAGCUAUGAGUGGGAGGAGCUGAAAGGUCCCCUGAGAGAGGAAAAGGUCUCAGCAGAAACACCCAUCUUAAAACUAACAAACUUGGUUCCUGGAAACUACACAUUCAGGUGACUGUUUGUAACAGCCUUUUUACCAGGCUUAAUAGGCAGUAACCCAUGUCCUAAAUACACAGUAAUGGUGUCUUCCCUCUUCAAUCCAAUAUCAUAGUUCAAUAAACCCAACAAAAAUUUCUUAAAGUGAUUCACACGUUUAAAAUAUUACUUAUUAAAAAUGAUAAAACGACUUUCUUAAUUCCAAAAUAAAAUAAUAGUGCGGGGUAGUCUUAUGUUGUAAGUGAAGAAAUAAGCAUAAUGCAUCUUUUUAUGAGAAUAGAGAUGGUAGCCUAAAACAAGUGGCAAGUGCUGUCCCUCAGGGGUCUGUUCUGGGACAUCUUCUAUUUAACAUGUUUUAUAAAUGAUCUUGAAAAAAGCAUUGAAAGCCAUGUUUCAGUGUUUGCAGAUGACACAAAACUCUGUAAAAUAAUACAAUGUGAACAAGAUAUUACUUUGCUGCAGAGGGAUUUAGAAAGACUGUGGGACUGGGCACUCAAAUGGCAGAUUAAAUUUAAUGUUGAAAAAUGCAAAGAUAUGCACUUCGGCGUAAAAGAAUACACAGGCAACGUAUACCCUUAAUGGAAGCGAAUUAGGGAUAACAACACACGAAAAGGACUUGGGAAUUGUUAUAGACCACAAACUAUGCAACAAUGUGCAAUGUCAAUCAGCAAUGGCCAAGGCCAGUAAGGUAUUGCCAUGCAUGAAAAAGGGCAUUCAUUCUCGAGACGAGAAUAUAAUUGUGCCUCUUUAUAAAUCACUGGUAAGACCCCAUAUUGAAUAUGCUGUGCAAUUUUGGGCACCUGUUCUAAAGAAGGAUAUUAUUGCACUAGAAAAAGUGCAGAGACGGGCUACAAAAUUAAUAAAAGGAAUGGAACAUAUCAGCUAUGAAGAAAGGUUAACAAAUUUAAACAUAUUUAGUUUAGAAAAACAUCGCCUGAGAGGGGAUAUGAUAACCUUAUACAACUAGAAAAGCUACAAUUUCUGGGGAAAUUGUGUGAAGUGUUCUUGCCUCCACCAGUAGUCUACAACUGGAGUGGGCGGAGUAACUGUUAUCAUUUAUAUAGCACAUUUAAUUGCAACGUUGUUGCCCAGUUACAUUAAACCAUACAUUUAUAAAAACAUUAGCAGGUGUUCAAAAGGCCCUGUCUAUGACAUCACUUGCUGCUGCAGCCUGACACAGGUCAGAGUAUUUUGGCGGUUGCCAUCUUCAAACGGUCGUAUUUUAAAAACUAUAAAUCCUACAGUGAAGAGCUUUAUAUUGUGAGAAUCACAAGACCCAGACCUACACUGUGAUGCAUAGUAUGUCUCUGAAGUAUUAAAAAUGAAGGCACAGUCGCAGUUUAGAAAUUGCACUUCAAAUUUGAGCUUUGUAGAGUGAAGUUUCAAUGAAUGUCAAUGGACGGCGUUAGUUGCAAACAAAUGAUUAUAUUGUGAAAACUAUCAGGACUAUGGCUUAGCCGUUGACAUGUUUAAUGGCAGCAGGGAUAGCUGAACGUUUUGAUAUAAAAUGUAGAUGUGUAGGUGGGCCUGAAAAUAAGGGAGUGGUGGCAGUUUAGAAAUCAUUUCCUGAUUUUUCAGCUUUUGCCAGCUCCCACUCUAGCUUUGCCAUUCAUUCCUAUGGGACAAAUUUCGCCACAAGAAUGACGAUAUUCCGUGAACCAUUCAGCGAAACGUUCCACAAAGUAAUAGCAAUCCGAUCGGGUACAGUCUGCACGUUUUGGUAAAUUUUUGUCUAUGUAGUGUAAAAACUGUGGGAGGAGUUAGGGUGGCAAAUUUGGCUAUAAUAAGAAUAAUAAUAUAUAUGUGAGAUAACAAUAAGUGGUCUUGCUAUGCAAGAACACUUAAUAAUAUAUAUGUGAGAUAACAAUAAGUGGUCUUGCUAUGCAAGAACACUUAAUAUAUAUGUGAGAUAACAUUAAGUGGUCUUGUUAUGCAAGAACACUUAAUAAUAUAUAUGUGAGAUAACAAUAAGUGGUCUUGCUAUGCAAGAACACUUAAAUAUAUUUGGGGCCAAUACAAACCAUUGUGUGGAAAUCUAUUCACAAACCGGAAUUUACAUAGGACACAAGGUCAUGCCUUUAGACUGGAAGAAAGGAGAUAUCGUCUAAGGCAAAGGAAAGGUUUUUUUACUGUAAGAACAAUAAGGAUGUGGAAUUCUCUGCCUGAAGAAGUGGUUUUAUCAGAGUCCAUACAGAUGUUCAAACAGCUACUAGAUGCAUACUUGCACGAACAGAAUAUUCAAGGAUAUAAUCUUUCAAUGUAGGGUAAUAACUGCUUGAUCCAAGGAUAAAUCUCACUGCCAUUCUGGGGUCAAGAAGGAUUUUUUUUUUCCUAGCUUGUUGCAAAAUUGUGCCUCAAACUGGGUUUUUUUUGCCUUCUUUUGGAUCAACAGCAAAAAACAAAUGUGAGGAAGGCUGAACUUGAUGGACACAAGUUUCUUUUCAGCAAUGUAACUAUGUAUUGUAUGUUGUCAUUAAAGAAACACCUCAGACUGGAAUUAACCCAUUAUUUUUGACAAACUAUAUAAAUAAUGCAUUAAUUUGCAAAACAAACAGGCCAAAAUAAAAAAGAUAAAAAUAAAUGAUUAAUUUGAACACAUUAUUAUUUUGUAGCAAAUCUUCAUGCAUUACAUUAUCAUCUUUGAGUUUUGUCGACUCUUGGAAAUAGAUGAAUCCGCCAAGAACCUCUCAUUCUAAGUCAUGGAGUUUGGACGGUUUGAUAUGUUUUACCCAGCAUUGCAAGGAUUAAAUUGUAUAUAAAUCUCUAGCUAUUAAAAACUCUCGUUGCAGUAACUGAAAAUGUGAGUGUCACUAGCUGACACGUUCAAUACACCACAUAUUUGAACCUGUAACAAUGUCUGUAUAAUAGUGUGGUGAGAGCUGACUUGUACAUUGUAAAAGCAAUUCGUUCUGUGCAAAGCUUGUGUUUUUUGUUCUUUUUUCUGGAACUUGCAGUUCCGUUAUGUGUUUUCUGCUUGUAAAAUAAAUUUCCCUCAGGUCGUCUUACUUUGGUUUAUGUCUCUCCACAGCUUUACUGUAACUGAUUCAGAUGGGGCAAAAAAUUCCACCACGGCCAGCUUGACUGUUAACAAAGCUGUGGAUUAUCCUCCUGUAGCUAAUGCAGGAGCCAACCAAGUGAUCACCCUCCCCAAAAACUCUAUUGUGCUCUUCGGGAAUCUGAGUACUGAUGAUCAUGGCAUUGUCAGCUAUGAAUGGUCUUUGAGUCCAAGCAGUAAAGGAAAUGUUAUGGAGAUGCAGGUAAAGAUCUUCACUAUCUCAACAAGAUUCUCAAUGGUUCUCCCUCCUGUAUUGUAUAAGAAUUUUAGUUUAACCCCUUAAGGACCAAAGUCUUAGGAAAAAAAGGGAUUCAUGACAUGUCACACGUCAUGUGUCCUUAAGGGGUUAAACUGCAGUUAAAAGGAAUCUUGUGGAACAAUAUGGUGUAUGGUAGUCAUCAGUUCUAGUUUAAACCGCACCUUUCAUGCUACACAGAAGUUUGAUUUAUUGAAAGAGACACUUCAUUCAUCUAAACUAGCAUUUCAGCUCGUUUUUUUAAAUCUCAGAUUUUAUAAACACCCCAUAAUAACGCCUCUUGGAUAUCAAGCAGCCAGCAAGGAGGGAUCCUGCUUCACUCGCUUUGAACUGUUCAAAAUGAAGUGGGUGCUUUUCAUAGUAAUCACUGAUUUCUAUGCUUCUCUAUGAGAAGCAUUGUUGGAGGAUAGCAGCCAUUGCCACAUGUGUAAUGUGUUCCAAUGCUAUUCUGAGAUGCGUCUGAUUGAACUUAAGUCAGUAAUGGUGACUUCACAGGAGGCGACUUGGAGUUGCAUCACAGAGAUCUUCCCAUCAUUGGAAUGAAGGUGAGAUUACUUGAUUUCUAAUCCAACUAAACUGAGAUGGGAAGACCGUAAUCCAAACACAAACAGGAACCCAUUAAUUAAAUUAAAAAAACAUUAUCUAUAGAUAAAGAGACAGAUGUGUGUGUGUGCGUGUGUGUGUGCAUGAAUGUAUGUGUGUAGGAUGUUAGGUUUGGAAAUUUUUGUACACUGACACGAGUUUUGUUACUUCGCCUGUUUACCAAAAUAAAUUCAAGUUACAGUAAAAUAAUGAAUAUGGGCUUAAAGUGCAGACUCUCCGCCUUAAUUUAAGGAUAUCCACAUGCAAAUUGGAGGAAAGGUUUAGGAAUUACAGCUCUUUAAUAUGUAGCCCCAUCUUUUUCAAGUGACCAAAAGUAAUUAGACAGUUGAUUCAAAAGUUGUUUCAUGGACAGGUGUAGGCUAUUCCUUUUUUAUUUAGUCAUCAGUUAGACUGGUAAAAGGUCUGGAGUUGAUUCCAGGUGGGGCAUUCACAUUUCAUUAGGCUGCAAAAAAAAUCCAUCAGAGUUUGGAACAUUCUGAGUAAGCAAAAGAAUGGUGAGCUCUGCAAUACAGAAAAAGCCUGGACGACCACAGAAAACAACAGUGGUGGAUGAUUGUAGGAUCUUUCUAUGAUAAAGAAAAAUCCCUUUCCAACAUCUAGCCAGUGAAGAACACUAUCCAAGAAGUAGGCAUAGCAUUAUCCAUGUCCACCAUAAAGUGAAGACUUGACAAGAUCAAAUAGAGAGGGUUCACCACAAGAUGCAAACCAUUUAUAGAACGGCCAGAUAAGACUUUGACAAAAAAAAAACCACACAUAUCUAAAAUAGCCAGCCUAGUUCUGGAACAGCAUCCUUUGGACAGAUUAAACUAAGAUCCACCUGUACUAGAUUGAUGAAAAGUGUGGAGAAGUCUUGGAAUGGCUCAUUAUCCGAAGCAUACCACAUCAUAUGUAUAACACGGUGGAGGCAGUGUGAUGGCUUGGGCAUACAUUUCUUCCAAUGGCACUGUGUCAUAGUAUUUAUUGAUGAUGUGAUAGAAGGCAGAAGCAGCUGGAUGAAUUCUGAGGGGGAUAGGGAUAUAUUUUCUGCUCAGAUUCAGCCAAAUUAAAGGACUACUAUAGUGCCAGGAAAACAAACUAGUUUUCCUGGCUCUAUAUUGUUAACAGGUCCCCCCCACCCUCAAGGUCCCACUCCUGCUGGGCUGAAGGGGUUAAAACCCCUUCAGCCACUUGCCUUUCUCCAGCGCUGGGCUCCCUCUGUGUGGCAAGGGCCGCGUGCGCAUUCAAACCGCCCAUAGGCAAGCAUUUCGCAAUGCUUUCCUAUGGACAUCCAGCAUCUUCUCACUGUGAUUUUUCACAGUGAGGAUCGCAGAAGCGCCUCUCGCAGCUGUCAGUGAGACAGCCUCUAGAGGCUGGAUUAACCUUCAGGGAAACAUAGCAGUUUCUCUAAAACUGCUGUUUUCAGCUGCAAGGUUAACACUGGAAGGACCUGGCACCCUGUCAUUGAGCUGAAGUGGUCUGGGUGCCUAUAGUGGUCCUUUAACCCCUUAAGGACCAAACGUAUAGAAUAAAAGGGAAUCAUGACAUGUCACACAUGUCAUGUGUCCUUAAGGGGUUAAGCAAAGUUGAUUGGACGUCGCUUCAUUUUAAAGGUAGACAAUAACCCAAAACAUACUGCAAAAGCAACCCAGGAGAUUUUUUUUGAAGGCAAAGAAGUGCUUUGUUGGGUAAUAGUUUCUUGAUCCAAGGAUAAAUCUGACUGCCAUUCUGGGGUCAAGAGGAAAAAAUGUUUUCAAACACAUACACAUAUACAUAUACAUGAACUCAUAAACACAAAUAUGAAUGGACAGUCACAUAUAUAAGCAUACAUGCAAGAGUAUGGGAAAGCAUAGGUCUACACAUAGUACUUUGUAUAUAGAUAGAAUAAAUAUAUUGGAAUGCGUUUUAAAGUAUUGAUACAUUAGACAGAACAGUAAGAUAAUGUGGGAGAGUGUUCAUGUAAAGUGUUGGUAGUGGGACAGGAAACCCAAAUUAAUACUUAGUCCUCUAUUUUUGCUGUUAAACAAUUUGAUCAUUCUGAUUUCAUAAGUUUUUCUUUCUUGGGUAUUUUUAAAACCCCCUUUCAGUACUUUGAUUUUUAGGUCCUUCACUCAGUGGCCAGGCUGGGUAAAGUGGUGUCCCACAGGAGUGCAGUACGAUCCUUCUUUGUGGUGUUUAAAGGACCACUAUAGUGCCAGGAAAACAUACUCGUUUUCCUGGCACUAUAGUGCCCUGAGGGUGCCCCCACCUUUAGGGUCCCCCUUCCUCCGGGCUCUAGGGGUGGAAGGGGUUAAACUUACCUCUUUCUCCAGCGCCGGACAGGGGACUCUCCUCCUCCUUGGCUGAAUGCGCAUGCGUGGCAAGAGCCGCGCGCACAUUCAGCCAGUCUCAUAGGAAAGCAUUCACAAUGCUUUCCUAUGGACGCUGGUGUCUUCUCACUGUGAUUUUUCACAGGGGGAAGCGCCUCUAGCGGCUGUCAAUGAGACGGCCACUAGAGGCUGGAUUAACCCUAUUAUAAACAUAGCAGUUUCUCUGAAACUGCUAUGUUUAUAGAAAAAAGGGUUAAACCUAGCUGGACCAGGCACCCAGACCACUUCAUUAAGCUGAAGUGGUCUGGGUGACUAUAGUGGUCCUUUAAUGGAGUGUCUGUGUAUAUUCGUUCUGCCAUUUAAUUGCUGGGUGGUUUCCCCAAUGUAACAUCCUAGGUGCAUUUGGUGCAUUGAAUCAUGUAUACCACAUUGCUGAAUGUGUAGAAGUAUGAUCCUUUAAUGCUGUAGGUUUUAUUGUUGUGUGUGGCUGUGUUGUCUGUGCAUAUGUGCUGACACAGUUUGCAGCAAGGUUUUUUGCAUUGACUGGUCCCAUUUUCUUUAUUCUUACCAUCAGUGGGCAGCUUCCUGUUGAUUCAUUUUUGUUGGAGGUUUGGUGGUUGUCUGAAGGACAAAAUGGGUGUUUCAGAGAAAACGUUUUUCAGAGUCUCAUCUUCUGUUAACAUUGGUUGUAGGUCUUAAAUGAUUUUCCGUAUUUUAUUUAAAUUAAAUUCCUCUUCAGCACGUAAGCAUAGACCUCUGCUGAUUGGGAGAGCCUCCUGCUUCUCCUCUUCAAUACUGCAACUUCAGUACAUGUUCUGCAUUUCUUGCUCUUACUAGAGCAAUAUAGGAAUGGAGCUACUAAGUUUAGACACAGAUUUGAUGGCAAUGAAGCCUGCAUGUUGGAGUCAUGGUGGAGGAUUGCCUUGUGAAGGAAAUGGAUGCAUGUAUUACAUUAUUUUAACACCUUGGCAGUUGCAUUGGACUGAAUGUAAUUAUUUUUCAAAAUAUUUAUAUAAUUGAAUAGUUUAUCUCUAAGAUAAAUUUUUCUCUUUGUCUGGGAGAGGUCAGUUAAAGUGAACCUGAACUUACCUGAACUUUCUCCCAUGUACAUUGAAUAUACCGCAUAUCACAAAGAAGAUACAUAGUGCAUUCAGUGUAAAAGAUAAAGAUUUUUGGGGGCGGAGCUAAGCGUCUGAAUGGAAUGGCCGACAAUUCUCAGAGCUCCAGCAAACUGGCAACUAACCCACGCGAGCGGGCAAGAAAACCUGAUGGCGUCGGUCAAUGGGCCUAGUAUCGAUUACAGAUGGACCAUUCCCAGAGCCCUAACAGUAAACAAAGAGGGCACCAUACUGAGACUGUCCUCAUUAGACGAAGCGGAGCCCUUCCUCCAAGCACUUGGGAUUCCUCCAAAAUCCAGAAAAAAACAGCAACCUCCUUGGCCUCCCCUUCCUGGGACCCGAAAAGGAUACAGCCUUCGUCCCCAGGGGUGGAGAAGAGAGGGGCACUAACUUGAAUCCUCUAUUUGACUCUGUAUCCUAUUAUGCUUUCGUACCUUACUCAAUAACCGCAUUAUGUUAUGUCUUUUUUAGUUUAAGGCUGAUUUCUCUUUAGUUUUUAAGUUGUUUCUCACAUAAUUAAUGCAGCUCACCAUAGCUAAAUAGGCAAAACCCUACCGAAGCAUGACACUGAACACAAGCAAACACCUUCUCUACACUCACUCGACUUGGCUGAUACCUUCAACGACCACCUACACUCGUAGCAUUACAGUCUGGAGGGACGACCCACUAAUUCAGGUGUACCGAAGACAGCCGCAGCCUGCCUAAAGCGGCUAGUGGUUUGACCCCCCUCUUUACAAAGCUAUCCCGGUCACACACACAGAGGGUACAGUCGAGGGAUCUGUCCUACACUCUUAGCAUAUAAUGUAUGCACCUUACAUGAUCUCCCUCUUGAGAGGGGGCCCUAUUACAUACACGCCAGACAAUCACAUUGGGGCAGUUUAGGAUCACCUCACCUAAGUUAAACCUCACUGUUACAAUUUUUCCUGCUGCCCAGCAUCAGGCUGCCUUCCACAAGGCUUCUUCUUGUUACACCUCACAUUUUAACACGCCUAAUAUGCGUUCCAGGCAGUAACUAAAUUGUGAUCAGAGAAUUCAUAGGUAUAACCCUGUAAAGGCCUACAAUGCCCUGAGCUCACACUGCGCUCACACUUACAUCUGAAGGGCCUUCACCACACUUUUCCAUUUAAUCGCCUAGCCUACCUAUUCUCGCAUGUUAACACUUAUUUAUGUAGCAUAUGCUAACCUAGCGUGUUUAACCCUUAUAAUCAUAAAAAUAAAAAGGUCAGUUUCUUAGGAGUAUAGAUUACUGUAUAUCGCAUGUGCAGUCGUGUAUUGUCAAUUGAAGAUAUAACUCCUUAUGUCCUAUUUCUGUACCGCUUAUUAUAUGCCUCAAAUAAAAAAAGAGAUUGACAAAAAAAAGUUAAGAUUUACUUCCUUUUCCUCUGUUUCAGUGCUGCUUUCUGUGUGUCACUGUUUGUGUAACACCCGUCUGUGCGCUGGCUUCACUCCCAGCACGCCAUUAUCGGAAUGGAAUGAAGUCACUUUUACUAUACUCUCUAGCUGGCCUUAGCUUCACCGGCUAGGGAGUUUCCAUAGCAACCACAGCGCAUGUGUAGUGGUUGCUAUUUGUGGAGAGCAGAGGGACCUCCUGUGGUAGUUCAAAUCUGCUCUCUCUUAACAGUACACUGACUCAUUGGCUGACAGCUGGAGAAAAAAAUAUUUUUAAAUAGGUUUUUCUCCUGAUCUAUAUAUUUGCUAGCAAAGCAGCAAAGAUAAAAUCAUGAUUGUCAUGUUGUGUGAAAAGUCAGAGUAUGAUGGAAUGUGUGUGCCUGGACUCUGUCUGCAUUUGGAAGGUUUUAAAAUGAUCUGUAAGCAACUUUUAUUAAUUAGUGGUCUUCACUGCUCAAAUAACAGUUCUGUGCUGGAACAACUACUUUCUCGUUAUCUUCCAAUCACACGUUUACUGAACAAACUCUUUCAGUGAGGGAACAUUAGGGAUAUGUUCUCCCAGUAUAUUUCAAGUAUUGGGUGCUCUCUGUAACAGUUCAAUGCUGCGCCUGAUUUAAAAGCUUAGUACAUGCAAAAAGGGAAGAUGUUCAUCCAUUUCCUACCAGGAACUAACUAACUAACUGCAACUUCCAAUUACGCAGAAUACUACAGAAAUCUAUAUGAAAUAUACAUGCAGAAAAGAGUGCACCUUAUAGAACACAUUCCAAGAAAAUCCUUUUUAGAUAUAAUGUCCUUUUUCAUGUUUUUUUGCAAAAAAAAAAAUUGAAUGUUUUGUUUCAUGACAACAUCCUCUCAUCUCAUUUUCUAGAAGGAGAGAUAAAUGGAAAUUAGUGGGAAGUUUAUUCCCUCUCUAGCAUUUUCUCAUUCAAGGGAAUUAGAGGUGCACAUAUGAUAGAAAACCGACAGCUUCUCCAUAAAAACCUGGAUGAGCAAUCUUAGCCAUAGUCCCAUUGAAGAGAAUGUCCCUCGUUAUCACAAACGACUCAGAGCCUGGGGACUUGCUGUAAAAAAAGGGGGCAUUCAGAGGUUAAAAGGGAGAUUUACUUAUUGUGCAUCAUAUAUGAUAAAUGCUUGACAAAUUAACUCUGACAUUUCAUUUUAAGGCAGUGUAUUAUCGUAAAUGUAAAAAAAAAUAAUAGAUACAGUAAUGGGAAAAAGAAAGUACACCCUUUUAAAAUUUAUUUUUGUUAAAUAAAUCAUGACAAUGUGUAAUAUGUCAUGUGUUGUUCAUCUGAGGUUGUAAUUAUUAUUAAAACCUGCUAAGGAACGAUUUUUAUUAUGUCCUGAUAUGUAUAACCACAGAAUUCAAAGAAGGAGUACUUUUUUUUUUUUUCAAAUGACUGUAUAUUUGAAAGUGGAUUCCUUUUAUUAGUGUUUAGAAAGUGUCAUGUUUUACCUUAAGCAAGGUAUUUUGGAGGAAGAGCACAAAUUAGUUAAUUUAGUUAAUUUCAUUGAGAUGUUUAUCUAGCCGUGGCUUUUAUUGACCUAGCCUUUUUAAUUUUCAUGGGAAUUUGUCUUUGCACUCCAUUAAAGCAGCCCUUUCAUGGCCGAAUUCAGUUUUGUUUUGUUUUUUACCCCCCUCCCGACUCCACUACAUCUAAUUGUACCCCCGGUCACCCCCAAAUGCCCCAUUUCCCCAUUUUACAUCUUUUUUUUUUUUUUUUUUGUGUGACCUAGGUCCUGGGAGCUGCCAUCUUUGUGUGGGCAGAUGAAGUCCCUGCACUAGAUAGCUCUGUGAAAUUCCCACGCAUGCCCAGUUAAACACUUGGGCAUGCGAACGGGAAUUUAAUCUAUUUAUUCAUUCGUCAGACAGAUGAAUAAAUAAAUAGAAAUUUUAAACAAAUUAAUGAAGAGGUUUGUUCGUUUGUUUGGUUUAUUACAAGGAGGGAGCUACUGGCGCACAGCUCCCUCCUUGUAAUAUGUAAAAAUAGAAGCGGCAGGGAGCAGUGCUUCCUGCCACUUCCUAAGCCUCCCAUGUUCUCCCUCACUAUGUGGGGGUCAAUUUGACCCCCAUAAUAGCAUAAGGGAGAUUAAAAUCUCCCGAAUGCCCCUACUCGCUAUGGUACCCUCCCUUAACAAAUUCCCCUAUGGUGGGGCAUCUAUUAACUAGUGGGGAGGGACAUAGUGUCGGGCUCGGAGGGCUAUAAAAGUAAACAGGGGACAUAGGGUCCCCCUUGCCCAUUCCCCCCCCCCCCCACCCAAUCUUUACUUAGUGUUUGUAAAUUUGGCUGAAAGACCAAUUUAGGUCUUUCAGCCUUUUGGUAGAUAACCCCCUAUUCCCACAGUAUUAGGGAGCUAUCUACUAAGCGGCUGCAAGAUGCAGCCGCGAUCGGAUCGUAAUUUCAUUUAUUCUAAUUAAAUUCCGAUUCGAACAAAGUCCCGAAUUGCGUCCUAACACGAAUGGAGAAACUGUUUUUAUUCUGUUAGGACGAAAUUUGGUAGUUUCGCCAGCGUUCUGUCUAAGUGACAGGACGUUCGGAAAUGCUGACAGGAAGCGUUGCGAGAUUACGGCGGAAAGGUAAGAAUUAUGGGAAAAUUGCUUUGACCACAGGAAAUGGAGCACACUUUGUUCCUCCGCUGGUCAAGUGUAGGAAACCUCCAUAAGACAAAGUAGUCCCUACUUUGUCUUAUGUUUUAAAGAAAACUAGAGCAGACAGGAAGAAAUGAAGAACAGAUCCUGACAGAGGGAUAGAAGAGGAAUCUAUUAAAGAAAGGUAAGUUCGGCAUGACAGUGCCGCUUUAAGUAUGUGAUGGCUAUAUUAAAUAAGAACUGUCCGCUAUACUAUCAAUAUUUUUUUCCAGCGGAGUCCUUUAUACAUAACUAGUUCAGGAAGCAUGAGAGCAAGUAAAUACAUUAAAACACAAAUACAAAACCUUAAUCUAUGACUUCUCAAAAAAUAAUACAAGAGAUAAAAAAUAGAUGAAAUUAGAUGCCCAUACAUUUGUUUUAUUUGGCAGGGAGUCAGGACAUCAACUCUACAGUUAUCUGCACUGCAAGAGGGAGACUACACUUUUCAGCUGACUGUUACAGACUCUGCGGGACAGCAGUCUACCAGCGAGGUUACUGUAAUUGUUGAACCAGGUAAUCCAGUUUGGAAGCAAUGCAAAUCAAUUGAAUAUGUCUAAUGCUAAGCUCUAGUCUUGGUUUGUUUCAUCCUGUGAUGGUACGUCUGACAUCUGAAUGGAUGUGAUCUAUUCACAGUUUCCAAGGAAUAAUUUAAUUUGUGCACAUUAUAAUAUCAAUAAGUCACUAGUGUAAUGUAGUCAGUAAAUGAAUAAAUGGUGGUAAUAUAUGUAAUAUUGAAGUGUAGUAAAGUUAUUCAGUAAUGACUACAAUGAAUUAUACCUCACCCAAGUUGUUUUUUUGUUUUUUUUUGUAGUGGUAUUGUUUAUUCAUACAUUUUAAUAAGGUGAAUGCAAUAAAUGUUUGUAGUAGUAACGAUUCUAUAUAUGUUGAUCAGUGCUAACCAUCAGGGCUCCAGAUUUCCACUCUCCAACAGUCUUCAGUCAGUGAGAAAUUUGUCCUGGCAAGUAGAAAUUCACCUACCUACUAUGAGUGUGCCAUGGACAAUUGUAGAUUAUGCUAACGUAGUGUACCUAUAAUCUUAAUUUUAAUAAUGACAGGAGGCAAAUAUUUUGCAUAACUUUCUUUACUUUAUGCCUCCAGCAGCACAAGUCAAUCAGAAAAAAAACUUUAAACCAAUCAGUAACAGGUAUCACAUCCAUAUAUAAAGCCCUGACAGACACAUGACUUCCUCUUUCUUUGAUGCGAAAAACAGUCUAUUAUAACGUCAGGGAAUUCAAAUAACAGUCCUGAGUAACGUGUAGCACAUAACUUGAAACAAAACUUGAAACCUUACAGCUUUAUCUUGUCGAAUCCAUCUAUGAUGAUUAUGCUGAAAAGAACAGAAAUACGUGAAAGGUGAUGGAAACCAACUGUUGUCCACUUAUAUUAAGUUAAUAUACUGAAACAUUAAACAACCAUAGUAUACUUAAUAAAUCAACAUGGAUCUAACAUAUGUCAGCCAGGUAAGCAUCCCAUAAAUAUACUGAAAUACUAAAACCUUAUAAUUACACUGAGAAGAUGACAAACCAGAAUAUUAGAAUUUUCCAGAGUACAGGGAGGGAAAAUAUUCGCCUCCUGUCAUUAUUAAAAUUAAGAUUAUAGGUACACUACGUUAGCAUAAUCUACAAUUUUAUCACAUGACAGGAGGCUUCAUAUUUUGUAUUUUUAAAGCUGUGGUAUGAGCGAGAAGGAUGCGUGUGUGGUUGACGAAAAUAAAUAUACGGAAGUAGUCUAUCCGUGUCCAAUUCGUCGCUGUAAAAUAUAGAGGCCCCCCGUGAAGGCCUGAGAAGCAGCCGCGCUUCGUACCUAACGAGUACCCAAAACACGUCUCCACCCCUGCUAGCGAUAACAACCAAUGAACCCACCUAGACAGAGUGUUCAUGGUAACUGGCUUGUAUGGUUGGUAUAAGACCAGCAGAUGUCCUGAAUGUGACAAUCUAAGUGUGGUCGUGAUCUCCAUGUAACAAAGUACCGCUUUAACUGCACAAAGACUGGGAAACCGCCGGGAACAGGGUAAGAUACGAAUGCGGAUAAGAUUUAGUUCUACGAGACGCCGUAGAAAUCAUUCCUGCCAGUGAUACCGAAAAGACCGUCUACAUCGAUACCCGACGAAAAGACCUAAAAGUAAAGUGACUAUGGCUGACAGCUGACGGAGGGAUAGGUCCGUGUUAUCUGACUAGUUCCAAAAGAACCAAAUCAAAGUCCCAUAACAGUGAUACUUUGACGCAUGGUUCUGGACAGUUUGAUCCCCCGCAGAAAGUGGCAUAUCAAAGGCUCCUGAUCGACCGGAGUGUUGUGAAUCGUACUAUGCGUCAUCGAAAUCGCGGAACGUAUCCCGUUAACAGAAUGGUCCGAUCGGCCCGUAGUGAAAAGGUAUGAUAAAGAUUCAGCAUCGAAGAGAUAGGGGUAAUAAAGGGAUCGCAGUCCCUUUCCAUACACCAGCGAACUCCAGGUGUUCCAUGCGGAUAAGUUAUUUCGGGGAAUACCUGGUGUCCAUGAGUCCCAUAGUCGGUCACUAGUUGUUUGCGAUAGUGCCUUGACAUACCAGUCUCCCCUGAAAGACACUAAUCCACCAACUCCAGACGCUCCUGCAUUAUCAAUGGAUGAUCUCCUUUUGGAUCUGUCUGAAGGCAAGUUAAAACUAAAGGAGCAGAGGAUGAUCCGAUUUAAGGACAACCAUUCUGGGUGCCAAGCUUGACUUCUUUACCGCGGUAACGAGUACUAUCAAAGUCUUCGCUAUUCUAAUCCCAAUUUCAUAGGUGUGUCCGGAUCUCAGGCAGUGAGCUUUCAGCCGCUGUCUGGCCUGGUAGUGAAGCGGUCCUGGGAAAUAGUCAAAGGGUUAUGGUGCCUUUCCGCCGUACCCGUCGAAUUUCCUUACGAAUCGUCGCUAUCAAUGAUGUGGGAAGGUGUAAUCCGCCCAAGGUGGAAUCUAUUCCGAAGUAGAAGAACUGAAUCACUCGGAACUGGGAUCGAACCGACUCCUCUCUGUUCACUAUGAAUCCCAACAAUUCCCGAAACUGUAAACGUAGUCAGGAAUUAGAUUUGCAAAAGGUCAGUAAGUCGUCUAGGUAUGCGACAGCGGAUACCCUUUGCUCUUCAGUGCGCCGUGACCGGCUUCAGAAACUUCAUGAGGCACCAUGUGAACCAGUAGGUAAGUGCCCUUCAAAUCCAACCUUGCGAACCCCUUUCGAGGAGUAGAUCCCAUAAGAGAUGGAUACCUUCCUUCUUGAGUUGUCGGUAUGCCUCAAAACCAUUGGGUUGGCGUAGGUUAAUGACUGGGCGAUAGUCUCCUGUCUUCUUCCUUACUACCAAACCGUUGCUGAGAUAAAUGGUUCUCCAAACAAUAGUCCGUCCGACCUGAGGUCCUCGCUCGUUCGUACCUAACUUCAAUAGUUUGAAAUCCAUCGUUAAUCGGGCUGCUUUGCGCCGUUCUGUGCACCUGUCUGCCUUGCGUUCCCCAGCCUACAUAUUUCCCUUUGCACCCAUUCCCUCACAUCGUGAGCUUCUAGAGGUGAGUCUUGGGUGGGGUCAGGUCCGCAAAGUAUAGAAUUUUUUCCCGAGGCUGAUCAUGUCCAGUAUUUCAUCCUCCCUCGUUUUGAGUCCUUCUCCUACACCUUUACAUGGACGCCGGCCUGCUCGGGACAAAAAUAUCACCAAAGGGUGCCCAGUGCUCCGGUAAACCCUAUUCGGAUGACCCUGGGUGUUGGAUGGUGCGUGAGUCAAAACAAGAGUGUCCAGUGUGCCAAUGAAAAACCUUUCUUGCUAGGCGGGUCUUGUCACUUUACCUCUUCAGAUGGAGACUCUUCUGAUCUCCAUUCUUUCAUGAUCUCCAGAGAAGGGAUGAAGUCCUCCACCCCUGAUGAUGGAGCCUGAGAUGAUUAAUGGACAGGACGUUCUGAGAGACAGCUCCGCUAAGUCGGGGUGUUCCCUUUCCCCUUAGGAGAAGCCGCGUUGGAGCCCUUCUAAUGGUGUGUAGAUGGUAAGGUGUCCGACUUAACGUUGUCGGUAUCUCUAGCUUCCAUUGGUGUUGGUGCCGUUGCACUCGCUCUGUCGGAUGGGUUGUUAGCCAGCAUAUUAGAGAGUACUUCUUCCCCCAAAGCUGCCAUGGCGGCCUUAAUCCUCGCCUGAAAAUCGGUCGGGGAUAUUGAGGGUCACCCUCAAUAAGACCGGGAUGAGCGGUCAGUAAUGUCGGGACAUAGCCCGUGUAUGGGGUGGUAUGGUAGCCUCCAAAUUAUCCAAGGAUUCGUAGUGAUAUAGUACUGUGGAGAAUUGGCAGCACCGUGAGCUCUCCUUCCUGGCUCUGUCGAUCUAUAUGUAUCCAGUGUGUCCCGGUCUGUGCAUACAGUAACAGAUCGUACUCCGUGGAUAUGAGCCCGUCCUUGGGCGUGGGGGUUCCCCCCAGUAUAUGUAUGUCACUAGUACCGGAAUAAGAUUCGCUUGGGGUUCACCCAUUGUAGGGGGUUCACCCCAGUAUAUGUAUGUCACUAGGACAGGAACUAGAUUCGCUUGGGGGUCACCCAGCAUAAGGGGGGGUCAUCCCUGUACCACAAUGUCACUUUGGAGAGUUGUCUGCCACACUUGGGGGUCACCCAGCAUAAGGGGGUUCACCCCUGUUAAUCACUCCGUUAUGUGCCUCCACUACUGUGUCAUGGGAGGUGUAUCACUGUGGGGAAGGAGUGGAUCCAGUGGUUGUGAGGUCCAGUGGGAGUAGGGAGCUGAGUAAUUUAUCAGCUCUAUUUAAUUUCCCUGCCAGCAGAUAGAGUAAUGUAUCCACUAUGUGCCCACAGCAGGGAACAGUCGAUUCAUAAUCCUCCAGACGUACAAUAAAACUGUUAUUCAACAUGUCAAUUGUAUAGAACAGAAUAGAGCAAACUGCCAGCAGACAUAGUUACAUAGUUACAUAGCUGAAAAGAGACUUGCGUCCAUCAAGUUCAGCCUACCUCACAUUUGUUUUUUGCUGUUGAUCCAAAAGAAGGCAAAAAAACCCAAUUUGAAGCACAAUUUUGCAACAAGCUAGGAAAAAAAUUCCUUCUUGACCCCAGAAUGGCAGUCAGAUUUAUCCUUGGAUCAAGCAGUUAUUACCCUACAUUGAAAGAUUAUAUCCUUGAAUAUUCUGUUCUUGCAAGUAUGCAUCUAGUAGCCGUUUGAACAUCUGUAUGGACUCUGAUAAAACCACUUUUUCAGGCAGAGAAUUCCACAUCCUGAUUGUUCUGACAGUAAAAAAACCUUUUCCUUUGCCUUAGACGAAAUCUUCUUUCUUCCAGUCUAAAUGCAUGGCCUCGUGUCCUAUGUAAAGUCCGGUUUGUGAAUAGAUUUCCACACAAUGGUUUGUAUUGGCCCCGAAUAUAUUUGUAUAAUGUUAUCAUAUCCCCUCUCAGGCGACGUUUUUCUAAACUAAAUAGGUUUAAAUUUGUUAACCUUUCUUCAUAGCUGAUAUGUUCCAUUCCUUUUAUUAAUUUUGUAGCCCGCCUCUGCACUUUUUCCAGUGCCAUAAUAUCCUUCUUUAGAACAGGUGCCCAAAAUUGCACAGCAUAUUCAAUAUGGGGUCUUACCAGUGAUUUAUAAAGAGGCAAAAUUAUAUUCUUGUCCUGAGAAUGAAUGCCCUUUUUCAUGCCUGACAAUACCUUACUGGCCUUGGCCACUGCUGAUUGACAUUGCACAUUGUUGCAUAGUUUGUGGUCUAUAACAAUUCCCAAGUCCUUUUCAUGUGUUGUUAUCUCUAAUUCGCUUCCAUUAAGGGUAUACGUUGUUUGUGUAUUCUUUAUGCCGAAGUGCAUAACUUUGCAUUUUUCAACAUUAAAUUUUAUCUGCCAUUUGAGUGCCCAGUCCCCCAGUCUAUCUAAAUCCCUCUGCAGCAAAGUAAUAUCUUGCUCACAUUGUAUUGUUUUACAAAGUUUGGUGUCAUCUGUAAACACUGAAACAUGACUUUCAAUGCGGUCUUCAAGAUCAUUUAUAAACAUGUUAAAUAGAAGGGGUCCCAGAACAGACCCCUGAGGGACACCACUUGCCACCUCUGUCCAGCUUGAAAAUUUACCAUUAAUGACAACUCUUUGUACUGUUUUUAAGCCAAUGUUCUACCCAAGAACAAGCAUUUUCAUCUAGACCGAUUUCCUUGAGUUUGAACACUAAUCUAUUGUGUGGAACUGUAUCAAAUGCCUUGGCAAAAUCCAAAUAGAUUACAUCCACGGCAACACCCUGAUCUAUACUUCUACUUACUUCUUCGUAGAACGCAAUCAAGUUAGUUUGACAUGACCUGUGCUUCAUAAAACCAUGCUGAUUUUUGCUGAUAACCAUUUUCUUCUCAAGGAAUUCUUGAAUAUUAUCCCUUAAUAACAUUUCAAAUAUUUUACCAGCCACAGAAGUUAAUCUCACAGGUCUAUAAUUUCCAGGCAAGGAUUUUGAACCCUUUUUGAAUAUAGGAACCACAUCUGCCUUCCUCCAAUCCUCCGGAACACUUCCUGAAAGAAAAGAAUCUUGAAAGAUUAAAAACAGAGGUUCACUUAUUUCUACACUUAGUUCCUUAAGUACACGUGGAUGGAUACCGUCAGGCCCUGGAGCUUUGUUUAUAUUAACUUUCUUUAGUUGCUGCAGCACCUUGUCUUGAGUUAACCAAUUACAAUUAUUCUGCAAGUUUUUAGUAGCAAUCAUUUGCACAUCUAUUGCCAUGGGUUCUUCCUUAAUAUAUACGGAGGAGAAAUAGUUAUUUAAAAUUCUUGCCUUUUCCUGGUCUUCAUUAACUAACACCCCCGUUUCAGUUUUUAGUGUACCUACACUUUCAUUUUGUUUGUUUUUUAGAAUUUAUGUACUUAAAAAAUGAGUACUGCAUCCACUAUAUGCACACAGCAGGGGUCAGUCCUACAUAUUCAUGCAGAGUUACAUAUAAAACUUUUAUUUCACAUGCCAAUGAAAUAUGACCGUAUAGAGCUCAGCAGUGAACAGUCCAUUCAUAAUCUCCCAGAAAAGGUACAUAUAAAACCUUUAUUCCACAUGCCCAUGAUAUGUAUAAGUAUUGAGCUCAAAAGUACUUGUAAAACUUUGUUUUCGCAGGAAAAAUAUUUUAAACAGUACAGAUCUAGCUGGCCGUUUGUGGGAAUCACGAACUGGCUAAACGACAUGGCCGACGUGAAUUUCGCGAGUGCCGUGUGGCCCGCGAUCGCGCGCAAAAGUGCCGUUUGGCCCGCGAUCGAGGAUACGAUCGCGGCCCGAUGGUAUGGAACAGAGUCCCCCCGACACCCCUAACUCCCAGAGACCUGCCCUGAAGUCCCAGCACCAGUGAAAAAAAAAACACGAUCGCGGUAAAACUAUGUGAUCCGUGCGAGACCAGAGUAAAGCAUAGGAAAGAAAAGGUGCCAGCAACAGAAAACCAAACAGGCUAAUAAAGCAGAAAAUACAGGGUUAAUUCGGGUGAAGGGUAAUGGGGAGAAUAUCACACUAUACAAGUCCAAAUGGAAGGCAAGUGCAAAAUAAUGAAAAACGUUUAGAUCAAAAUUGCAGGACAAGCUAAUAAAGUUUAACUAAAGUGGCCAUGCAUAUCCAGAAACAGUUUGGAGAAAAACUGAAUGUCCAACAUUGAAAUCUAACUAAAGUGAUCAUAGCAAUAUUAAUUAAAAAAAAGUUGGAGCAAACUGAAAGUCAAUUAAUAAAGUUUAAUUAAAGUGACCAUUGCAAUAUCCAGAAAACCAGUUUGGAUUAAAACUGAAUGUCUAGCAUAAGGUGUCUAACUACAUUGACCAUAGCAAUAUUGAUAAAAACAGUUUGGAGCAAACUGAAAGUUAAGCAAUACAUGUUUAACUAAUGACAAUUUGCAAUAUCAGUAAAACAGUUUGGAGCAAAAUACUCUGACCUGUGCCUUGGCUGGUAAGCAGAAAAGAAAGAGGUCAUGUGUCUGUCAGGGCUUUAUAUAUGGAUGUGAUACCUGUUACUGAUUGGUUUAAAGUUUUUUUUCUGAUUGACUUGUGCUGCUGGAGGCAUACAGUAAAGAAAGUUAUGCAAAAUAUCAAACUUCCUGUCAUGUGAUAAAAUUCAGGCUUGUAGUGUACCUUUUAAUUCCUGGCUAGUAACACAAUAUUGACAUUUUAAAUCAUGCUAACCAUUUUCUUAUCUUCCAGAGAAUAACAAACCACCUGAGGCUGAUGCCGGACCGGACAAGGAGCUCACCCUACCGGUGGACAGUACCAGACUUGAUGGCAGCCGGAGCACAGAUGAUCAGAAGAUUGUUUCUUAUCUGUGGGAGAAAACACAGUGAGUAUCUAAAUUCCUUACUCAGUUACCCAGGAAUUUGAUAAUUCUGCACUCUGUACUCUCAAGAAGCAAAUGCAAGUACAAAAGUAGACACGAUUUAUUUAAAUGUGGAAACAAAGUAGGAAGUGUAGAUCGGGAAUUCAGAUGUAAUUUUGAUAUACCGACAUUUCCUCACUUUGGAGCACAGCACACAAAACUGGCGAUUGGAAGUGGACUAUUUUGUGAUCAUUUUCGGAGUAUAAAUAUGUGCUCAUAGACCGGAGAGUAUCAUGUGGCUACAGUCCUAAUCCCAGUACGAUUAAAAGGGUUAUGGGUAUUUGCUUUUUCAAUUAUCCUUAGGAAAUAGAAACGACAACAGAAGGUUGCUGAAUGAAGUAGUUCAUAAGAACUAAAGAUGCGUAGGAAGUCUAAAAAGAGCACUAUAACACCUAAAACCACACUAAAAUGAAAAAUGACAUGUAGAUACUGUGACAGCCACAACACAGGUAUAGAAUAGACCCAAAUAUUUAUUGUAGUGGGAUUUAUUUGAAAAUAUGUUGAAGACUGUACAGGCUUCCUAACCUCAGAAAACAACAAACAAGUGGCCUAAGUUUUAUAUAUGUGCAAUAUAACAGAGGUCUAUACAAUUUCUUUAGGGGACCCGAUGGUGUGAAAAUCAUGAAUGACACCAGCAGCAUUGCAGUUGUGAGUGGCCUGCAAGUUGGAAACUAUGAGUUUACUUUGACGGUGAAGGAUGAGCGAGACUUGAAAAGCCAGAGCAUUGUCAGCGUCAUCGUAAAGGAAGGUAUGUCCUAGUUGCAGAGUGGAAGAUGGGAUGUAGCAUCUGAUGUUUCAAAUAGAAAAUUCAUCUCUACAUUUCAUAUAGAAAAUGUUAUGCUAUAGUAAUGCCAAACAUCGAAUAUUAAUUCUUUCUGUUUAUGAUGUACAUGCUGACUUUCAUAAAUGUAUUAAAACAAAAAGCAAAAUAACUUUUAAAUCUACUUGCCUAUUUAAGUUCUUUCCUAUAUGUAAAAGUAUGCAAAUUAAUUGCACAAAUAAAUCUGGAUCUCAAAAUCUCAAAAUUCCAUUGAACUUUUUUUUUUUUUUUAAGUUAAAGUCUUUAUUGCUAUGUGAUUUAUGCUCUGGUAAGUUAUUUCAGUAAAACAGCACUAAUUCUUUUAACAUUCUUUCCAGAGAUGAACAAGCCACCGAUCGCCAAGAUUGCUGGCAACAUUGUUAUCACUCUCCCUAGCAAUACUGCAGAACUUGAUGGCUCCAAGUCUUGGGAUGAUAAGGGAAUAGUUAGCUACCAAUGGGAAAGGGAUGAGGGGAGCCCUGCUGCUGGAGUGAGUAGCCCUUUGAUUUCCUGCACUAUUGUGUACUCAUGUUAAAUCUCACCCCGUUUCUCAAGGUGCUAAAAAAUGCUUAAGUAUCAACAGAGAAAUAUACACCGUUAAAUUUGAAAUUCACUUUGAAUUCUUACUUUAGUAAAUAACCCUGAUUGUAGGCACACUCAAAUUACUAUCCAUACAUAAAUUAAAGAGACGCUCUAAGCACCAUAAGCUCUACAGCACUCCACUCGGAGUGGUUGUGGUGUCAGAAAUUCUUUGGAUCUGUCCCACAGUGAGCUGUCAAACCAUUUCAUAAAUUAUUUGAUGCUUACCUUGCUCUGAGGUGCCUGCAGUCAUUCCACUCUGCACUGAAAUUCUAAAACAGAAAUUUAUACUUCCACAUUAGCAUACCAACUUUGGAUAUUAUUCAUUGGAUUGGCUGAGGAGUGUUAGCGAACUCUCUCAACCAAGGAAUAAUCUCCAACGUUUCAACAAAAUUUACGAUAUUGUACGUGCAGUACUUUCAACUUCCACUUUAGCAUAUCAGAGCGACCUGUCUGUAAAUAGUUUGACAGCUUACCCUUAGAAAGCUCCAGGACAGCUUAACCUUAGAAGGCUCCAGGACAGCUUACGAUUGGAAGGAGCCACAAUGUAGUUUAAUUUUCAUGUAUGUCCUAUGCAGGAUAUAUGAGAUAUUUUCCUGAAUAGGUACUUGUGAAUGUCUUGGCAGCAUGGAUACAUAUAAGAAGCGUAACAUAAGGCAAAGAUGGGUUGGACAGCCUCAUUUCAUGUAGCUUAAUUCUAAGUCAGUAAGUCUUUAGGAAUAUUGUCGAAAAAAAUUGCCAUAGUAAAGUAAGGAUAUAAUGGAGUGGAUUGUGUAUAUAUAUGAAAUAAAGGUGGGAUCACAGGCCACAAUACGCCAGAGUGAUAGACUCUUUUGUUGCUGUACAUGUAUAGUCAAAAUGCCACAUUUUGUAAUUGCUCUAUAUAUGGGCAGUUAGGGCGCAUUUUUCAUAGUAACUUUAUUGUCCUAGUACCUUGAUGUAAAUUGACAUGCUUAGGUGCCACUCUCAGGAUAGUUGCUUAUCAUGACCUAAGUUUGUUUAAACACUUGUUAAGAUGUGUAUAAAGUGAAGGUUAACAUAAUGAUAAUUCUUUCCCUUGCUACAGGAUGUGCUCAAUAACUCUGACCGGCAUGCAGUCUUGUUUCUCUCUAACCUCGUUGAAGGCACUUACACUUUUCACUUGAAAGUGAUGGAUGCUAAAGGAGAGAGUGACACUGACCGGGCGACAGUUGAGGUAAAACAAGGUGAGUCCUUCUGAACACAAAAAUGGCAUUAAGUAACCUACUCAGGCAAAUAUAACUGUACUGCAUGUAUACAAUCUGUUAGCUCUUGACGCAAAAUGCUAAUAAUAUGCUCAGAUAGUGCAGUGAUGUGACCUUAUGUACCAAGCAAGUCUCAGCUAUGUUCAGCUAGCAUGUUAAUCCCCAUAGGCUGCAUGAUUGACCAGUUUACUGUAUUACUAAAUAUCGAGACAGGCAGAUUUUUUGUGCAACCAUGAUUCAACGUUUCCCAUCCUGAAUAUAAAAAAAACUGUGCUAUGUAUUUUAAUGCCAUUCCUAUGUUAAUGUAUGUUUCCAUACCUGCUUGCGCCAGCUAUCAUGGCAGUGCAAACAUGAUUGUUCACGCUAAGCACAAAUAAAAUAAAGAAUAAAAACAAAAAAAAAGGCAUUAAGGCAGGGCUUGAUAAAUUUGUUUGGCAUCUAAGAGCCAGCUAAAAAAGUUAUGAGCCAGUUGUUUUUUUUAAGGGAUACUAUAGUAACCAGAACCACUACAGACUAAGUUCUUGUAGCCUUUUCAAUGUAAACACAGCCUUUUCAGAGAAAAGGCAAUGUUUACAUUGCUGUUUAGUAACCCCUCUAGUGACAGACACUCAGAUGGCCACUAGAGAGUCCUGUGUCAGUGCUCUGUAUGGAGGCGCUGAAUUUUACCCAUAGAGAACAUGCGUAAUAUCCUCCCAAUGCUUUCCUACGGGAAAGCAUUGGCUUAGCUGAGUUCAUUAAGAUCUCUGUUAUGGAGGCGGGACAAGCCAUGGCAAAACCAGCACGGCAUGGGAAAAAAAGUGAUUAAAAACACCAAUCGUGAUCUGAGGAGGGCAGGCACCUAAACAGACACACACUCUCUGACAGACAUACAUACGCACACACAUUGAUAGUGGCAUAUACACAUUCAUUGACAGAGACAUAGACACACAUACAUACACACACACACACACACUUUCUCUAACACUGACAAAUUUAUAUUUGUAAUUAUAAUCCACCCAGCUUCCAUCCUUUUGGGAGAGCUGAGUAGACUUUCCCUGGGGUCCAGUGGGGCUGCUUGCUUAUCCUGCAUGCGAGGGAGCAGUAAUCUACCUGCAGCUGCUCUCUGCUCCCCGUAGUGAUGCCGGGGCCAAAACGACAUCAUAUUCCAGCUCCCGGCAUCACUAUACAGCGGGAGGGAGCAGAGAGGAGCUGCAGGAAGAUCACUGCUCCCUAGCAUGCUGCCCCAGCCUGCUGCCUCCAUGCUCCCUGAGAGUUGUAUAGAGUGAUAUAUAAAACUGUUUAAUUAUUUAUCGUCUGGUAAAACAUGUAAAAUCAAUGUGUAUACGAACACAUGCACACUACAACUGUUAAUGACUUGUCCCCUGUCUGCCCUACAUUUGCAGAUGCUAUGAAAAACAACCUGGUUGAGAUGAUCCUGGAUGUAAGUGUCAGCCAGCUGACCGAGAGACAAAAGGGAAUGUUUAUGAGGCAAAUUGCAGUUCUCCUAGGGCUACUGGAUUCAGACAUCAUUGUCCAGAAGAUUCAGCUAUAUACGGAGCAGAGGUAAGUUGCAACCCAGUGACAAUCCAGGGAGGAUUUAUCACCAUUGGAUUUCUGCAUUAAAAUGUUUUCUUUCAUAAUAUCUCACAUAUUUUAGGAGGGAAAGAGAGCCAAAUGUUGGAGAAAUAGUACAAGAGAAUAAUGAAUUUUAUUGCAGCAAACAUAUUAGCAAACAAAGAGAAAAUAAUCAAGAGCAUUUUUGCAUUAUGUUCUAACAGAACAAAAAUUGUGCAUUUUAAGCCUUAAGUGUUCCAAUAAGUAAUCCUAACAGUGCAGGAUAUCAUAACAUAAUUAUUUCAUUUAAUGACUGCAAUGCGAUAUAUGUUGUUGUGCAGGGCUUUAAUGCCCGGUGUCUAGAUUACUGCUGGCACUAGGUAGCCCCAAGUAUCAUUCACUAUGUGAGGCUCCCCUCUGUCAGUCUGGGCCAUAAUUAGUGGCUCCAGACUGACAGAUGGCUGUAUGCAACUCUCAAAUUGAUCACCACAGCUGAAUGAUUGAUUUGAUAUCCACUGAUUAGCUGAAAAGACCCUGGUGAGAUGUACCUGCAUGCCCCCUGCUAAUACCUGUGUGAUCGGCGUGGUGGCAUGAGUGGGAGAUUUCCCUAUCAACCUCCAGUCUCCCAGUAUAGAGGAUUCACAGAAUUCUCAGUACUGUGUUAUCUGGGAAAUACUGACAUCAGCAGAGGGAAUCCCUCUGAGGUAGGUUUAACGUUGCUGUUAGGGCUAAGAUUGUCAGUAGGGUUAUGGUUGAUGUUUGAGGUAGAAUUAGGGGUAGGGUUAGGUUUAGAAAUAGCACCAAUGUUUAAUGCUGUUCAAUAGGGUGACACAGUUAAUGCCACUUCACCAGAUUGCAUCCCUUGUAUAUAAGCAAAGAGGCAUAUACGCUAUUUGACCUUACAAGUCCCUCAAACUUCUGCAAAGGUAUAAAUGUGGGGUUUUGUAAUCAAGAACAGUAGCAGAAUACAAAUAUGAUGUCUUUACAGAAAUGGGAUGUGGUCUGUGAAAAGAUCUAUGAAAAUAAACUGUGUGAAAAAACACAAAAAGUUGCACAUGUGUAGAAAAAGAUAUUAAAUGUAAGAUUGAGCAAAAUAUUCAGUUUUUUUGUUUAUAUAUUUUUUCUUAUUUCCAUUAUUAUUUUUAUUUACAUUAUAUUUUAUUCAUAUUUAAUUUUUAUGUAUACAUAUAGAACACCAAAAUAAGGCCAAUUUUCUCCUUUUAAAAAGUAUAUAUAAUAUGUAUAAGUGCAUUUUAAAGCGACACUGUCAAGCCAAACUUGCCUUUCUACUAUAGUUUCCUUCUUUUUUUUUUUUUCUCCCUCUCUCAGAAUCUGUUUUUCUUUUCUUUUUCUUGCUGAUCUAGUUUUCUUUAAAACAUAAGACAAUAUAGGGACUACUUUGUCUUAUGUAUUUUUCCCUACACUUGACUUAAAGGUACACUGUAGGCACCCAGACCACUUCAGCUCAUUGAAGUGGUCUGGAUGCAAUGUCUAAUGCCCUUUAACCCUAUGUGGUAAUUAAUUAAUUCUCAGAAACUGCAAUAAUUACUUUGCAGGGGUAAUUCCUCCUCUAGUGGACUUCCGGGUGCUUAGACAACUUUUGGUCAUCUAAAUGACACUGGACGUCCUCACGCUAUGCAUGAGGACUUCCAGCGUCGCUGGAAUCCCCAUAGUAAGGCAUUGAUUAAUGCUUUCCUAUGGGGAAAUCCUAAUGCGAGCCAAUUGCUGCGCAUGCGCAUUAGGUUUUCCCCUGUCUUUGGGGGAGGAAUGUUGGCCAGCUCCUAGGGACAGUGGCGCUGGAUUCAGGUAAGUGACUGAAGGGGUUUAACCCGUUCAGCGCAGCGGGAGGGGGGCACUGUAGGAUUCUAUAGUGCCGUGAAAGCUGCUUUGUUUUCCUGGCACAAGAGAAUCCCUUUAAGUCGGCUCCAUUUCCUGUGUCAAGGAGAAGAGUGAGUACUUUCUCUGACACAGGAAAUGGAGCUGACUUAAGCUCCUCCUUUGGUCAACGAAAUUAAAGCAUAGAAAAAAUACCUAGGACAAAGUAGUCCCUACUUUGUCUUAUGUUUUAAAUAAACAUAGAUCAAAAAUAAAGAAAAGAAGAACCGAUUCGGAGAGAGGAAGAGACGAGGAAGCAAUAGGAGAAAAUAAUAUUCGGCGGGACAGUGCCACUUUUAAAAGAAACAAACACGUGGUAAAAGGCUCAAAAAAGGCCAUGGUCAGAAACAAACUUUUCAAUAGUUCUUGUUCCUUAAGGGGUUAAAAUACAUUUAUCUUUCACUUUCUAAUCAUCUUUUAACUAUUAAAUUAUUAUUUUUAUUUUUUAUUUAUAACACCCUAAAAGCAAAUAGAGAUCCAUAGGUCUCAAAGCAUUUUGUACCCAUUUCCUGUCUUGCAGGCUCACUACAGCUAUCCCUGCUCUUUUUUCUAAAUUGUUUACCAAUUGCAGCUUAUAACAAACCAUAAAGUGUGCUAAAUCUCAAGGAGAAAAACAUAAAACCACUUAAAUCACUCUAAAUGUAUUAAAGUGCAUAUAUCGUAUAUCUGUGCAAAUCACUGUGCAAAGUUUAAGCAUAAAGUGAAAUGUGCAAAAACACUCAAACGGUGCAGAAAAGUACUAUUGCAAUUGUGCAUUUCAAUAAAUAACAUAAUACUCACAUAAUAUAGGAAAAUAGUACCAGAGCGCUAAAUGGAUUAAUGGAAGCUCUAUAGGGGCAAACAACUAGAGCUUAUGGAAAACGUUACAGUUUGUAAUGAUAUACUCUAUUUCAAAAUUGUUUCAUAUAUUUCAGCUACCACACUUCGUUUUCCCUUCACCACAUUAUAAAAGACAUCUAAAAUAGAAUAGUUUUUAAGAAGUGGAGCGAUAUUAAGAUAAGUACCUUCCCACAUGCAACAUAAAUUAGAAAAAUGCGAAAAAGGAUGAUACUUAAAUUCCUCACGGAGUGACACUCUGAUUCAUAUGGUACAUGUAAAAGAAGGAAUUGAGAUAAUAGUGCAAAUCUGUAUGGAUAAUAGUUAUAUACCACUUUUUUAUUAGUGCUGGUUAUCACGUACAUUAUAUUGGUAGGCUGGAUGUUAAAAUAACAAUUUAUUAACAAUCACAGUGAUUUAACAAUAAAAAUAUGCUAAAAAUCAAAACAAUAAGAUUCUCCAACAGAAAAUUGUGUAAACAGAUGACUGCUUACUAGAAUAGGUGGUGAGUACAACGGUAUAUGUUCCCGUUACUCACAAAUAUGCUGUCCCACACUGGGAGAUGUCUCCUGUGGGUUGAGUCAGGCAGAGUUCCAGAGUUCUCCAAUCCAGACAUAUAUAAAUUUGCAUAAAUGGGAGCAAACUUAGCCCCCAUAGCAUUCCCUUGGCAUUGCAGAUAAUGUUUAUUAUAAAAAAUAAAAUAAUUGUUGAUUACAAUCCAUUCUAUACUAUUUGUUAGAAACUCUACAUGCUCUACUGAGAAUUUUUCAGUUCCCUGUAAACAUUCACAUAUUACCAUCCAUCCUAAGCUAUGGGGUAUAGAGGUAUAAAAGGAUGAUACAUAACUUGUCACCAGAAUAAAUGUUUCUUUCCACUCUAUUCCCUGUAAAAUCCUAAUAAUAUCUGUAGCAUCAUUUAGAUAUGACUGCAUGGCCUUCACUAUAUCCUGUAAGUGGAUAUUGACAGAUUUGGUUAAAUUAGCUGAUAUAGAGCUUAUGCCCGAGACUUUGGGUCUCCCAGGGGGUUAUUUGCAUCUUUGUGCACUUUUGGCAGGAUAUAGAAGGUAGGCGCAUGUGGAUGUUCCUUUUUAAGUAAAUCAUAUUCAUCAUUUUUAAGUAUACCCAACUCCUUACCUCUAUCUAAAAGUGCAUAAAGGGAUAUUUGAAUGAUAGGCGUUGGGUCUCUAUCCAAUUCGCUGUAGACAUCUUUAUCUCUUAACUGCCUAUAACAUUCCUUUAAAUAUUUCUUAGUGUCUUGUAUGACUAUACUACCCCCCUUUUCUGCAGGUUUAAUUAUGAUGUUUUUAUUUUCCCUUAAUCUUUCCAAGGCACAUUUCUCAUUCAAAUCUAAAUUAAAGAUCUGUUCAUUUUUAUUUCUUGAUUCUAUUUUCUCAAAAUCUUCAAUAACAGACUACUCAAAUAUGUCAAUAGCACUGGUACGAUAUGUCCUCGGAUAAAAAUUAUACUUUCUUUUUAAGUGUGAUUAGUAUCGGUCACCACUUCUGUCCUUUUAUUGAGCUAAAAAAAUCUUUUAAAUGUUAACGUCCUAGAAAACUUUAGGAUGUCUAUAUACGCUGAGAAUGAAUUGAACUUUCUUUAUGGAGCAACUUUAAACCCUUUAUUUAAAACUCUGAGUUGGGUCUACUCACCAUGCGGAUCCCAACCUCCUGGCACGCCACUCACCUUGUUACAGCCGCUGAUCUCCAGCCGCACGCUCCGCUCUAUUCCUCAUUCUGGUUGGAGCCCACCGAAAUUAGUAUCAGGUGACCUCUUACCUCACCACUGCUUCCGGGUUAUGUCGUCCUGUUCGUUCCAAGAACCGUGAGUUUUUCCCAAAAGGUUCAUACGUAUGCUAUGUUUGGCCGCCGCAUGGCUCCCAUUCUUGCGAACAAAACCCCUUUCGUGUCCUUGUUCAUGCCAAUCCAACCAUACGUUCUGUUCUAUAUUUCAUGGUCACAUUCGGUGCCAUUCGUUCGUAUAAAUUUAACCAAACGCGAUGCUCUAGUUGGUCUACUUGCAACCCUUAGCGACCACACUUCAUUAUGACAGUUGGUGUAUUUCUAUGUCAUAAGUAAAAGAGUAAAUCUCUGGUAACUAAAAUAGUAAAUUAUUUUAGGCUGCUACAUACUUAUGCAUGCGACUUAAAAAGAGAGAGAACUUAACUCUAUCUCUAAUUGACCCCCUUCACCCCCAAAUGCCCCUAAGCCCCCACAUUACCUAUUUUUUAUCUUUAUUUCUGCCCCGAUCUUUAUUCAAGGCGCCGUCAUCUUUGUGUGGGUAGAUGAAGUCCCUGUGGGACACGUCAUCUGCCCAUACCAGAUAGAUAGGGAAACACCUGGACAUGCGAACGGGAAUUUCAUCUAUUCAUUCAUUCAUCAGACAGACGAAUGAAUAGAAAUGUCAGAUGAACAAACUAACACUGUGUAUAGGUGUUCGUUUGUUCGUUCAGUUUUUUACAAGGAGGGAGCUACCGGCAUGCAGCUCUCUCCUUGUAAUAUGUAAAGAUAGAAGCGGUAGGGAGCAGUGCUCCCCACCACUUCAUAAGCCCCCAGGCCCCCCCUCACUAUAUGGGGGUCAAUAUCACCCCCAUAAUAGCAUAAGGGAGAUUAAAAUCUCCCCAAUGCCCCUACUCGCUAUACUGCAUGUCUACUAAACAGUGAGCAGCCUGUGGCUGCUCACUGUAAAAAAAAAAAACCUACGAUGGGUGGGGGCCCUAAAGUAAAAAAAGGGGGGAGACCUGUUGUCACCCCACCCCCCCCACCCCUGGGCGGCAGGUGGAGGCCAAAUUGAUAAUUGGGGGGGGAACCUACUGUCCUCCCCACCCCUGGGCGGUGGGUGGAGGCCAUAAUGAUAAUGAGGGGGGGACCUACUGUCCUCCCCCCAGGCCCCCACCCCUGGGCGGAGGGUGGGGGCCAUAAUGAUGAUGGGGGGGGGGGAACCUACUGUCCCCCACCCCUAGGCGGCGGGUGAGGGCCAAAUGAUGAGGGGGGGGGACCAACUCUCCUACCCCCUGGGUGGCGGGUGGGGGCCCCAACCCCCGGCCCCAACCCCUGGGUGGCGGGUGGGGGCCCUAAGUAAAAUUCACCCCCCAUCAAAGGUGACUAGGGGUCCCCAAGCCCUUAGUCACCCACCCCCCCCCCACCCAAAUAAAAAGUCCCCUACCUACCCCCUCAAAAGGACUUUCCCACGCUGUGUAAAAUGACACAGAGCACUGUGAUUGGAUGGCUUGAAAUCCAUCCAAUCACAGUGCUCUGUCAUUUUACACAGCGUGGGAAAGUUCUUUGGAAUUUUCCCACUCUGUGUAAAAUGAUAAAGAGCACUCUGAUUGGCUUAAACCCACCAAUCAAAGUGUUCUUAGCCUAAUUGCAGGGCGGGGCAAGGCUUUAUAAGCCUUCCCCCGCCCUGCGGAGCUCAGUCUGCGAGGAGCCCUCCAUGGGUGAAGAUGGAUUAUUUUUUUUGCGCUCUGGUUUUUUCUUUUUCGUCUGGGUUUUUUUUUUUUUGCGCUCUGGAUUUUUAUUUUAUUUUAAGUUCGACUGUUAUGAUGGUUUUUUAUUUGGCCUUUUUUGGGGCUGAAAAAUGAAGAUUUUAGAAAAAAGAAGACGUCGAAGUUUAAUUUUACUUUACAGGUUAGUUAUUUUAUUCCCCCCUCACCAUUUUUUAGGGUGAGGGGGGGUAGGUAGGGGACUUUUUAUUUGGGUGGGGGGGUGGGUGACUAGGGGCUUGUGGCUUAGUUUUCUAUCUCGAUGGAAUGGUAAGGCAAAGUUAUUCCCCUCAUCUCUGAACAUCCCCAGUCAUAUGGACCGAUGCUUCAGCCCAUACAGGGUUUGCAGCUAUCUUGACUCCUGGUUCAGAGAUUCUUGGCCAGUUGAGACCCGUGGCCUACCCUCGUUCUACACUACAUCAGCUCUGUUUGAAAUCUACCCUAUUGUGACAGCAUCCAAAGCCUGAGGGCACCUGUGGUAAGGAAAAGCAGAAUGUUUCUCCGACAACAAAGCGGCUAGUGACAUCAUAAAAAAGGGCAGAUUCUCAUCACUCAACAUCAUCAGACUAUUUAGAAGAGUGACAUAGCUAGCGGCUACACUACAAUUUCAUUUUACAUGAAUACACAUCCCCUGCCGCAUUAACAGAGCUGUCGAGGCAUUGUCUGGUUCUAAUUUCUUCAGAACACACCUACAGCCAACAUCAGUCCGAUCAGCACGCCCUCAUACCAAGACUUAAUCCUGGACUAAAUCGCCUUAUGGCUAACAGCAAAUACCUGGCCAGCUCUGCUCUCUCUACCAAUACAUCACAGGCUUACAAUAGGGCUUUUCACUCUCUAUACCAAAUCCACUUAUAUCGAUCAACGACACACAUUCCCUAGACUCCAUAGUGGCCUUUAUCUCUUUUUGCCACCUUAACCUAAAAUUAUCACAGUACACCAUAAAACUCUACCUCACAGGGAUACAUCACUUUCCAUUGAUCACACCAAUUACAAACCAAUUAGGCACUCCGACUGAAGUAUGCUACUACCCCACCGGUAAUCACGGGUGUCCAGUUAAAUUAUUGGGCUCCUAUUGUUCAACUCUAGAUGGUCUAAACUCAAGUACACCAUUACUCUGUUACAUGGCAAAACUCUGACCACCAUUAAAUUCAUUUUAUAUAUUAGAACACUUUUAGAAGACUCGGUCUUGACCCCUCUGCUUUUCUGGCCACUCCUUCAGAAUUGGAGCUGCUACCGUGGCUUCAAGCCACAAUGUACCUUCUCAUAUAAUUAGCAUUUAAAGAUUUAGCUUUGUAAAUAUGUGUGUAAUAAAGAUUAUUUGUAUAAAUCACCUUUUUGCCCUUUUAUUACAAGCCUACCCCAUACGUCGGUUCCGGCACACCACAACCGACUGGUGCUUACUUCUACUUAUAUUGUAUUAUUAUUAUUAUUAUGGCUUAAUGUCCUCCACUACAAAUGCACUUUAAUACAUCUAGAGUGAUUCAAGUAGUUUUAUGUUUUUGUCCUUGAGACUUAGCACAAUUUAUGGUUUGUUUUAGGUUAUUUUAUGUGGUUUGAGUUCUUCACAGUAUAUGGUGCUGCAUUAAAGAAAGAUUUAGGUUAUACAAUUUUUAGGACCAUUUUUACGUAUAAUUGCAGCUUAUGCCACUGUUUUCCUUGACAUGACCUGUCUAUUGUCACUUACAGCACUAAGGUUGUCUUCUUUGUGAAGAACCAGCCACCUCAUCUUGUCAUGAAAGGUCAUCAGGUUGCCUGGAAACUCCGCAAUGAGCUCCGCAAACAGCAGAGUGACUUCCUCAUCUUCAAAGCAUUGGAAAUAGAUACAUUCAGUGAGUGAAGUGAAGACUGUUCUGUUUUUGUUUAAUGUUGCUAUCUGGCCUUUGAUAUGGCCUAGUUUGUUGAUACUGUAAUUUUGGCUUCCUGUAGAGAAAAGAGGAAUUUCAAUGACUCUAAUUAUAAUAAUGUAUAUCCAGUGUUAUAGAAGAUCUCCAUUCAAUAAUAUUUUAAAUAUGUAUAUUAAAAUCAAAGGCCUUGAUUUUUUAACAUCUUUCCAGAUUAAUAUUUAUAUAGCGCCAGCUUAUUCCGCAGCACUAUAUAUUAAAAGGGGAAUUUAACAAAUGAGACAAUAACAAAAUGUAACAGGAAUAAUAGGUAGAUGAGGACACUACUCAAAUGAGCUUACAGUCUGGAGGAGGUGGGGCAUAGACCACAAUAGGAAGGAUUUUGAGGGAGACCUCAAAUAAACAUGGUGGGAAAGUAGCAGAAGAGGGGGCAUACCUACAAAUCCGUGAAGAAAUGUAAGCGGGGCUAGAGUUGGUUAGAGCUUUAUAGGCAAGGGUUAGUAUUUUGAAUUGACAUAUAUAGGAUACUGGAAGCAAGUGUAAGGAUUGACAGAGGGGUAAGGGGUGAGAGGAGCGACAGGAAAGAAAGAAAGCAGCAUUCAUCACAGAUUGUAAGGGGGUAGUAUGGCUUCUGGGGAGGUAAUUUAGGAGAGAAUUACAGUAAUCAAUAGUGAUGUCCCGAACGGUUCGCCGAACGGUUCACCGCGGACUCAUCAUUGAGUAAACUUUGACCCUGUACCUCACAGUCAGCAGACACAUUCCAGCCAAUCAGCAGCAGACCCUCCCUCCCAGACCCUCCCACAUCCUGGACAGCAUUCAUUUUACAUUCAUUGUGAAGCUGCAUUCUUAGUGAAAGGGAGCAGGGAUAUGGGACAAUAGUUGAAAAGGUAAGCUGGGUCAAGAGAUGGCUAUUUUUAGGAUGGGUACAACAGUAGCAUGUUUAAGGGGAGCAGGGACAACACCAGAAGAAAGAGCAGUUGAAGAUGUGCGUUAAAGACAGUACAAAACAAGGGGUGAGAGAUCUGAAGUGAGACAGGAUGGGAUCAAGUGGCGGGACGAGAGCAAAGGAGAAGCUCCGCCACCUCCUGUUCAGUAGCUGGAGAGAAGGCAUGGAGGGUAGAGAUGGUAUGAUCCAAGUGAGGUUGAGAUAGAGAGGAGUGAAGGUGGGAGAAUUCUUUCCUUAACUGUUUAAUCUUGACAGUAAAGUAACAUGCAAAGCCAUCCACUGAAAGAUUAGUUUGGGGGUGGCCACAGCAGGGCAAAGAAGAGAGAUAAAGGUAUUAAAGAGAUGUCUAGGAUUGUGGGAGCAUUAACUAAUGAGAGAGGAAAAGUUGACUGUUUACCAAGUUAUUCAAUACUGUUAGAAAAACUUUUCAGAUGAUUUAUCUACAAAACUUCCAAUGCACUUUAAUAGUGACUUCUGUAGGUAAAUAAUUUUGAAUGUUUUUCUGAACGUAUUGAAUCAUUUGGAAAGCUUAUUUAAUCGAAGCCAUAGUCAGCUGACCUCUUGAUGCAGGUAAGAUUAAUUUGAAUAGUAGAAAUGAUUGGUGAGGUAAAGGAAAGAAAAUAUAUUGCAUUCUGAGAGCAACCUCUGAAUUUUUUUUACAUUCCGCGGCACGGGGAAUGGGGGUAUGUUUAUUAUAAAGGUGAUCGUGACCAACAUUUUUUUUGAGUAGAAUCUCAUUUAAAAAGGGAUGCCGGUUCCAUUAUAAAAGUAUAUUCAGCAUGUGUCAGUCACAAAGUCACUGUGAGAGGCCGGCCACCUGUACUAAUCUAGAACAUUUCUGGCACUUCCGGUUUUUCUGUGCGGUAAUGGACUGUGACCAUGUUUCCAUUCUUAGCCUGCCAGCUAAACUGCUCUCUGCAUGGACACUGCAACUCAUUCACCAAGCUGUGUGUCUGUGACCCUUUCUGGAUGGAGAACUUUAUUCGUAGGCAGUUUGGAGACGGAGAAAGCAACUGUGGUGAGUAAAAGACAAUGUGUGUGAAAACUGCAAAUAUAUAAUGCUUUCUUCUCUUCUAUAUGUCAAUAUUUUUUACAUUCUGUCUGACUAAAAUAUGUUCCGUUGAGAGAAUGUUUGUUUAUUUAUAUAUAUAUAUAUAUAUAUAUAUAUAUAUAUAUAUAUAUAUAUAUAUAUAUAUAUAUAUAUAUAUAUACAUACACACACAUACAAACAAACAAAAUGUUUACAUAAAGCAGAAUGUGUAAUUAUUAAAUAACAGCAUAUAAAGUCAAGCAGUAACAUUGACUUUGACAAAUACGUUUCGUGGUUGUAAAUAGAACACAUACACUGCGAGGCUCACCGCAAUUUGUCAGGAGCAGAAACACUGCCACCUGUAUUGCUGCAUAACAGAAGCCACACAUUACUGAAACAAAAAAAAUUCUUCAUUGUUACAGUGUAAUAGACACACAUCCUUCUCUCACCCUGUUGUUGGAACACACAAGCUGCCAGAGAACAUUACCACACUUUUCCAGUCACACCUGAUGAUCUAGGAAACUCCGUAUUCAUUCCCAUUGGAUCAGUAUCCAGAAUGCUGCAUACUUACCCCAGCAAAAGCUACAUUCUCUGUGAUCUGAAAUGUGGCACAUAUACUGAUACAGCUAGAGCACCUCCAGGAACUGGUACAUUGGUGCAGAAGAUCCAUUUCAGAAUUUGCAUUAAUCUUAAUAGAGCUCAUUCUACGAUUGCAGAAGAUGAACCUUGCUCUGAGUACCAGUAACUCCCAUAUGGUGGACAUAAAUGCAGUAUAGACAGCAGCUGCUAUUGUGGACUGUUACUGGAUAGACUACAUAGAAAAAGCAAUGUCUAUGUUGCAUGCAAACAUGUUUUUUGUUUUAUAUGGUAAAUAAUCUUCAAUUAGAUGUUGUGUACCACCUAGUUUAACUUAUGUUUGAGUGAUCUUCAUUGCCUUAUUUACAUCUCUCCAUUGCCUCAGUUAACAAUCUCUUAAUAUUACUACUACAUAUAAAGAGCGAACAUAUCUUAAAGCCAGUCUGUAACUAUACAAAUAAUUGUAACAAAACAAAAGGAACAACAAUUUGAUGAUGGUGCUCUUCCAACAAGUUUACAAUUAAACAAACUCCUCUCUUUUAAGUAGAUUUGAUCAUGUCUUUUUGAGAUUGCCGGUUAUAAAAUGUUAUGUACAAGAUCCACAUUGUGUUGUUAUUUUGCCUGUGUCUUCUCUCCGGCAGAAUGGAGUGUUCUGUAUGUCAUCAUUACAAGCUUCUUAGUACUGGUAGCUCUAGGACUGCUGUCAUGGUGUAUGAUCUGCUUUUGUAGAAGGUGAGUAAUGUCACUCCGUUACAGACUAGAAUACACCACUGUUAUUUUAUGUUCACGUUGUGUUUUUUUUAUUUCUAGUGAGCAGAUACAUAUUUGAAGACUUUAAGUGAUAUUUCUGAUUUAUUUUAAUAACAAAACGAAUAAAAAAAAAAAAAACAAGCAAAUUAGAUUUUCAUUUAAAAAAAAUAAAAAAAUAAAAAUAAAAUCAAGAUGGUACUUUUUAUUUAAAUUAAUAAUUUUGACUUUUUUUUUUUUUUUUAGCCUUAUGUGAAACACUUUGAAUAUUGUAAUAAAUUCCUACACACUACAGAAAGACAAUGGUUAGCAAUGCCUCUAUGUAGAUCAACAUAUGGUGGGUUUGCACUUUUACUUUGAAGAGGGUGCUGUUGGCAUAAAAAUAAAUUUUGAUGCUAAACCUUGAAGCUUAAUGAAAUGGCCACUGGGGUAUACUUCUGUAGGUCACAGCAAAGAAACAACUGGAACAUGUUGGUAAAAAGAAUGGUUAGUAGUAAAACUCCCAGUAGUUCAAGAUAACAGUCCCUGUCUUAUUAUGUCCUUCAAUUAUUGGCAGAGUCCAUAAUAACAGUUGGUAAACUAGCUGUACAACCCAUAUAAAUUGUGAAGGAUACAUAUUUAAAUACAGCACAAAAUCAGGAAUAAUACAUUAUACUGCACAACAUUAAAGAUCAAGAGCAUGUCAUUAGAUAAGAUAGAUAUUCUUAUAUUGCAUAUAUGAACUUUAGUAUCUCUUAAUAAGACGUGACUGUAUGAGAUAGUUAAACAAAUUGCUUACCAGCUGUUAAGUGUUAUUCCUUUAUCAGCCAUUAGAUGUCAGUGGCAUAUUUCUUAAAUGUAGAUGUUCACAAAUUUACCAAAACAAAUAAAAUAUAUAGCAAACCAUUUAAAUUCUAUAUUUACACACCCACUAUACCUAUAUACCAUUCAUUUAUUUUUAAGCAUCUGGUGUCGUGUACCAUCGAUAUUGAUGUGGUAAUCAAUCAAUAAAUUGAUUAUUUUGUGUAUCUGCCCCUGGCCAAAUUAAAGAAACAGUGCGUGCACGGUCCCUGAAGUAAUUCACACCAGACACAGGUUUCAGGUUGAUGGAAUGUUUAUUCAGAGUGGACGGCAAGUCCCUUUUAAAGCAAAAUUACAUCAUAUGCAUUGUCAGAGAUAACAUGAAAUGAUACAUCAUUAAUUGGUUAGGUGUUAAGUGGUUCUCUUAAUGCUCUGCCUACAAGGGGUGAUGUCACUGGUAUCAUGAGGGUCUCCCCCAGAUUCCAGCGCCAUCUUGUUACACAAGGUAGUAAGUCGAUGUUAGGGGGGGAAGCUUCUAGCGGCCAUUUUAAUUAAUCACAUAAAAAUAGUAUAAUGCUGAUUAUAGUUAAAUGAGUAAAUAGACAUUUUACUAGCUAAAAAUUAGGUUAAUAUCUUAUUUCCACAACAGAUAUAAUGUCUUAUAAGUUUGUUUCUGGUGGAUGACACAUAUGGAGAUCUUCACUGCUGCCUCCCGAAUAUCCUCCCAAUCACUGCCCUCUAGCAUCUGUCCCAGGUCGACUUCCCAUUUGUCUAUGCAAUUUAGGCUUGCCCACUCUUCUGAUGUGUCACUUAGAUGUGUGUAUAAAUUCGUAAGUCCCUUUUUCAUCUUAUCUGUGCAGAGAUGUUUAAAAAAAAAAAAAAAAAUAAGUUAUAGGUGUAGUUGCUGCCUUUUUGAUUUUGUCCCCUUGGGCAAAAAAGUUGUAAGAACCUAAAGAAAUUCCUGUUUGUUAAGGAAACAGUUUGUGUAACUUCCUCUAUGGUGACCAGACUUUUGGCUGGGUACAGGUGUCCAUAUCUCUGAGCCCCUGUGUUCAAGCUGCAAAAAUCCCCACCCGAGGACCUGUUCGCACAUCGAGCAAUAAAGUGCCUUUCCCACAUUGCAUCCACUGUUGAGGAGGGAAAAAACAGGGGAACAGAAAGAGAAACAAAACAAGAAAGAAAACAUUCUCCAUCCACUAAACAGGAACCUGGUCUUACUUUCUGCCAGGCCACCCAAGGAGUGGCUAUCUUCCCCACCGAGGAAAUAAGCUCAGGUGGGUGAGAUUACCUGCUGCCAGAAGCUCUGGAGAACCCAAUAGUGCUAACUUUUUGAUCUCUACCAUCCAAAGCACUUGUUUCAUAAUAAAUAUAACAGACCCAUUGCCGGAGCAAUAAUUCAUAAGACAUCGCACACCCCUGUCAUCCCUAAAUGAAAUGCUCCCCUCAUAUACCCUAUUGAAAUAACAAAGUACAGGGUAAUAACCCACCGCUCCUGUGCAGUGUUAGAUCUGUGUCCCCUACAGCUCCCACCCCAACAUUAAAAUGCAUUCUCACCUACUUGAACGGUUGCCGAACCCCUAUUUUAAAAGGCUUGUUGUUCUACAAAGCCCAAUGAAACACAGCCGAGCUAUACAAAAUAUAUAUUCUCCCUCACCCCGUUUUGUAUUUAAAAGUGUUAUACAUGUGUCCUUUGUCAUCCCUCAAGCCCAAAUUACCCCAGAAGGCCCCUCCAUGCCGGACACUCAUGCCCCUUGAACAUAAACUGUGUUGCAUAAGAAACCAACAAGAGUAUGGAGUCCUCUGCAUUCCCUGCCACUACUGGCACAAGCUCUUCAUGGCGAUAGUGAGUGUCUUGCCUCCUGAAGGGCUGUUUGCCCCCUUUCCGUUUGUCUCUUCCCAUCAACCCCUUUCCUUUGAUAAUAAACCUCAUCCUGUGUAAAUUAUUAGAGAUGUACAACUUAUGGACACCUUAGAUAUUUAGGAAGAUUAUUAAAUUGUGUUGUUGUUUCUUUGGGGAGUUUGUGCCUCCCCUCAUUACCCAUACACUCUGCUAGCAUAUACAUUUUCUAUUACUUCCCAUAGGGGUACCUUCAUGCCAUGGGUCAUGAGGAAUUGGCCAGCACAUCUCACUGUGAUUCAUGUGUCAGCAUGUGCCACCUCUGUACCUCAUGUGCCCAAGUACGCUCCUUUCAGUCAAGUUCGCUUAGUAAACAUUCUGUGCAGCUCCUUCCUUCCCAAAACUAUCAUGUUCCCUGUUCAAGACUAUGGAGUUCAGGCUGGCAUUCAGUACUAUUUCGGCAUCAGUUCUUCCACAUACAUUUGGCGCUGCACCUCACUUCCACAUAUCGCAAUGUCUCGUUAACUGUGCUGUGGAUAUUUGGCGAGCUUUCAAUGCUCUUCAGGAAUUUGAAAGUUAUUGGGAAGUUCAAUUCCUAAUUCUCUCAAAAAUUCCAUAGGAUCGUGAUGGGGCAACAGUUCUUUCGGGCGACCCCUCUAGAAUACCAAAAUCAUGAAGGGGUGCCCCCAAACAUAAUGUAUUUUUCGAGACCUGAGAAGGUCAGUUAUGGGUUUCCAGUCCCUUCUCUGCUGUAAGUAAGCCAGGGCCAGGUCCUGGUACAACUGCAGGUCCAUACCUUCAUAUAAAAAUGGCCUGCCAGCUCAGACAUCAGCCUCUUUCAUUUGGAAGUACUGGAAUCACAUAAUUAUAUUCCACGGGGAUUGCUUUGAACAUGACCAUGAAGGGUGUCUUCAAAAGUCUUCUAUUCUACAUUCUAUAGCAGGUCUUUAACUCUAAGAUUACUUGUCUGGCCUGGUUGGAGAGGUCAUUCUAGGCUGUUUCUGGCUUGCAAUCUGUGUCAGCAGGGAAUUGGUGAUGGUGGCUGUGCCAUUGUGCUCCACUACAACACUUUCCAUCCUACUCUUCAGUACAUCUAUCCUGCCUCCCACUGCCUGAAUCUUAAGCUUCACCACCAUGGUUUAUUGGUCGAUCUCCCAAGCCAAGUAUUCUUUGACCUCAGCAAGAGACCAGAAAAUCUCUCCAGUAUUUUCUCUGUAGCUGGCCUGUGUUCCCGGGGUGCCGGGGAACCUAGUGAUACUAUAUGCUGGAUGCCAUAAUUUACUGCUAGGUUAAAUUAUAUUUUUUGGGGUCUGUCUUAGUUUUUGUUAGGUAGUUGUAAGCUGAUGGCUGGGUUUCUUCCCAGAGUGCGUAGUUCAGGCAGCUAUUCCCAUCGGCAGCCAAGUCACACACCCCUUUUCACAUGCUAUGUAAAUUGCUUUCAGUAGAUUCCUGUUUGUAAUUAAAGUUCACUAAACCGAGAAGUAGAACAUCUAAACAUACAUGCUUGCGUAAUACAUGUUAGAACAGCCAAAAGUAAACAUACUGUGCUUUAAAAAGCUUUUUUUCAUUGUUAGUCACACCCAGGGAAGGUGUGGCUAGGGCAACGUCUACAUAAACGGAGGGAUUUCUGCUUAAUGAACUGCUUCAUUAAGCUAAAGUGGUUUUGGUGCAUAGAACGUGUCCCUUUAAUAAUAAUUUUAUUGAAUCACAUAAUCACUAUUUCAUACUAGUUGCUGGUUUUCUGCUCCUAACGUCUGUGUGUACAAAAAAAUAAAUAUUCUCUUUCAAUAUUGGUGACAGCAUGGAAACAUAAUUUUCAAGAAAUUAUCUCCACAUCUUAUGUCUGUAGUUUAGCUCCUCUUAUUAUUAUGUCUGUAAAAAUCAGUAUAGUUUCUUAUUUCUAAUUUCUCAUAAGAAUAAUGUUGCCAUCUGUCCUUUAUCCUAUCCAGAAAGAAGAGCAAACUUAAACGCAAGAGCAGGUACAAAAUUCUGGAAGGAACUGAUGACCAAGAGAGCAUUGAGAUGAAGUCUGGCCUCAAAACUGGUAAGUUAGACCAGUUUUCUCAAUCUCUGCUUACAAUUUUCUCUCUGCUUCACUAAUCAAUGUAUCCGAAUGAAUUAUUAGAAUAGCGAAGACAGUACUCAUGCAGCAUUGGUGUUAGGUGACAAUAAACAUUCCCCCCAAACAGACAAUAAACCUCUAAGGCAGAAAGGAGAAUCGGCAUACAUAUGCUGAAGUGAAAUACUAUAUAUAGUAUAUAAUAUAUAUAUUUUGUUGUUUAUUAUUAUGUAUAGUGCAAAAAGUGUUUGAAAAUAGAUUUAAGAAUAAUCUUUGAAAGCCACGGUGUUAAAGCAUAGCAGAGUGUGUUAAUAAGAUAUGAUGUGAAUAAUAGCCCAGUCUUACAAAUGAGUGUUCAUGAAAUAAAAAUUCAACAGAUAGUAAUAUUUAGCCAAUGGGGUUAGGUUUUCUUCAUGUGAGUAUGGGUUUAAUAAAAACUAAAAUUUUAAGCAAGUUGGUCAUGAUAACUGUAAUACAACACUUGGAGCAUAAUAAUGAUAUGAAGUAACUUGUAAUAACUAGAUUAUGCAACAAACUGCAAUGUCCUUCAAUCAUUUUUUUAGUUAAUAUCAUAUAAUUUUACAGCAAUAAAAAUUUAGAUCAUAAGUUCAGUGCUACCCCAGGCUAAUUAGGGGGAAAUUGAUGGUGCCCCCCAGGUGGCUGUCAGAUGGGUAUGGUGGGAAAUAAAGCUUUGCUGCACACCUUUCUUUUAGCUAGGUAGUGUGACAGGAUGGCUUGGGAUACUGGCUGUGCUUCUUUCUUCUAUACCUUCAAUGAGAUCCCAGAGAGCAUCAACAGACUGCUAUUCAUAGGUAGAGAGGAGAGAAUAUAACACAGAAAAGGCAGCAAUAUGCCAUAAAUUACCGUCUUACUGUUAACAUAAGCUUCAUUUUUUUUCCUUUGGGCUUAAAGGACACUAUAGUGCCAGGAAAACAUACUCGUUUUCCUGGCACUAUAGUGCCCUGAGGGUGCCCCCACCCUCAGGGACCCCCUCCCGCCCGGCUCUGGAAGGGGGAAAGGGUUAAAAACUUACCUUUUUCCAGCGCUGGGCGGAGAGCUCUCCUCCUCCGUUCCUCCUCCUGGGCUGAAUGCGCACGCGCGGCAAGAGCUGCGCGCGCAUUCAGCCCGUCGCAUAGGAAAGCAUUUACAAUGCUUUUCUAUGGACGCUUGCGUGCUCUCACUGUGAAAAUCACAGUGAGAAGCACGCAAGCGCCUCUAGUGGCUGUCAAUGAGACAGCCACUAGAGGGAAUAGGGGAAGGCUUAACCCAUUCAUAAACAUAGCAGUUUCUCUGAAACUGCUAUGUUUAUAAAAAAAUGGGUUAACCCUAGCUGGACCAGGCACCCAGACCACUUCAUUAAGCUGAAGUGGUCUGGGUGCCUAGAGUGGUCCUUUAAGCCCCAGGUGUUUAUGAAACCUAGCAAUCCCACCUAAUGUUUUUUUUCCCAGACAUCUGUAGUGACAAUAUCAUACAUUUAGAUAUAAAUGAUAAGGUUUUAACACAGCACAUUUGCAUUCAGAGAAGAUGAAAACAUGCUUCACGGUAGCUCUAUUUUAGGUGGUGACUGAGUCCGUGCAGAUAUAUAUGUGUUGGGUGCUGUGACUUCCACUGUGACUUUUUUUCCACAGGGGUCAAGCUGAAAGCUCCAGUUCAGAACACUAGUUUGAUGCAUUCGGAAUCAGAACUAGACAGUGAUGACAACGUUUACACUUGGUCAGACAGAGAGAAGGGCAAACUCCUUCGACCACAAAAUGGCUCCUUGCGUAAUGGACAAGCCUCUCAAAAAAACAAGAACCAGAGAGAGGAGCUAUUAUAACUAAAAUGAAGGAUCAACCGACAUGCUUGCAUCUAGUUUUGUGUCGUGUGCAGGACAAUGAAACUGUCCACAACUCGAACUUUCUAAACCACUGGUUUUCUUAUUGGAUGCAGAUGCUGCUUGGAACUUCUUACAUUUUUUAAAAUUAGAUUACCACCUCUUUUGCUUCUCCGGGAGCAUGUAACUGGACAUACUUGAACUGGAAUUUUACAAUGGGAAAAUUAAAAACUACUGGAUUUCUCCUUAUAGGUUACUUUUUUAAAGUGACUAAUGAUAUAGAUAUUUUUUUCUGCAGUUUCCUGGGACUUUCAAUCCUCAGGUUUGAGCCACGGUUUUUAAUUGCAUCCAAGUUUAAGUGCACUAUGCUGCCAAUUUCUCAAUGGCAUUGAAGGAUAAAAUGUGAAAGGUGAUGAACAUGUACUGUGGUUCUCCCUCGCGCUCUUGUUGGAUUUUCAGAGCCUUAAUCUUUAGAACUUUUUCUUUUUUUCCUUUUAAUUUCUGAAGACAAUAACCCAUUACUACUGGCUACUAAAUCUCCCCUCCCCCUCCUCAAAGGAAGACUGGACCCCAAACUGAAAGGAAAAAUACUGGUAGAAAAGUUGGAGAAUGAUUUGGGGCCAGCGGGGAAGAGCUUUAACUUAUUUGUGGUCAAUAAAGUCAAACACUGUAUAAGAGUUUCAAUCUUGCAUAUAUUUUUGUGAAUUUUAUGUGCUAUUGUCAAAAUAAGACCUUUAUUUUUGGUGGCCACAUCUUAUCCAAACCAAACCCCAAACAAGAUAAACCUAUUUAAUAAGUCAAACUACAACGUGUAUUUAGAUUGAUAAAAUCUAUAACUUGUCAGUUACGGAUGGGGUUGUAUUACUACAGGGAGGCUCUGCAAAAAUGGUUCAGCUCAAAUGAUAUAUGUGUGAGCAAAAACUCCUUCACAAGCCAGUAUUUGUACGGGAUCACUCGGCUCACACCACUCCUUUUCCUGAUUUCAAAUUAAUUGGUGUUUUAAAUAAAAGUUGUUUCUAAAUCCAUUUGGUUGGUUAACACAGUCAAUGAGUAUGAC